CAUUCAUUCUCUGCUACAUAUGCAGAUAGGCAGUCCGGCCUGGGCCAAUCCCUGCACUGUAUGGGCCGGGCAUCGGGAUCACAUAGCGGAUUGCAUUGCUGGGGGAGAAUUAAGGGAAAAGUUUAGCUGGGAGAAGUUUGCGGCGAUGCUCCUACUGAGCACUCUGCCAAAUCCCUGUAGGAAGGAAAGAUAGGGGGGCAGGAAGAAGGAAAGGAGAGUUAGGAGGAAGAGGGUGAAGAAGGAGCAGGAGGGAGAAGUAGUCACAGGCUGUGUUUGAGAGGAGGGGGCCAGAGGCUGCCGUUUUUGUUCCCUGUGUUUAGGGGGGAGCAAGAUGAGCCUUCUGUCAGCAAUAGAUACCACUGCUUCAGUAUACCAGCCUGCCCAGCUCCUAAACUGGGUCUACCUAUCCCUGCAGGACACACACCAAACCAGUGCCUUUGAUGCCUUCAGACCAGAAUCAAGCAAUGCCUCCCAUCCUGAUAUCAACAGCUACUCCAAAAGCCCCCCUGAUCUGAACUCCUCCAUCCACUCCAGUUAUCUGAACAGCUUCCUGCAACUCCAGAGGACUGAGGUGUGUCCAUAACUUUACAAAGACCCUUCUUCCUUUUUUGUGUCACUUCUAGUUGCUUGAUUGUUUUGCCUUAACGCUGAUGAAAGGGCUCCUUACUGUAUUUUUUGUCUUUUUCUUACAAAGCCCCCCCUUCCCCCUGGUACAUGAAAGGGUUAAUUAUAUAUGGCUGUCCCUGUCCCGUUUCACCCAUCCUCUUGUUUUAUAGCAAUCAGAAUCUUUCACUACUUUAAUGGAACGUCCACAAAGACACAGUGUAUGCAUUGAUAAAUUAGUGACCCCUGUGUGAUCAGACGCAGAUUGGUUGAUUUGCCUGUUUCCUGUUUCACUGUAUAUUCCAAAACUUUUUGUGUGUGUGUGUGUGUGUGUGUGUGUGGAGUAAGAAUGCAAACUUUGGCCUUUUCUCUGUAGUAUGUGUGUUCUGUGCUAGUAGUUGCAAAUAUGAACUAGGCAUAAAACAAUCAGCAAAGGUUACUGUAACACAUUUACUCCACAAUUGUUCCACUUUCAUAAUCUGCAAAAAUAGUUGCUCAUUUGUACUAUUGCAGUGUUGGAUGCUGUGUUUCUUUUAUUUUUGCACAGGGCUGAGCCUUUUUGUUACAUUUAAUAUGACAAUUAGUUUUGGUUUGUAGAUUUUAAAUAAUUUGUUUCACUGUUUUUGCUUCAUUGUACAGUAUUAAAAAAAUCUGCAAUAUAGUGACCAUGUCUGGAGAGUAAGGAUAAGUUAAAAGGUAGGUGGUCUGUCAGAGGUCUAAAUCACAGAAAUGUAUUAUGUGUGUCUAAAAAUAAAAUAAAAUUAAAAGACCUUCCUCUCCAAGCAGUUUCUUCUAAGGGGCAUCUGGCUUUACUCUAGGGAUAAAUUCCUCUAUUUGCUUUAGAUCUGCUUCAGACCAGGAAAGUGUAAGGGUAAUAAUGUUGACAGUCUGUUUAACCUGGUGAGUGCCAAAUACUGGUGCACCAGUGUCAUGCCAGCUGUUCUUGCAGACAAAUGGUUAGGCAGAUUUUGCUUUGAGCAAUUCCAAACUAAUCUAUUCAAGGCCUGCAACAACAACAAAAAAAAGUAUUUCCAUGUACUUUAUCCAAGAUCACUCUAAAAAAAAAAAAAAGUUUAAUAACAAUUGCAGAUAUUUUUUUUCAGCAUACUUCAAAAGAAUCUCAAAAAAAAAAAAAUAACAUUCCUUCAGACCAUUAUUAAAAAAAUAAAAGUUUGGUUCUACAAAUUCUUGAUAAGUUAUAAAGUAAUCUAGGCCAGAAGUGAAAGUGAGUACUAAAACUGAACAACUGUUGCUUUUGUAAUUUCAAAAUAGUCAAUAUAACCCAAACCAAAAUUAAUUAAUAAACCUUAAUUACAUAUACUUUUCAUUAUGACAGCUUUUUGAAAACAUAGGUGUGUUGAAAAUAUAUACCUACAAAUAGUGUGUAUUCAUCUUCUUAUUAAAAUGUACUAAGAAAAAUACUUCAAAUACAGUCAGGGAACCCUAGCUCUUUUUAUAUUUGAAUGAAUUAUUUAUUGUAUAGCUAUACAGAUAAAGAACAGAAAAUAUAUAAAACUUGUAUUUUGUUAUGUAAAAGUAGUUGGAAUAUAAAUGUAAAGUUCUUAAUGAAUAUUUUUUUUUUUUUUUUUUUUUACUUUGGCCUUAAUCCAGAUAACUGUCAGAAAAAAAAAAGUAGUUAGAACCUUGAUGGGCUCUAUUUUUGUUGUUUGGUUAAAUAUGCAGCAUUUGUCUCAUAUUUUCCCAUUAAUAAGUGUAACUGUAAACUAGUAAGAGUUGGCAAAUUCCCUAGGGCAGCAAAUGAAGGUUCUGCAAACAUUUACUCAAAGUUAGGCUUUUGGGCCUACUUAUUAAGAGUAAGCACACAAAAGAUGUUCCUUUGCCAGUUCUAGAUUAUUGGGUUUUUUCUCUGUGGAACAGAGCCGUUUUUUCAAUGUUUUUCUAAUCAAGAAAAUAAUAUUUCAAUUUUGUCAAGGUCACAACACUCAAGUUGAAACUUUGUAUCCUAAACUAAAGAGGGUAAUCACUAUCUCUCAGAAAACAAAUGCGUCUGAACAUUAGUUAAAAUAUUUUUCGGUUUAUAUUUUCUUUCUUUCUGGAAAAUGAUUCUUGAUGAAAAUGCUUAAUGUAGUGUUGGCAUGUAAAGCAAGUUUAUUAAAGCAACACUAGAAAAUGGUCUAUUUCUUUAAAAGCAACUUUGCCUGAUUAAGGGUAAAUUAGGAAAAAAACAAAUAUAUGCAUUUCUUACAAUUUUAAGAUUUAAAUCCCACUUGGAGAUUAAUACAGAUUAUUGCAGUUAAUUUAUCAACUAGCCACAGUAAAUAGUUUAGUGAAUACAUUUCUUAUAAUCUAGCUCUAAAUGGAUCAAGCCAAGUUCAGAUUCCAAAUUUAAUGUAUUCUGGAUAACUCGUAUAAACAAAAUAUGUGCAAAUAUAGCAGCUGUUCAAAUGGAAUAUACAGCCAGUCAGUUUCAGACAGAUUUCUUUACAUUCUAAAACCUGCAUUACUGACUAUGUAAGAGUCUCUUUUCCAUUGGAUGCCCGCAACCUCUUAACAUGUAUAUUUAGAACUUUUAUGACAAAUAUUAAUUUAAGGCCUGACAUUUUGAGAAUUUUAAAUGCAAAAGAACUGUAUGUAAAGGUUUUCCUUUGAACACUUCAAGAUAGAAAAUUACAUUACAUUACAUAGACAUGCAUAGAGGAGGGAUACAUUUAAUUUCUGUGUAGAAAGUUGUGAAUUGAUCGUCUGAUAGUUAAUUUUGCCUGUGAGGCUUUUGUCAAUUGCAGCACAGUUUCCUAGCUUUUGGGGAGGCUCUGAAAUCUAAACAAGAGUGAAUAGAGCAUACACAUUGAUAACUCCUCUUUAACACAACGUGUGAUGCUGUCAGAAUACAAAUGACCCUUAACAGUUAAACUAUUCACUAGUCCUGGUGUGCUGAGAGUGGGAAGUGCACAGUGCUGCCCCUAAUGACACAGAGGGGAGGUUGGUUAUUUUAUUUAAUGUGCAUGAGGACUUUUGUACCACUGGUUUAUGUGACCUGAGCUAAUAAAAUGAAGUCCUCCCAUUUUUGUAACCCCUUCAUUGCCAGUGCAGUAUAUAAUUACCCUGCCAGAAAUGCUGAUUGGUUUGUGAAUCAAGUAAAUUCACUCCUUUUAACGUUAUAAGAAACUUUUUCAUCCUGUUUUUAGUACGAUGCAUUUUUUUGCCCUGAUAUUUUUUGUUGUGUCCAAAAGUACAGUAAAAGGUUUCAUGCAAUAUAUCUAUAUUACUUGUUGGUCAUAUUUAUGUUUAAUUUUAGAAUUCUAGUCGUGUUGUAGUGUGGUGCAAAUGUAUUUUUCUUUGAAUUAAACAAGUAGUGGUCUUGUAAAAAUGACAAUGAUGUAAACAAGUGCUUGAUAAACAGUUGCAUAUAACAUAUAUAUCUACAGAUGUAUCUCUAUCCCAGCUCCUUGAAAUGUUGAAGAUUGAAGUAAACUGAUUCAAAGAAAGGAGGGCCUUGUGCUCAAGAGCUUGAAAGAUGGAGUUCAUUAGAGAAAAAAAAUAUAUAUAUAUAAUUUUCUUGAUAUGUUUAGGAAUUAUUUCCUGGUCUAAUACAUAUUAUUAUGAGUUAGCAACACUCACUGUAUAGACCAGGGAUAGGCAACCGUCGGUACUCCAGAUGUUGUGGACUACAUCGCCCAUAUUGCUCUUACACCCAUAAUGCUGACAAAGCAUCAUGGGAGGUGUAGUCCAAAACAUCUGGAGUGCCGAAGGUUGCCUAUGCCUGGUAUAGACCUUUACAGAUUGAUUUAUUUUUAGCAGGCAAGUGGCUCAAUGAAAGUACCUCAAAAACACUGUGUGACAGACACAGUCAUUUUGUGACCCAUAGACAGACAUUGACUUUCCCUCUUAGGCUGAUGCAUGACAUUUUAAAAUGGUAUUCCACAGGAGUGUUGAGCGUUGUGAGGCUACCUAAACCCUGGUCAGUUUGGGUCCUUUGCUUACUACCUCCUUGUCUUUUGGGAUUGUUACAUUAUAAGGGGAUAUUUAGGGACUAGGUUAAAAGCCACUUUAUCACAUAAAUCCCAAGGUUUUGUAGAUGCCAUGCCUCCAAUACAAUUUCUCAUUGUGCAUUUUAUAUUUUUUUUAACCACAGAUGUGAAUUGGUAUGUUCUGCUUUUAGCCAUAUUCAAUUCUCCCCCGCAAAUUAAUACCAGCUUAUCAGUCACUGUUCAAGUCUCAUCCACAUUUCUAACAUGCUAUUGGCCAUACUUUCAGCAGCCAUUCAAUAAUAUUUUUAAAAGAUUUAAAUCCUUUCUGCCAGCCAUAAUUUAUUCAUUUUUUAACACUCCAGCCUUUUUUUGUAAUCAUUGGAGAGUGGUAAUAUCCCCGGGUCCCGGAUGGGGGCACAGACCUAUAUCGCUACUCCCUUGUGUGGCCCAUUUCAGUUCAGUAAAUAACGCAGUAAAGGAUAUGAUAUCAUUAUACCACCACUAUGCCACUAAGCAAGCCUCACCACCCAGGAAUAUUUUUGUCCAUAUGGCAGUUUCUGCCCACUCCCGGCUUUGUUUGAGAAGGGAGGGGCUUGCGAAUUCUCACCUUAGCAAUUUAGAUACUUGCGAAACGUUAACAUAUUUAGAAGUGCUGUGAUAUAUGUGUGUGAAUGUGUCUAGUGUGUAAAUACAUGUGUAGUGUGUUCUAAUACAUUUGCAGCGUGUCUGUGAAUGCAUGUGCAGUGAACGCCAAUGUUUGUACAAUAGAGAUUUUUUAAAAACUCACAUUUCCUUGGUUGCCUGCAGUAGAGGUACAGGAGGCUCAUGGGAGGUUUCAAGUGGCUUUGCAUGACUUCUAAAUAACCCCCCCAGACGUCAUAUUGGUCACAGGAUAGCAGUUGUUAUACAGAGUUUCUUGUAGUGAGCUCUUCGUUUGGUAACAUAGCACCCAAAUACUGGACUAUUAUGCAUACAGUGACAGCUUUAUUGGAGAAAAUAAAAUUUAAGUGGAGACCAGGCGCCCUAUUAUUAAUCUAUCUAUAACUAAAUAAUAUUGCUAUCAGCUCUACAGUCCUAUCAUCAUUUCUUCUUACUUUUCUGCAAAAUUUUGAUCAACAUUUACGGAUUAUUGCAUUUAAUCAUAAUAUAAAAACAAACAAACCAGCACAACACAACAAAAACAAAAAUACCUAAUAAACCCACUUUUUAUUGGCCCUACAAGUGUGUGAAUCAUGUACAGACUAUAACCAGCAACUCAGGCCUAUGAAUUUGUGACAAUGACACACGCCCAGCUGGUGGGGUUUUAAAAUUAGGAUAGUGACCUCGCAUAGACCAAAAUAGCAACAGAUUAAUAACCGAUUACAUUGCAAGACGUAAAAAUAAUCUGUACAUCAGAUAAUGCGUGAGAGGCUGUAAACGUGAAAAAGUAUGACUUAAGUGUAACAAGCAGUUACUAGCCAGGAAAGUAAAAGCUUCUAAUCCACUCAGUGCUACAAAUAUGGACAUAAAUAUAUGUGUGAAUGUGUGUGUGUUAUAGAUGUAUUGAUAUAGAUACACAAAUACAUAUAUGCACACAAACAUACACUUAAGCAGUCCCUUGCAUUCUACCACCAACCUGGAAUUAAAAUAUAUUUUUAAUGGGAAGGUUGAUAUUAGUUUUACACAGCAUGCCUAACACUUGCCAAAUGUAAUGUAAUAAUUGUAAUGUAAAAUGCCAAUUCAAAUGUAAUAUUUGCAAUGUGAUGCAAAUAUUGAACUAAAAAAAACCUAGACAUUUGUUUACAUAAGAUUUCACUCCCGUUUCUAUGAAACAAUGAAAAGAAGCCAUCUGAAAUCACAUAAUUAAGUGAAUGUACUUCGCCCACAUGCAAUUAAGGUCUCAUAUGAUAUCAACAUAAAUAGAAGUGUUUUUGUUUUUUUGCGAAGGCCCACAAUUUGUUAGAUUGCAUAUCUAAAGUAACAGGGCUACAAAGACUAGGAUAUCAAAAUAAAUCAAAUAUAGACGUUCUUAAGAAGAACUAAUGAGGGUUUGAUUCUUGAAAAUAAUAUUCCAAACUUUGAACAUGCACAGAAUAUGGCAGUAACUGUGUAGACAGAGUCAUCUACCAAAACUCAGCAACUGAGUAGGAGGCCAUUGGUCAGAAAAGCACGUGAGGGGCCAGUGGUAGCUCUAAAACGGUUGGAUAUAAGUUGAUCUUUAUGGACAUAUGUUGCUCUUAGGUUUCAUAAGACCAAAAUUUUAUUUUUCCAUCCAUCACACUGAGAAUACCAUCGCUAGUGACACAUGUUGGUGGAGUAUGUUUUUCAUGGUCAGGAACUGGGAAACCGGUGUGGACAAUAUGAAUGGAGGUAACGCAGGGAAAUUAUACAGGAAAACUUGUUUCAAUCUGACACCCAGGUCUAGAGUUUACCUUACAGCAGGUGAAUGACCCUAGACACACUGCCAAAGGUUAAAAGCCAAGACUUGUAAUAUCUUAAGAAUGGCUCAGUCACAGUCCUGAAACACACACAAAAAAAUCUACAGCAGGCGCUCAACUGUAUGGGCAAUUCAGUGAUUCGUGCACACAACCUCAGUAGGGUGCUAAAAUUAGAGAAAGCCUAUUACCACACCAGGACUACAAAUACCUUGUACACAUUUACCCAGUAAUGUUAUAUCAAGUAUACUGACCCAACGCUGGAGACCCAAAAAAUCCUGAUGUCUCGGCUGGCCAAAUAUUAGUUUUUUGCUUUUUUCACACAAAAACAAAUAUGAACGCUAACUUUGGCCAGUAUUUGUGACUAAGUGGCUACUAAAUAGACUAAACAUACCCCACUUUCAAUACUUUGGGUUGUCUAAUUUUUCAAAUGGUAUGCCAUUAUGGGGGUAAUUCUCAUUCCUGGGCUACCACACCGUCUCAAAGGUAACAUUACUAAUCUGGCAAAUUUCAAUUUGAAAAUGUAACUUUCCAAAACACCAUAAAACCUGUUAAUGGGGGGUACUGUUGUACUCGUGAGACAUCGCUGAUUACAAAUAUGUGCAUUUUAUUGUAGUAAAACCUAACAGUAUUAUGACAUUCACAGCUAAAAUGUCAGAUGGAAAUACAAAUUAAAAAAAAAUAAAUCUUAUUUUCUCACAUUUUUUAAAAUUUUAUUCAUAAUAAAUUAUGUUCCAUAUAUGAAUAGUUAAUGAUAAAUUAAAGCCCUGUUUCUCCUGAACAAAAUGAUAUAUAAUAAGUGUGGGUGCACUUAAUGUGACAGCGGUGAAUCACGGUUGAACAGACAUAUAGCGCAAAUUCCAGUUUUUGUUUACGUUUUGUUUUGAACAGAACGUGCACUAUUGACUUUGUCCUGAAGGGGUUAAGAUUUCUUUUGUUUUCAAGUAUGUCCUGGGUCCACAAAACAUUGCAUUGUUACAAUAGGAUACAGUAAGCGCAAUCAGAAAUGGCCACAUAUUGUAAUUGGUAUAAACCCCUUAAGGACACAUGACAGAAAUAUUCCGUCAUGAUUCCCUUUUAUUCCAGAAGUUGUGUCCUUAAGGGGUUAAACAUACGAUCGAAACCAGGUUAACAGACGAUCACCAAUGCCUGAGUUUUCACGUUUUUGCAAAAGAAUGCCAUGGUCUACUGUGUCAAAGGCCUUUGCAAAGUCAAGGAAAAGAGCUCCAGUUAAGUCUCCUUGUUCCAUGCCAACUUGGAUGUCAUUGCAAACUUUUAAGAGGGCAGUCUGAGUGAUAUGGACGAAAGCCUGAUUGAUCAGGGUUUAGAUAAUUUGAUCGUUGAUAAUAUUCACAUAGUUGCGUGUGGACGCAUUUUUCCAAGAUUAUUGACAAUACUGGGAGCUUUUACGGAUAGGUCAAACUUUUGCAAUCUUCCAAAGUUUGGGUAUGUAUCCUUACACAAGGGAUUCAUUGAUAAGCUGAAGCUCAGUGCGCCAGGUUUAGCAAUUGCUGGCGCACUGAGCUUCAGCAACAUUGCUGAGAUUUGAACUGGUCCACACUGGUUUUUCAUUUUUAAAUUAUUAAGAUGUUUAUUAAGACACUAACAGGCACAGGUCUAAAACUGAAUUUCUCUAUAUGAGGAUUUUGAAGAUUUGGCAGGGCCUGAUCUUUAUUUGCGGGCUGAAAAUGAGUGUCAUUUGUUAUCUUAGCAACCAGGGUGGUAGCACAUCCAACAAAAUAAUUAUUAAAGGAAUGUUCUACAUCUAGGGGGUGUUGCAGUGUUUGGUUGUCCAUUUUGACAGUGGAGGGUUGGGAGUGGAUUGUGGGGGUUUGUAUGCAAUUUAUGAUUUUCCAAAAGUUUCUUGGGUUUGACAGGUUGUUCAAAUUUUCACUGAAAUAUUAAGCCUUUGCCAUUUUUGUUUUGUGCAUGCAUUUUCGCCAUUGUCUGUAGGUACAGUGAUCGUUCAUGGGGCCUGUACGCUUGAACUUUGACCACAGUGAAUCUCUAAACUGGUACAUUUGAAUGAGGUCAGCUGUAACCCAGGGCAGGUGUAUCCUUUUAAUUGCACUUUACGCAGGGGGCAUGCAAAUUCCAAACAUGCAAGAGCUCGGACUGAAAACAUACAAUUGCUGAGUCUAGAUCUGGUAUUACAACUUCAAGCCGCAGGCAGAUUUAUUAUGACAGAAUGCAACGCAACGUUUCGACCGGAAAGGUCUUUUUCAAGCUUGAAAAAGACCUUUCCGGUCGAAACGUUGCGUUGCAUUCUGUCAUAAUAAAUCUGCCUGCGGCUUGAAGUUGGAGUGCCUGUGAGUUUUUUCCUCUUGGAUUAUUGUACUGGGAUUGCUGGUCCUGCUCUGGAGCACCCUUGGCCGCUGGGAUUGGGUGCGGUUCUCAUCACUUACUCUGCUCAAUAGAUCUGGUAUUAGACCUAAUCUGUGCCAUGGUAUGUUCUUGAGAUCGUUUAAAAGGAUUCGAGAUUAAAUUUUUUGAAAGACCUGGUGAUUAUAAUCUUGGGAGGGGAUUUAGUGGCCUUUAAUUUGCGUAUGCAGUACACUAUGGGAGGAAAUUAAUUGUGCUAAGUCUUAAACAGCGUACAUGAUUUAUUAUUUUUAGGAUUCAGCCAAUAAAUAUUAAAAUCUCCAAAAACCAACAGUUCACUUUUUUAGUUUUGAGCUACAGUUUCACUUAGUAGUUGUCAGAAAGGGAGUGCUCCGGAGAGCUGUAUGUGCAGUGUUUUGGAUUACUGGAUUAAAUGUACCACCUUUUGUUUUGUUUUAUAAAAGGAAGGGGGCGUGUAAAUAAGGUACACUCUAACAUUAAAACCUUUUAAAUUAAUUUAUAUAUGUUUAAUUUAAUGUUAGUGUUCCUUUAGGGCUUCCCCCUCUCAUACUUCUCUAUUUUCAAUAGUCUAGUUUCAAAGGGAAACGGACUCCCCUUUUCUACACAAUAUAUAGAUAAAAAAUUAAAAAAGAAUGCAAAAAAAAAUAAUAAAUAAGUAAAGAUAUAGAAAUAAAAGAAGAUACAUACCUUUUCAAUUUUCUGCAGAUGCAGUUCAGUUUGUAUCGGGCGUCUCAACUUCCUGUCCAUCAGAUGAUUAUGGAAUAAACAGUUUACCACCCCAAGAAUAAUUCUAUGCAUCAUAUCAUGGCUAUGGACACUUACCCCUCAAUCCAGCCGUGUCAUUUAAAAACCAAACAAAAUAUACCAUGCAGAUGACACUGUCAUGCCAAAGCAUGAGUUGGCGUUUGAUAUAUGUUAUAAGUUGUUUUUGUACACAAUGGGAUAACAUUUAUUGUAGGCUUUUAUCUUAAACCAGACCUAGGCCAUAAAACUACUAGAUAACCAUCACCAGAGCUGGACAUAGGAGAUCAUAAAAGGUAUUGGUGCAUAUGCUCUGACUUUGGGUUCUUGGAAUGUCAACAUAAUUUAAGAAAAUAUGGAGUGAGAAAUAAACUGCCAGGCCAAACCCCUAUGAUCCACCCAGGGGUCUGCCUAGUUUUAAGGCAUAUAUUGAGCAUGUUGGACUACCCUGGGGGAGAGAUUUUCCUUUUUCAACACCUACUUGGAAACCUGUAACAUCUGAAUCUCCCACAAUAAUUAUAUAUAAGGGCACUGGCGUACAUAUAGGGGUCGCAGCUGCGACCAAGCCCGUCACUCCAGCGGGCCCGGCCACCCUGCUGACCCCUGCGAUCCAGUACCAGCCUCCAUGUUUUGCAGCCCUGGCCCGCGCGGCAAACCGCCAGGCCGCCAUUCAAGGGGUACAUCGGGUGGCCCAUGCUGUUAGGGCCAACCGAUGGAGAUUGAUUUUCAAGGCCCGGUCAGCGCUGGGCGCUUUAACAGUGUCUGUUUGUUUGUUUGUAUGUGUGUCUGUCUGUCUGUAUGUGUUCCUGUCUGUAUGUAUGUGCCUUUGUAUGUGUGUGCCUGUCUGUGGGUAUGUAUGUGUGUGUAUGCGUAUGUGUGUGUCUGUAUGUGUGUCUGUCUGUCUGUAUGUGUGCUUGUCUGUUUGUAUGGAUGUGUGUGUGUGUGUGUCUGUAUGGGUGUGUCUGUAUGUGUCUAUGUGUCUGUCUGUCUGUGCCUGUGUGUAUGUAUGUCUUUGUGUGUGUGUGUGUCUGUGUGUCUAUAUAUGUGUGUCUGUCUGUGUGUGUGUGUGUAUGUAUGUGUCUUUGUGUGUCUUGUGUGUGUGUGUCUGUCUGUAUGUAUGUGUGUAUGUGUCUGGAUGUAUCUGUCUGUAUGUAUGUGUGUCUGUAGUCUGUAUGUGUGUGUGUCUGUAUGUGUGUGUGUGUAUGUGUGUCUGUCGAGGGGGGAGCGAAGGGAAGGGGGGCACAUGGAUCAGUUUCGCACUGGGGCCCCAUGGAUUGUGUGUAUGUCACUGUAUAAGGGUAAAUAUAUGUAAGGAAUUUCUUGUUUUCUCCUAUUUUAUUUUAUGGACUGUUUUGUAAUUUAUCUGUGUUUCUGUAUGUCAUUUAUUUAUGUAUUUUUGUACACAGCACUGUGAAUCUUUUUGUCAGAUUAAAUGCUUACUUAAUCAGCUUGUGUCUUUGUUCUCUAUGAGCUCACUCUUCUGAGGAAAGCUCAGGUAAACACGUUACCAAAAGGGUUAAGUAUAUAUAUAUCUUAUCAGUAAAAUAACAGAUUACUCCUAGCACCAUGACCACUGCAGUGAUUUUAAAUUGUCCUGGGACCUGGAGUCGGUAUGUGCACAUAUGGAGUUUAACCCUUCUCCUGCUGAAGGUGUAACUCCACCUCCGCCAGUUUUAUUGGGAAGUCAACUAAAGUUGGCUAAUGUUAAUUCUGCGCAGCUUCUUUCAUUGCACAGAAUGUUAGUCAUUGGCUGAUGGUCUCAGCCAUUGAAAGAGAUUGGCCUCGAUUUUUUGUUUCUGCGGCUCACCAGACCUCCAGUGACAGGGAUCCACGUAAGGGGGCAAACCAUUGCUGAACAGUUUGCCCCAUGCCAAAGAGGCAUCAUAAACACUACAGCAGGCUGUAGUGGUUAUGAUUAUUGGAGUAACCCUUUAAUAUGAUGUUGAUAUUAUAAUAAUGCAAUUUAUUUUUGUCAAAAGGCAUUGCAGAUGUGCCAUCCAGAGGCAAGAUCAUCCUGGGUUGUUCUUUAAAAACAUAUUACAUUUGUGUUAACCUUUACUCUCCCUUCUUAACCUAUUUUACUUUGCUGUACAGAUGUGGGUGGGGAUUUAGUUACUGACACAGAUGUUGAUGGGUCCUAAAAAGAAACCCAGCAUGUGUUCGUGAAGAUAAUGACAGAGAAAUGGAAAUUAAGGGAAAACUAUGAGAAUCCCGGAAAAAGGGGAAAUGAAACACAGGGAAAGAAGGGGAUUUAGAAAACUGCACAAGAAAACAGGAGAGCUAGCUUUCUGCCUCUUUCCUGUACAAUAAGAGUCUUUUCAAAACCCAAGAAACAGAAAACAGCUGUUUGGGCAGGCCAGCUGUUUCCCCGUGCAAACUCCCUUUGUGCCCUGAAACAUGUUCGAAUACAAGCCUCAUCUGUAAAGGAACAAAGGCACAGAGUGUGUCCAGUGUCAGUUUAGGAGAACUCACAGCUCAGAACAAUUUGUUCUUGUAAAUUGUGCAUUUUAUAUUUAACCAUUUCAUCUCCCAACGUAUACAGCAUAAACAUCCAGUUAGGGAAAAUGUCCAGGAGGCGAGUAUUCUCCAAGAACGACCUAAAGAAAGGGGAGGAGAGUGUAAAGGGCCCAAUGCAGCAUUUCAAACAACAGUUUUAUUAUUCAAUGAAUAAGACUCUCCAGGUAAAUCCCGGACGAAUCGAUUUGUUCAGGUGUGAAUUAAAAAGAAUUUGAUGGGGACGAACCACUCCAAACGAAUUGUUCCACAAGGCUACUGAUAACCUUUGACACUAAUGCAGCUGUGGUGCAUUCUUGGGUACUUCCCAACAGUUAAACAGCUGAGCGUCAUGUGAGACAUAGUCCUAAACAGGUGUAUUGCCAAAGGUUAAUCAUUACUACACACUUCUCUGUUAAACUAGGAAAUACUUAAAAUCUGCAGUUGAUAUGGUAAGUGGAAGUUUUAACAGUAAAAAGGGAAAGAAAUAUCUGUACAUUGUAAUAUUAGAAUUUAAGCAAAUGUAUAUAUUUAUUUUUCAAUUAAUCUAAAAAGGUUCAUCAGCUAUCAAUCAGUUGUUGUUUGCCUGUAGCAAACAUUUGAGGGAUAGGGAAAAGCAGGAAACACUCCUGCAGGUAGUUGUGUUGCUCUGUCACGGCAACUACAGCACAUGCUCUGUAGCUGCUGAGAUUAUUUCACUAGUGAGAAUGUCUUGCACUUGACAGAGGCAGUUCUAUACUCAGGACACUUAGGCAAGCGCCUAUGGCCUCACAUUUGAUGGAGAAUCACCUCAUGUCACUCCUCAACUCUAGAGUCAGUGGAAUGUAGAAACAAAGUGUCAUUGUGUUUUAAUAGCAAUGUGACAAUAGUGAAGCUAACAUAUUGGCAUUAUGUGACAGAUUUGCAGGGUUGGCCAAGUGCUGCCAUGAGUGUAAGAGGGACAGGACGUUGGUGAGAGCAAGAGGUGGCAGGGAAGCAAGUUCUAAAUUGACAAGUCCUAAAAACAUUACAUUUAGAAAAGAUUACCAUGAAAAAAUGAAUCACUUCAUGUUAUCAGUUAAAGUGAUCCCGUCAUGACAAACAAACAAAUCCUGUUAAAUAUGUGACUAUAAAAAUAAAUAAUUAGUAAGAAGUCACACUUUAGAAAGAUUAUGUCACGGUGCCCGCCGGCCGCUCUCCUUUUCAGCGCUGUCUCUAAGUAACCUUUGUUUAGAUUGUGUUUCAUAUACAUCUGUACACAUGAAAAUUUAUAUAAAUAUAAAAAUAAUCUCUUUAACCUACUUAUACAACACCGAAUGCAUAUUUCACAUGAAAUUUACUAGGAAAAGACACAAGAUUAUAGUCUUAUAGUAACGAUUUUUAGUUAGACACAAAAGUUGUGUUUUGAACCAGCAAAUAAUUGUAGCAACGUUUCUAAAAUAUGUCAGGAGCAAGCUUUUUCCAUUUUUAUCAAACAACUUAGAAAAUGUCCAGACUCACACAUUGCAAUAGACCUGACGGCCUGACUUUUUUAAUUUUUAAUUUUAUGAUCUGCUGGUGUUCUGAAUUGCUCAGUGCCAUAUUCAUAGUAAUAACCUCACUGACCUGGCUCAACAACAUGGAAUACAAUUGUUUAAUACAUAAAGUGUCUAAUGUGGCUUUGGCACUCUUUGCACAUGUACAUGGAUUGCAGGAUAAAACUUACCAGGAAAGGUUAAAGGAUCUUAACAUGUAUAGCUUGGAGGAAAGACGAGACAGGGGGGAUAUGAUAGAAACAUUUGAAUACAUAAAGGGAAUCAACACAGUAAAGGAGGAGACCAUAUUUAAAAGACGAAAAACUACCACAACAAGAGGACAUAGUCUUAAAUUAGAGGGACAAAGGUUUAAAAAUAAUAUCAGGAAGUAUUACUUUACUGAGAGGCUAGUGGAUGCAUGGAAUAGCCUUCCAGCUGAAGUGGUAGAGGUUAACACAGUGAGGGAGUUGAGGCAUGCAUGGGAUAGGCAUAAGGCCAUCCUAGACUUAAGAUAAGGCCAGGGACUAAUUAAAAGUAUUUUGAAAUAUUGGGCAGACUAGAUGGGCCGAAUGGUUCUUAUCUGCUCUCACAUUCUAUGUUUCUACCUGCUCCAUACCCAUUGCCCCCAGUCCCUCCGUGCACCAUAACUGUUUGAAUGGGUUGCAUGUGUCCCAUGACCCAUAGAACGUGAUCUCUCGUACCCCUUGCUUUCCCGCUGGAUUUCUCUUUGUCUGGAUUUCUCUGAGUUUUAUAUGAUUUAAAUUCUCAGUUUCUAAAUGUGAUUUUAUACAUGGCUGCAAAGUUUAGUUCAGACUAUUGAUCUCAUGAUCUUUUACUCACAUGACAAAUAAAUCACAAAUGUUCAGCUCCAAGCCUAUGAAACCCCUUAAGCCAGCAUUGGACACUGUAGUUGUUUUUUAAUUUUGGACUAAUAAUGUCUGCUGUAUACUUCUGGUACUAAGUAGUCCAUGUUUUUACUCCAGGAUGUAUAAAUCUUUAUGCAGUCCAUCUACAAACUAUGUAACCGUAAAGCAUGACCUUAAAUCUUUUGGCUCGGGGACCUCUUUGUCCAGUUGCCCAGCUCUUGCUCUUCCUAACUCUGCUAUGUUUUUUUUUCUUAAAGCAGCAUACUAAAUACAAUAAUCGUUAGAGCUUAUUGUAGUGGUCAAGGAGCAAUUAAUUUGUGUGCUAGCUUUUGUCACACUAUUUGAGCCCCCCCCCCAAAAAAAACUGAGCCUCUCCCAGUACCCAAAACCUGGCUUCUUUGCUGACUCCGAGAUAAUGCAGAAGUUAAACUCUACUUCCUCCAGUACUCGUAACCUAUCAUUGCUGUCCAAAUUUGGAUAGCUUUAUAUGAAUAACAAGGAAGUGAAACUUUGCCAUACUCUUUGUGACAGCAUAGGGGAUAAGAUUAUUGGGUCAGUUGAGACCUUUUUUUUUUUUUUACAUUACUCAAAAAUGGUUUUACAGAAGUCAGAGGAACUGUACCUAUAUACUUUAGAUUGUGAGCUCAUUUGGGCAGGGCCCUCUUCACCUGCUUUUCCCGUAUAUCAUACAUGUUUUGUUGGAAUUAAAUGUUUGCAUUUUUAACUUUUGUACAGCGCUGCAGAGUAUGCUGGUGCUAUAUUACCAAUUGUAAUUACCAUAUGCUCUAGUGAUUAUGGUGUUCCUUUAAUCUAGUGAACGUUGUGACUUUGGGGUUUUAAGGACUCUGCUGUUUGAAUUCUUCUCCAAUGUUAUUCUGUGUCUAAAUGAAAAAGAGCUGCUGCUUUAUACUUCCUUACAUAGAUUAUGUGGCUAAUUUGUGUUUACAUAAUAUAUGACUAUUCGAGACAUUCACCCCACGACUCCAAUUAUUACUUUUGUGAAAAUUGUCUUAAGCAAACUUUUUUGUGUUGCUUUUAAUUUUCGCAGUUCCUAAUUUUCUGUUACAUUCCAUUAACAUGUUCACCGUACCACUCUGGUGGGAUUAUUGACGGUGUACAAAGGUCUGUGUGUCUCCAUAUGAUCGCAGUAUGUAGACUUAGUACUUAACUAGCCACAUUACAAGCACUUAACAUCAUUAAGCAAUAAUUUAUUAACUAUUAGUACAAAUUGUGUUCUAAUUACCUUCCUACUUCUCGACAUAGGAGAAUUUCUCUUUCGCAGAAAAUUGAUGGUCUCCAGAUUGUAUUAGUGCAAGACCUUGUCAUGAUCUGCAGCUCAUCAUGUUAUCUCUCUCCUGCGUCUAUCUAUGCAGGAGUUUUCUGACUCAUCUAAUAUUACAUAGAAAAACCUAAAUAUAAGGAUUUAAUUUAUUUCCCUUUUGGAACUGCUCAUAUUACCAAGCCUUAGAAAUUAACCUUAAAAUUACGCUGUCAUUUGUACAUACCUCCCAACUCGUGACAGCGUCACCGGUGCAGCUCAAAGGGGGAGGGGAGGGGGGGUUCCCAGAAGGAUUGGCAGGUCAGUCUGGUGUGAAUCAAAAAUGGUAACUGUCCUGCCGAAAUUUGAACGGUUUAGAGGCCUGUAUGUAGGGUCUCAGAAUGUCUGCAAAGGACAACCCCAGGUGUCACGUCAGCUAUAUGACUGCUGCAUGGUUCACUGUCUAGAUCAGUGUUAAGAAUUAUAAAAUCAGUAUGGCUAGAAGGAGAUCUGUAAUGUCUGCCGUAGCCAUACCUCCUGUUUGGGACGGGGCUGUGGACGGCCAGGGACCCUCAUUCGGUUUUAAACUGCUUGAAAACAGGAUAACACGAAUGGAGGAGCAGAGCCAGAGGACUCCAGGCACUAUAACCAAUUCAAUGAGAUUAAAUGGUGAUAGUACCUAAAGUGUCAUUGAUACUGACAUACUCACAUACUGAAAUACUACAUACUAAGUGUUUUCCAUGUGAAGAGCAGUUCUCUAGUGCUUUGAUCAUAGGCAGAUGCCCUAAAAUCAUUUUGCACAGUGCAAGUGUCAAAUGAUUUGCAUGACACCAGGAAGCAAAUCAUUGUUUUGAGGUAUGUAUAUACAAUUUGGGGCCUGAGAAGGUCUGCAGUAUGCUCUUUUAGCCCAGCACGGAGAGACAAUUGUUGCAAUAUUUGUAUGGAUAAUUAUGAAAUUAUAUUAAAUAUCCUUGGGGAGGAGCUUAAAAGUCAGGGAAUCUCUGAGUUCUGGACAAAAUUUUGGAAUUUCUUUGUCUAAUUUUUGGAAAAUUGACAACGCCCAAGAGAUUAUACAAAGUUAAUACAAAUAAUUUUGGUGGUUAUAUGGAAGACAGUACUCCAUCAAUGCAUCCUACAGAGAUCAAAUAGUCCACCUUUUUAUAAUUCUUUUUUUAUACUUAAAAUAAUAAUAAUAAACCAGGGAAGGAUCCAUUUAGCUCUGACUGGAUUUUCUGGAUCCCUGUUAUUUUAUUGCAUACAUAAACACACAUUUCUCUUACAUCAUGGUGCUGGUACAAGGAUCUGUCCUUAAAGGACCACUAUAGUGCCAGGAAAACAUACUUGUUUUCCUGGCACUAUAGUGCCCUGAGGGUGCCCCCACCCUCAGGGUCCCACUCCCGCCGGGAUCUAGGGGGUGGAAGGGGUUAAACUUACCUCUUUCUCCUCCUCCUCUCCGCCUUCUGUCCUCCUCCUCGGCUGAAUGCACAUGCGCGGCAAGAGCCACGCGCGCAUUCAGCCAGUCUCAUAGGAAAGCAUUCGCAAUGCUUUCCUAUGGACGCUGGCGUUUUCUCACUGUGAUUUUGAGAAGCACACAAGCACCUCUAGCGGCUGUCAAUGAGACAGCCACUAGAGGCUGGAUUAACCCUAAUAUAAAUAUAGCAGUUUCUCUGAAACUAUGUUUAUAGAAAAAAGGGGUUUACCCUGGCUGGACCUGGCACCCAGACCACUUCAUUAAGCUGAAGUGGUCUGGGUGCCUAUAGUGGUCCUUUAAGGUUCUUUCCACCUGUUUCAGCAUUACAUCUUCGUAAUGAUAGAUGCCAGAUGGUUUCAAACAAACUGAAUGUGACUGAUUUAUAAACAGAACCAAAUGAUAUACACAAAGUUAAGACUUUGAGCAGAAGAACAAACUACAACAUAUUCACAUACAGCCGUAAAAAACUAACAGGGAAAAUUAAAAUCUGAAAUGUUUAUGACUUCUUCAGACAUCCGUCUUUGUGAAACCACAUGCAGCAUAAAGGAAUCCAAAUGUCUACAUCUUUCUAUCCUUAAAUUCCUUUUUCAAGCUAUUAUUAACAGUUACUUAAGACAGUCAGGGUUAUUUACUAAGGUGAGAAUUGUUGUGCAUUAUGUGUAUACAUCCUCUAUAUUUAACAAACAUGUAUUUGUGAGAUUUAAAGAAUAACAUGAAAAGCAUAAGUAUUUAUAACUAUGUUGGGACUGAAUGUCCCUCCAUCAUGGCUACCUUUGGAUAGAUUUUAUAAAUUCUGAGUUUUCUAUCAUUAAACAUAGUAUGUGAAGGAGAAUUGUACAGCGCUGCUGAAUUUUUUGGCGCUUUAUAAAUGCCAGUAUUAGUAAUAACAAGAAGAAGAAACAGCAAGAAUAGGAUUUAUCCAUAAAAACCUUUUGUUGUUUCUUUAAAGUGGUUUGCGUGGUGACUGCCUCACUUUUAGUACUUUAGACCACUUUUUAAAACACAACACUUUUUAUACACAAACCUUAAUUUCUGCUUCUCUAAUGCAAUCUGUGCCAUGGCUGUGGCAGAACUGAACUGUAUUGCAAUCUUAAUUGCUAUAUCUUACAAUUAAAAAAGGGAGCACCACAUGAAAAAGGUUAAACAAGUUCUAGGGAUUUUCAAAGUUUUAUCCAAUCAUGUAAUUUCUAGAGACGUGAUGGUUCCCUAUUAAUGGGUGAACAAUUUGAAUACCUUGUAUCUUCGAUUUUAAAAAGUGCACAUUUCUACUAAAUAAUGAGCCCUAAAACCCUCAUGAGAAACACCCCCUUAUAUACCUAGGACAUUAAAAAAGUAGACCUUUAAAAUGUUUCUCCCAUGAGCCCACCCACCCCCGGUCAUGUUCAGCAACCAUAGAAGCAGGCUUAUUGCUGUAGAAAUUGUUGCAUCAUCAUACUGUAUUUUCCGUGAUCAUAUUGGUAGCAUCCCGGUAAAUAGGUGUGUCAUAAUAUUCUUUGGGUUUUCACCCUUAAUGUGUCCUAUUGUCCGGACCUCACCUCUCGUAUCUCGGUACUCUACGAACCAUGUUACAUGUGUUGUUCCUAUCAACUUCUCAUUGCAGCUAUAUGGGCAUUUGGCAUUGUCUUGGGUAAUUGUCAGUGCCACACAGUACAGUGCAGCAGCAGCCAGCUUCCUCCUGGAAACAGCGUGGUGCUGGUAGCAAUGGUCUUGCUGCUGCCAGCAUUGUCCAUUUACCAAGUGAAUCCCAAAAAGGGCAUGUGCACCAGUUGGGUGCAAAAUAUAGCAGAGGUGUAAGGGACAAUGUAAAAAUGAUACGGGUAUGAUGCAGGAGGGGGUAUCUUCCAGACAUCCCUAUAUAAGGCUGCUCUAUGCACUAUAUCAUUAAUCAGACGUUCCUGCUCUUUGUAAAGAGCUGUGUUCCUGCUACUUCUAAGCCGGCUACUGACACAUUUGCCGGUCUUAUCUCUUUGCUGCUUUGACUGAUCUUUUGCUUGACCUGACUAGGCUUUGGGUUUACCUGGCCUUCCACUUCCCUGCUGUGCUCAGCUGUCAGUUCCUGCAUCUUGAGUUCUACCAACCCAAACCCUGUCACCUAUUUUAAUUCCUUAAGGACAAGUGAUAUGCACUGCGAUGCUCAAUCUGGCCUGUAAGGAUCCUAACGUCAGCAGCAAAACUAAUUCCUGGUAUCCCAUUCAGUGUCAUCACAAAUAUUGUAAGGCACAGAUUGUUAAGUCAGCACACUCCAUCACUAUUUUAUAACUGUAGAUACUAUUUUCUGUUUGCUGGCCGUAUGGGUAUUUCUUGUUGGUUGGGGUUCAUCUGCAUUCCCCACUGUGUCAUUUAAUUGAUGACUAAAGCUAAGUAGCAUUUUGAAGGUACCUACUCUGGCCUACAGAAACAUGGGCCAUACAGUAAUGUAGUCAUGUCUUUAGUGAGGUAAUUGUAGUGGAAUAGAUAUUGAAAAAUAGCAAAAUACAACAUAUGGCCAAGUUUUGAUAAAUACUAUUAUUAUGCUAAAAAAAAAGAACCUCUUAAAUGACUCCAAUGACCUCUAAAAAUUUCAGUUCUAUUGUGGGAUCCUAGAAGCUGUUAAACAUCAGAGGAACUGUUUAGGAAUUGUAUUGCAACUAAUUCUCUUAUUGAAGUGGGGGAAAAACAUUGGAUACCAAAAAACAAAACUAUAAUAAAAUCACACCAUUGCAUAAAACAUGGAAAAUUACCAAUAACUUGUAACUUUUUUCCAAGUGAAGCUCCAUUUUCAUCUAAAUGUAUCUUAAAAAUCUAUAAGUUUCUAUUUAGCAUUCAAUCUCUGGGGUGUCAAAAACAGAAUUAGAACAAUCUCUGGAACUAAGAUGGAGGCACUCAGUUCCAGGAGAGAUGUAAGUGUGGAUGCAUACACUUAAAGGAACACUAUAGCUCCUUAGCCCUACCCGCACCCGGGCCAUGUAAAGGGUAAAAAAAAAAAAACACACACACAACUUUAAACUCUCUAUAGUCCAUACAUCAAAAUUGAUUGGGCUCCUCCUCUGAUGUCAGCCCAUGGGGGGAACCUAAAGCACAUUCUUGGCAAGUGCCGCACACACCGUAGUCUUUCCGCAUACGAUUCAACGUUUUACCAUGGGGUUUUUCAACAGCCUGGAUGUCCUCAUGUAAAGCGAAGUUAAACUCAUGUAACUGCAGGAAGCGCCUCUUGCCACUAGAGGCAGUCUUAUCACUGUAAUGAUGAUUUAAAUUGCAGUUUUACGGGACCAGGGACACUGCACCCAGACUAAUAUGGCAGAUGUGCAAUCUUUAAGCUACAUUUGGCUCCAAGCAAUGUGCCACAAACUUUUUUCUGAGCACAUCAUGUGUAAGAUGUAACUUUGAUGCACAAGUGAUCCGGGGCUGACUGACCUUAAAUGACCCUUAAAUAGCCCUUAGCAAUUAAAUAAACAAAUCCAAAUGAAUAUUUAAAUAGUUAAUAGAUACCGUCAGUCAGAUUACAUGUACAGGGAGCUGCAGAAGACAAAAUGUAAUAUGGAUCUGUCCUCAUGGUCAAGAUGGACCGCUGGGGAUUUUCUUUUGGUAUCCCUAAAAUGUAGGACCCUGUUAUCAAAUUGGGGCUCUAUUACAGUCUGAGACACUUGGGAACUAUGAUCUAAAGUGUUUAGUCCCAUGUCUACCAAAUAAUCAUUGUUAUUAUUAAUAAAUUAUUGUUAUUAUUCUUUAUUAAGCUCCAACAGAUUGUGUAGCGCUGUACAAUAGGUGGACUAACAGACGUUUAAUUGCAACAAGACAAGCUGGACACACAGAAAGAGAGGGUGUUGAGGGCCGCGCUGAAACAAGCGUUUAUAUGCGUGACAUCACAUGACACAAUGUCACCUGAUAUUACAUAACAUCUCGGGGAGUGACAAAGAGGAAAAAAAACAUGUGGAUGGGGAACAUUUCCUAAAUCACUAACAAACUACAUGUACAAUGUGUGUACUGUGUCUGGCAGUGCAUGUAGCAUUGUGUAUGUGUAGCAGUGUGCAUACACUGUCUGAAUGAGUUUGCGUAAAGUAGUGUGUGUAUAGCAGUGUGUCAUUGUCUAAGUGUGUGCAUACUCUUGUCUAUGUUUGUACGUGUCAUUGUGUGUCUGCUUUGUCUAAGUGUGUGUAUAAUAGUGUAUACAUGCAGUGUCCGAGUGUGUGUACAAUGUGAAUGUAUGUGUGACUUUGUUGGGUUACUGUGUCUGCGCAGGUUUCACUUGUAUGGUCAAGUUUUCGAGUGCAGUAAGUAACGAAAUGAACAUUUUGUUAGAGUGACAAUAUUAAAUAUACUAUUAUAUAGCAGUACAAUCAGUAUGCCAUUAUUUACUGUAUAUUCAAUAUACAUUUGUGAUAUAUACAUUUUAUUUAUCACCUUUUCCUUAAAUUCUUAUUUGAUUGCUUUUCUGGAAGUUAAGUUCUCCUUAACAAUAAGCGUCAGUACAAGUGGGGUUUGUAGCAUUUUACCCUGGGACAUCCAUAAAUCAAAGCUGGUCAAAUACAUUACAAAGCUGGCAUUCAUGGUUCAGAAAGUUCAUUCAAGGUUAGAUAUGUGGUCACUAAUUUUUCAGCACAUCUAGGGGUCUAUUUUCUUAGAACCAAAAAUAGCUGCCAAAUUAGAUGCUAACUCAGCAGAGGUUUUUAGCUUCCACUCAAGUUUUUAAUUGCAAAGUUUAAACAAUUGUUUCCAACAAAACACAGCUUCUAAGCUGUGACUUUCAAGUUUCUGUAGUACUGGCAGCAGUUUUUGUAUUGGUUUUAUAAAUGUGGGAUACAGUGGCAAAGAAAUGAAAUCAGAUUGGUGCAAGUGGGAUCAGACCAGAGCAGGAUUAACCAUAAGGAAACCCAUAGGCGUCUUCCUGGGGCUCAGGGGUUAUGUGAAGAAUGAAGGGGGGCCAAGCUGGUAACCUGCCCAGGUACCAGUUAGGUAUUUAUCCCUUUCCAGAACAGACUGGGUACCAGAGUGCCUGACUGUGGUCAGUUCCUGGAUUUUCAGCUUUAGCAAGAAAUUCAGAAAAGAUGUAUCUCCUUCUGAAGGCAUUGGGUAAUUUUCCUGGUCUUCCAUACCGAACCUUAGACUGUGUAAAUGGUGAUGCAUGGUUGGAACUUUAUAAUCAGAUGAGGUGCACAUUUCCCUGAUGUCUUGCUUUCCUACAGCCAUUAAUGUCAGUUUAGCCUUUAAUGGCUGUGUGUUGAGUUAUUUUGAGGGGACAGCAAAUUUACACUGUUAUACAGGAUGUACACUUACUACUUUACAUUGUAGCAGAGUGUCAUUUCUUCAGUGUUGUCACAUGAAAAGAUAUAAUAAAAUAUUUAUAAAAAUAUAGGUGUGUACUCACUUUUGUGAGAUAUAUAUAUAUAUAUCUCGAAAUAGUAAGUAUGACCAGCACUCACGGUUUUGUUGAAGAUUAAAAGUUGUAGAUUUUAUUCAUACAUGUUAAAAAUGGCAGCUCAACGUUUCAGUCCUCGUCUGGGACUUUCAUCAGAAACAGUAACCAUACGUAAGUAGACAACAUAUAUAGGGGAAAAAAUCAUUAGAAGUUAGCUUACCCCAGGUGUACACGAUCUCUAAUGCCGCCCGCGUUCUAAAGCGCCCAGUGCGCAUGCGUGAUCUACCCAACUACGACGUGACUGCAUGACGUACGUCGCCAUGGGGAUGGGAAACAAGCCCAAUCUCCACGGCAACCCGGUCACAUUCUAGUUAUAUACUGAAAUGAAUAGUCCAAAAUGUGUAUAAUGCAAGAUCUUUUUCCCUUUUAGGUGCUAGAAAGGUUGCAAAAGGAAAAAAAGUAGUGUAGUGAUUUAACAACUGACGAUCUAUACUGAUAUGGGAAAAAGACAUACAUAUAUGACAAGAACAGCCAAUGUUGUUUACAUGCAAGACGUGGAAUCUCUAUACUGUGUAUAUAAAAAGUGCUUAUGCAAUACAACACAGUUAAUUGUAAAGCCCAUAGAAAGUGCUAUGUUUUGUAAAGUGCAGUACAUUUUAAAUAAAGUGCAAAUAGUUCUAAUUAGUGUGAGCAGUGAACUAUGUAGAUAACAUAAACCUAAAUGGCCAAUUAAUUAAAGUGUUGCCAAUUGUAUAAACAGAGAUAAAUGUGAAUAUAAGUGAGUACUUAUGCAAAGUGCAGAUUGCACUUUAAUUAUGCAAAUUAGAAUGCAUUGGGCAGGGGCAGGUAAGGGAAAAGCAUAUAAAGAGGUAGGGAAACUGACAGAUACUGGAAAAUAAAUAUAAUAUAAGCAAAUAGGUUCAAAAAGACUAUUAAAAAAAAUUGAAAUCAAAAAAUUAAAACCAAAGCUUAAAAACACAUGCUACAAGUGACUUAUAUGAAUGAAUGAUAUGAAAUCAUUUCUUUCAGUCCUUUAGGGGCUAUAGUAUCCAAUGUAUAUAUCCAGAAUGUCUCUCGAUUCAGGAGAAGUUUGCCUCUGUCACCCCCAUGUUUUGGCGGUGGUAUGUGGUCUAUUGCCAAGAAUUUGAGUGCUGAAAGUGGGUGUUGAAGGGCGAGAAAGUGCUUGGCAACCGGUUGAUCAGAGGUACCAUCACGGUAGGCCAACCGUAUGCUUGAUCUGUAUCACCUAAUUCUCUCACCUAAAGGUGUCUCGGUUUUACCGAUAUAUGAGAGUCCACAGGGGCAGGACAGUUUGUAGAUCACAUAGGGAGUUUUACAAGUAAUAGUGUAACGUAUCUGGAAAGACUUAUUCCUAUGUGGGUGCUGGAAGAUACGGGGUGGGGUCAUGUGCCCACAAGUGACACAGUUCAAACAACGAAUGCUCCCCCGACUAUGUGCUUUGGUAUUUUUUUCAUAACUUUUUAUCGGAUCCGUAUGGACCAAUAGGUCCCUUAGAUUUUUAUUUCUUCAAUAACAAAUGAGGGGGGGUUCUUUAAACACUUUGGGGAGUGUGUCAUCACACGCCACCAUUUUCCAGUUGUCCUUGAUAAUUUUGGAAAUCACUGGGGAUGCGUCAUGGAAAAUUACGGGAAAGACUAACCUUGGGGCUUUUUGUCAACUCGAGUUGAGCAGGCAGACUUUGCCUUUUCUCGUGCUCUAACUAAGUAAUUCUGUCGAUAGCCACGUUCAAGGAAUCUCUCCAUCAUCUCCCCCAGUUGUUCCUCCAUUAUAUUCACAUCCGAGUUGUUGCGGAUCACCCUCAAAAAUUGAGCUUCAGGCAACGAUCUUUUCAGUGCCUCUGGGUGUGCGCUUGUGUUAUGCAGGAUGGUAUUGCAAUCCGUAGAUUUCUUGUAGAGACAAUAUGUUAACCCCUGUUCGUUGGUAGAAAUCUCUAAGUCCAAAAAUUGGACAGAUGUGGAAUUAAUAUUCGAUGUGAAUCUUAUAGGGCUUUCCACUUCAUUAAGAAAUAUCAUUUCUGUAGCCUCCGUAAUGCUGCCACUCCAGAAUAUCAGCAAGUCAUCAAUAUAUCUAAAGUAGCCUUGAAUGUACUGGCCGUACUUAGAUAAAAUCCAAUAUUGCUCGUAUAUUUACAUGUAUGCGUUAGAUGUGCCCGAAAUUUUAAGGUACCAUCUGUCCUCAAAUCUGAAGUAGUUGUUACUUAACACAAGAGAGAGUAGUUCAAGGACAAACUCUAUGGGUGGUCCUUUAUAGGUUGAAGAAGAGGUAAGGACUGUUCUCAUUGCCUCUAUGCCUUGUCUGUGCAGAAUUACCGUAUAGAGGCUGCCCACAUCCAUGGUAUGAGUACUGUAGUUCCCCUCUUCCUUUCGAGUUGUUUCAAUUUUGUAAUGAGACUGGGCGUAUCCUUUAUACAUGUACUGAGUUCAGCUAUGGGAGCUUGGAAUAACGAAUCAAGCCAUUUGGCGAUAGGUUACAGAAGUCCAUCUAUCGCCGAAACGAUAGGCCUUCCAGGUGGUAUAAUGGGGUCUUUGGGAUCUAAUGGAUCUUUGGGAGUGUGUAUAUGAUAGGCGUACGAGGAUGGUGUUUCAAAGGGUAUUGGCUAAGUUGUGUGUCUAUUCAGCCGGAUUCAACACCCAUCUUAAGGAUAGCUUCCACUUUCUUCUUUAUCCUAUCUGUAGGAUCACCUAGUAAUGAUUGAUAAACUGUGUCAUUCUGUAGUUGUUGCUUUAGUUCCCCUGCAUAAUGUACAUAAUUCAUGAUGACUAUCCCUCCACCCUUAUCAACCUGCGGAUGGUUAUAGAGUGAUCGUUGGCUAAAUUCUUGAUACAUUGUGCUUGCUGAGUAGUGAUGUUCUUAUAUUUACAUCUAUGUGUGCCGAUGACCUCCUGUGUAAGAUGGUUGACUGUGGAGAGAUAAGUUUUGAUUGAUGCUUUGUUCGUGUAUGGAUCAAAUAGAGAUUUGGUCUUAAAGCGUGUAGACCCAUCUUGGUUUUUGGUAGUAGAGGUGGAUCUCUCGGGAUUAUUAAAAAAUUCUCAGGCACAUGUCUCCCUAAAUUAAAAAGUUCAGUGUUCCAUUUGAAUUGGUUGAGUAUUAAUGUGGGUACAAAAGAAAGGCCUCGGCUGAGUAUUUAUAUAUACAUACAAUUCAAAGAGGUUCUGCACUCCAGCUUUCCUUUUGUGUCUUGCCCGGUGCUCAGCUGCACAGUAUACAGACCGAUGAAAAAAGACAGCACUCAAGGACUUUACAGUCAAUUCCAAUACAGUCAACGUUUCAGUCUGGAUUUCCUUGAAAGUACCUUUAGAUGUACAGCCUUUAUCCUAUGUGUGGUAAUGUUUACAAAAUACUUGCUCACUCUAUAGAUUGAUUUACUGUAUAAAUCAAUGAUGCAUUACUAUUUCAAAGCUGGCGAUUCAUACUAACUUAGCAGCCAGUAUACUGUUGGAAAUGAAAACUGGAGAUGAAGCUAUAUUUUUCCCUAAAAAUGUAUUUAGCCAUUGCAAAAAUAUGUUUUUUUUGUUUAUUUUUUCAGUUUGCACAUGUUUUAAUGCAUUAAAAAUAAAAAUUAGGAUAAUUUAAAGACUUGAGUAUCCCUCCAUCAAAAAAAAAAAAAAAGUGUGCUUAUUUCUUAUUAGUUAUACUAUGCUCUCCUGUUCAGUAUUCAGAAAGAUUCUGAAAUUCUAGCUGGAAACCCACUCUAGUCUCCCUGUCUGUGCUGCAUGGGGAAUUGGCAUCCGAGAAUGGACUUUAAAUAGAUACAGACAAGCUUUGCAUCCCUGCCUGCUUCUAUUUCAAAACUAAGCUGAGCCCUACAUAUGAAUGCACAGAGCCGAAUGGAUAUGGAAGGAGUUAUUUAAAGGCCUCUGCUAAAAGUUGAGGUUACAUUUAAUCUCCUUAACCUCUUAGUAACCAACAGGCUUGUUUGGAUUUUCUUUCCCCCCUAGUAGACAUGGUUACCAUGUCUACAACAGGUCCCACAUAGCAGUAUGCAUUUCAGUCCUGAUAAACUCCAUUAUAGGAUGUGUAUUGAGAACACAUUACAUGCUUGUUUAAUUUUUACCCUUCUGUCUGAGGACACAACAAACACCAUGAAUGUUUUCAAUUGUACACUCUAUGGACUCGGUUUGGCACGGCUACAAGAAGACGGAAGUACAAUUUACCUCAUAAAAGCACACCUGUAUCAUUUCUCACUGGACGGCGUGAACAUAGAAAAUAUAUCUAAAUAUAUAGCAUAAAACUUUGCACACAAGUACUUAAAAGACAACCGUCAUCAAAAUGUAUCUUCUUAUUUUUAAAUAUUUAUUACAUUUAAUGAAACUUAAUGAUUUUUGUUUUUUUAAAUGAUAUAUUUUUUUUAUUUUAUUUUUUAGAAUUGUCUUUUUUCUCUGGCUGAGCAGCCAUAUUAAUUCACACUCUACUGCUGCAGCUCAACCUAACCUGCCUGCUUCUGUGGUCGCUUCAUGUGAACCUGCAGCAGUAGGCACUUUAGGUUGAGUAUAGCUGGUUAGAUGACAGCAGAGUCAGGCCUAACAUGGCUGUUCAACCAGAUUUAAAACAAAAAACAAACAAAAAACAUUUUCUCAAAAAAAUCAAUAUACAUCAUUGAAGAAAAAAAAAAGCAUUAAGUUUCAUCACAUUAAUGAUCUAAUAAAAAGCGAGAAGUGAAAAUUUGAUGAGAAUUGUUCUAUAAAUCACUUUAUUCAGAUUUGUUUUUUACGUUGAUGGUGACUACAACCUGGUACCUUGAAUAUGACCCUUUUAAAGUCUUAUUCUGACUCUGAGCCAAUGAGGGCAAUUCAGACACCAUUGUGGCAAUCAAAAACUUUUCCGCCCAUCUACCACUCCUUGAAUAAGCAGAUCCUGUAUUAUCAUCCUCUCAGUGUUUGCCAUGUUUGGACUUGUCUGAUGUCAUGCAGAAGCACAAAUCACAUUAUAUUUUAGAUUAAAACUUUGUGAUGAAGCAUAGGCCUCAGUUUUAUAAGCUUACAACAACAACAAAAAAACAACUUUCCAAAUGAUUAUCUACAAAAGUUCCUAUAUACUUUAAUACACAUAUAUAUACCCCUUACAACAUUCAGGAUGGGGGUAGUGGGACAAGAUAGGUGGGAGGACCUAAGUCACUAUUGACACCCAUUUUUUGAUUGGGUAACUAAAAUUAUAGAUCAGGGUGGUGCAGUAGACAUUGCUUACCUAGAUUUCAGUAAGGCUUUUGACACUGUUGCACAUAGAAGGCUUAUCAAUAAACUGCAAUCUUUAAGUUUGGAUUCCAAUAUUGUUGAAUGGGUAAGGCAGUGGCUGAGUGACAGGCAUCAGAGGGUUGUAGUCAAUGGAGUAUAUUCGAAGCUUGGGCUUUGUCACCAGUGGGGUACCUCAGGGAUAUGUACUUGGACCCAUUCUCUCUAAUAUUUUUAUUAGUGAUAUUGCAGAAGGUCUUGAUGGUAAGGUAUGUCUUUUUGCUGAGGAUACUAAGAUAUGUAACAGGGUUGAUGUUCCAGAAGGGAUAAGCCAAAUGGCAAAUGAUUUAGGUAAACUAGAAAAAUGGUCAGAGUUGUGGCAACUGACAUUUAAUGUGGAUAAGUGCAAGAUAAUACAUCUUGGAUGUAAAAACCCAAGGGCAGAGUACAGAAUAUUUGAUAGAGUCCUAACCUCAACAUCUGAGGAAAGGGAUUUAGGGGUUAUUAUUUCUGAUGACUUAAAGGUAGGCAGACAAUGUAAUAGAGCAGCAGGAAAUGGUAGCAGAAUGCUUGGUUGUAUAGGGAGAGGUAAUAGCAGUAGAAGAGAGAAGUGCUCAAGCCAUUGUACAGAACACUGGUGAGACCUCACUUGGAGUAUUGUACGCAGUACUGGAGACUGUAUCUUCAGAAGGAUAUUGAUACCUUAGAGAGGGUUCAGAGAAGGGCUACUAAACUGGUUUAUGGAUUGCAGGAUAAAACUUACCAGGAAAGGGUAAAGGAUCUUAACAUGUAUAGCUUGGAGGAAAGACGAGGCAGGGGGGAUAUGAUAGAAACAUUUAAAUAUAUAAAGGGAAUCAACACAGUAAAGGAGGAGACUAUAUUUAAAAGAAGAAAAACUACCACAACAAGAGGACAUAGUCUUAAAUUAGAGUGACAAAGGUUUAAAAAUAAUAUCAGGAAGUAUUACUUUACUGAGAGGGUAGUGGAUGCAUGGAAUAGCCUUCCAGCUGAAGUGGUAGAGGUUAACACAGUAAAGGCGUAUAAGCAUGCGUGGGAUAGGCAUAAGGCAAUACUAACUAUAAGAUAAGGCCAGGGACUAAUGAAAGUAUUUAGAAAAUUGGGCAGACUAGAUGGGCCGAAUGGUUCUUAUCUGCCAUCACAUUCUUUUUUUUUCUUUUUUUUAUAUAUUUAAUCUUUAUUGAAAAAGUUUUUCUUUCUUUCAUUCUCUUUCUUUUAUAAUAUUUCCUUUUCUCUUUUUUCUCUCUUUUUACAAACAAAAAAGGAUUCACAUACAUUGUUACAACAAUAAACAAUCAGACAUUAGACAAUAAACAUCAGAAAAAAAAAAAUAUAUAUAUAUAUAUAAAAUCAUUACAGUUCAGUCACCUUCAAUGCAGAAAGAGAUUUACAAUAAAUCCAAAAAGGCUUUGUCCACCUUUUGUUCUAUCUCUUUUCUUACUCCUUCCCCUUUUCUUUCUUCACCUCUUCCCUCCUUCCUUCCUUUACCUUCUCCCCUUAUAUAUUAUAUAAAAAAAAAAAAAAAGCUGCCCUUUGCCGAGAGUUAGUCGCAUAUUGCUCCUAGGAACCUAAAACCAUAAUCUUUGACAAAUAUUUUUUUCUACCAAUCAGGCUCCGUAAACCCAUGGCUAAUUUAGAAAUUUAUGCACAGGAACCACUACCCUAUCUACAAUUCCAAGACAUAAAAACCUUAGUAUAUAUUAAGUCACAUUACUUCUUCCUAAUUUCACAAUCCAUUUCUGCCAUUGUUCAAUUCGUGGAUUGUAAUAAUUAUUUUGUCUCAAUAUCCCUAUUUCCAUUUUACAAUUAUUCAAGACCUGAUGUUUUAUCAUCUCCCAUGACGGGGAAUCUGAGGUUUUCCAAAAUCUUGCGAGAGUAGCUUUAGUUUCUACAAGAAUGUGGAUAAUUAUUUCUUUUUUAUCCUUCGGAAUUGUGGGCCAUCCCAUAUGUAAUAUCAUAGAACUACAAGUAAAAUCAAGAUCCACUUCUAUUUCUUCCCUACAGAAUUUCGCUACCUUUUGCCAUAAUUGAACUAUAAUCGGACAUGACCACCAUAUAUGCACAUAGUCUGCUAUAAGGGAAGCACAACGCCAGCAAUGAUAUUGGUUACCUGGAUAUAUUUUUGCUAAUUUAGCUGGUACAUAAUGCCAUCUGUUGAUAACCUUAUAGUGACUUUCCGAUAGAUUUAAGCAAUGUGAAGCUUUCAUUACUGCAUUAUUAGCCUUAAGCCAUUCACUUCUCAUAAUGCUAAUUUGUAUAUCUUUUUCCCAAGCUUUUUUAGCUAGAAAUUCCGGGAGUGGCUUAUACUUACUACAGAUAUUGGAGCAUUUAGAGACUAAAUUUUUACUAUGUGUGAUAUUUAAUAAAUUUAUAAACAUCUGUAAUUCCUCAGAGAUCUCCACUAUUCUAUGUCUCAUUAAGAAGUAUUUUAUCCUUAAGUACGUAAAACUUUCUCUAUAGGAAAGAGAAAAGGCCUGUUUAAUCUCUUCAAAAGGUCUAAUCUGUUGUUGUUGAAAUAACUGAUUUAUUCUAUUAAUGCCUUUAUUUAACCAUGGCUCAAGAUUAAGAUCCUUAAUAUUAAUGGACAAAACCUGCAUAGGUAGGUCAAUAAUAAUUUUAUCUGUAAUUUUGAGUCUUUUUUUCCAGAUUCUCCAUUGAACCAAUAAGUUAUCUAGAAUUAGGCCCAUAUCAUCUCUCUCCCCUUUGUGUAUAUUCCAAAAUAAAGCCAUUAAAUCUGGAAUUUCUGCUCUUUUAGAUCUCUCUUUCAUAGAUGAAAUAAUAUGUGCCAAUGAGCAAAAUUCAUAAAUAUCUAUAAUAUUGGGAACUCCCAUCCCUCCUAGUUUAGGUUUUAGGUUCAAGAUUUUUUUACUAACCCUAGGUUUUUUCCCCAUCUAUAUAUAUUUAUCUAAUGCUGAUUGGAUCAUCAGGAGCCAUGGUUUAGGCAUUUUCAUUGGUAUCAUAGGGAAUAUAUAGCUCCAUUUAGGGAUCAAAUAGGCCUUUACAACAUUGAUUCUACCUGUCCAUGAUAUCUCUGCUGUUCUCAUAUCUUUUAAUUGUUUAUUAAUUUGCAUCAUUAAAGGCAUAACAUUAUAUUCUAGAAUCUUAGCGGGGUUACUAGAAAUCCUUAUACCCAAAUAAACAAAAAAAGUUUUUACCCAUUCAAAAGUAUAUUUCACUUUAAUAUAUAAUUUAUCUUCCUUUUUUAUAUUUUUUGCGAGAAUACUUGUCUUAUCUACAUUUAGCUUGAAAUUAGAAUACUGGCCAAAUUCAUGAAUCAGCCUUAUCAGUUCAUCUAUUGAUGUUAUAGGGUCUGUUAUAGUGAUUAAAACAUCGUCAGCAUAAAGUAGCGUUUUAUAUUCCUCUUGGCCUAUUUUAAUUCCUAUAAUUUUGUCAUUAUUUCUAAUGUCGCAGAUCAGGGGUUCUAUGUAUAGUAGGUAUAGCAAUGGGGACAGGGGACACCCCUGUCUUGUCCCAUUCCUUAUAUUAAACCACUCAGAGAUUAUCCCCCUCCCAAUUGUUCUAGCCUUUGGGGAGCUAUAUAAGGCCAUAAUUGCACUCAGAAUCCAGCCUUCAAAGCCAAAAGCCUUCAAGGCCUCCCUGAGGAAGUCCCAUCUGACCCUGUCAAAGGCCUUUUCGGCAUCCAAUGACAGGGCCAGCAAUGGAGUACCCGAUUCAUGAGCGUAAUCCAAAAUAUCAAUCAUUGUUCUUAUACUAUUAUUUGAUUGUCUGUCCUUCAAAAAACCAACCUGAUCCCCAUGAAUAAUAGACGGGAGGACUCCUUGUAAUCUAUUCGCCAAGAUACUUGCAUAAAUUUUUAUAUCAGAAUUUAAUAGAGAUAUAGGACGAUAAUUCGCUACAAAUUCCUUAGGUUUAUCGGGCUUUUGAAUGGGAAUUAUGUUGGCGUAUAAUAGUUCAUUAGGUAUAUCUUUUUCUCUAACUAUAUUAUUAAAGAGAUCUUUAAGGUGUAUUACUAAGACGUCCUGGAAUUGCUGAUAAAAUAUAUUUGGAUAACCAUCCGGCCCCGGUGUUUUAUUUAUUUUUUUAAGGACUUGAUUGCACUUAUUAUUUCAGUUUCUGAGAAGGGUUGAUUAAUAGAAUUCAAUUGUUCUCCUGAUAAUUUUUUUAAAUUUUUGUUUUUAAAAUAUAUUUCUGGAUUAUAAGAAUAACUGGGUAAAUUAUACAAUUUUUGAUAGAAGGAGUUAAAUGCUUUGCCAAUAUUUUCAGGUGUUAAUUGGGUCCCUUCCUCUGUAAUAAUUUUAUUUAUUAACUUAUUCAAUUUCUCACAUGUAAUGAUCUAAUAAAAAGCGAGAAGUGAAAAUUUGAUGAGAAUUGUUCUAUAAAUCACUUUAUUCAGAUUUGUUUUUUACAUUGAUGGUGACUACAACCUGGUACCUUGAAUAUGACCCUUUUAAAGUCUUAUUCUGACUCUGAGCCAAUGAGGGCAAUUCAGACACCAUUGUGGCAAUCAAAAACUUUUCCGCCCAUCUACCACUCCUUGAAUAAGCAGAUCCUGUAUUAUCAUCCUCUCAGUGUUUGCCAUGUUUGGACUUGUCUGAUGUCAUGCAGAAGCACAAAUCACAUUAUAUUUUAGAUUAAAACUUUGUGAUGAAGCAUAGGCCUCAGUUUUAUAAGCUUACAACAACAACAAAAAAAACAACUUUCCAAAUGAUUAUCUACAAAAGUUCCUAUAUACUUUAAUACACAUAUAUAUACCCCUUACAACAUUCAGGAUGGGGGUAGUGGGACAAGAUAGGUGGGAGGACCUAAGUCACUAUUGACACCCAUUUUUUGAUUGGGUAACUAAAAUUAUAGAUCAGGGUGGUGCAGUAGACAUUGCUUACCUAGAUUUCAGUAAGGCUUUUGACACUGUUGCACAUAGAAGGCUUAUCAAUAAACUGCAAUCUUUAAGUUUGGAUUCCAAUAUUGUUGAAUGGGUAAGGCAGUGGCUGAGUGACAGGCAUCAGAGGGUUGUAGUCAAUGGAGUAUAUUCGAAGCUUGGGCUUUUGUCACCAGUGGGGUACCUCAGGGAUAUGUACUUGGACCCAUUCUCUCUAAUAUUUUUAUUAGUGAUAUUGCAGAAGGUCUUGAUGGUAAGGUAUGUCUUUUUGCUGAGGAUACUAAGAUAUGUAACAGGGUUGAUGUUCCAGAAGGGAUAAGCCAAAUGGCAAAUGAUUUAGGUAAACUAGAAAAAUGGUCAGAGUUGUGGCAACUGACAUUUAAUGUGGAUAAGUGCAAAAUAAUGCAUCUUGGACGUAAAAACCCAAGGGCAGAGUACAGGAUAUUUGAUAGAGUCCUAACCACAACGUAUGAGGAAAGGGAUUUAGGGGUGAUUAUUUCUGAUGACUUAAAGGUAGGCAGACAAUGUAAUAGAGCAGCAGGAAAUGCUAGCAGAAUGCUUGGUUGUAUAGGGAGAGGUAUUAGCAGUAGAAAGAGGGAAGUGCUCAUGCCAUUGUACAGAACACUGGUGAGACCUCACUUGGAGUAUUGUACACAGUACUGGAGACCGUAUCUUCAGAAGGAUAUUGAUACCUUAGAGAGGGUUCAGAGAAGGGCUACUAAACUGGUUCAUGGAUUGCGGGAUAAAACUUACCAGGAAAGGUUAAAGGAUCUUAACAUGUAUAGCUUGGAGGAAAGACGAGACAGGGGGGAUAUGAUAGAAACAUUUAAAUAUAUAAAGGGAAUCAACACAGUAAAGGAGGAGACUAUAUUUAAAAGAAUAAAAACUACCACAACAAGAGGACAUAGUCUUAAAUUAGAGGGGCAAAGGUUUAAAAAUAAUAUCAGGAAGUAUUACUUUACUGAGAGGGUAGUGGAUGCAUGGAAUAGCCUACCAGCUGAAGUGGUAGAGGUUAACACAGUAAAGGAGUUUAAGCAUGCGUGGGAUAGGCAUAAGGCUAUCCUAACUAUAAGAUAAGGCCAGGGACUAAUGAAAGUAUUUAGAAAAUUGGGCAGACUAGAUGGGCCAAAUGGUUCUUAUCUGCCGUCACAUUCUAUGUUUCUAUGAUGGAUGUCCCCACCAGUGGAACUAAAGCAGAAAAGGAGGACUUCUAGGAUGCUUGUAAUGUUGACUACUGUAGAUAAAUAAUUUGGAAUGUAUAACUGUAUUGAAUCAUUUGGCAAGCUUGUGAUUGGACAACGACAGAAAGUCUGGGCGGGGUUAGAAAGGGAGAGUUCGCCAAGGAUUCAGACAAGAGAACUCAGUUUUUGCAAGCUAUUUAUAAUAUACACCCAAUGACAAAAUGCAUAACAAAAUACAGGCAUGUUUUCAUUUGGGUAUUUCUACUAAACAGUGAUUUUUAUUUAUUUUGUAUUUGGGCAGUGGAGUGUCACUUUAAGGAAUUUUUGGAAAAUAUGCAAAGAGACAACUAAUGAAAAUACUGCUUUAAUGAAAGUGACGUUUAUGGUAAAUGCUCAGCAUCCAUUAAAAAUAAUAGCAGACUCGAAGUGGAUGGUUCCUGGUUUAGUCAGUGCUCAGUGCAAGAGCUGCCUACACUGGAGAUUUACAACAAAUUAAAGUGUUACAGGGGUACAGAUAACAUUUUUGCUCCUCUUGCAAUACCUACAAUCACUGUAUAUCCAUAAAGCAUAUUCCUGUACAUAAGUGUUGAAGUAUCUACUUUUGUUUUAGAUUAAGUUGUUAUGGUUCCAGAAUGCCCUGAAGGCACUCUUACCUCAAGGUGUUCAACCUUUCAAGAAUGGUUUAACCCCACAUUUGCCUUAAGCGGUGAUGUCCACUACCUCCCACCUGCAUCCAGCUUCUGAAUUUUCAAAGACCUCGAGUGUCCCUUGAAGUCUCCCCACAUCCUGUAAAGUUAAUCAGUUAUUAUUUUUGGUAGAGUAGGGUCAUAAUUAAGUGAAGGACAAUUCUAAAUGCAGAGCUGUGUGUUUGAGUACUAGAGUGACAGAAAAACAUACCGUUUUGUCAGGAUGGCUGAAAUAAUGCGCAAAAAGUGUUAUAAUUUGCCAAAUUUUUGUUUAAUGUGGGAUACAGGGUGUUCCCACACGAGUGUUGUUAGAGCUUCUAUUUAGGACCUAAAAGUUUAUUGCAAACGCUCAAUAUUUGUACACACCUCCCCGCUACGGGGUUCAUUAAUUGUUAAUGAAAUUAUGCACUUAGAGAAGCAUAGAGUGAAACAAUACAUUUCUACAUUUUAUCAAUAUUACUUGAGAUACAACAGACCCCAAGAAACAGAACACAGCUUGAUGCAUUCUACUGGGUGUACACAACUUUUCAACAUGCUGCAUCCAGUGGAAUGAAAUCAUUUUGCGAUGUUCUGCCAAUUUUUAUUUUUAUUUUUUUUUCAAGGUCACGUUUAACUUUUGUUUGCCUUCCUAGACUGGCUUUAUUUGCCAAAACCAGGGCAAGUGCAAAGUCUUCCUAACAUUUUUCCUUUAUGGAAAACUUUCCCUCGGUUCUACCAAUUUAAUCAAUUGCUGCUGAAUCAUUUAAAGUGAUACUCCAGACUGAAUUCCCUACCCACUUUUAAUGCAUUCUUUAUAUUACUACAAAUAUAGGCCUCAAUUUCCAGAUAUAGAUAUUACAGAUACAGGCCUCAAGCUUUCCAAAAUUAUACUAUUUCAAAUAAUUGAUCUACAGAGGCUAGCAUUUCUACGGACAUUUUUGUAGAUAAAUUGUUCAGAAAGUUUUUUUUGUUUUUGUUUUAACAGUAUUGAUUCAUUUCGAAAGCUUAUUAAAUCGAGGUCAUAAUGUCUUUAAAAAAGGCAUUCACAAUUUUUGUUAAAACUUUCAACUCUGUCACAUUUUGCCCCUUUCACAAUACAAAUAAAUUUUUUACACUGAUCACUAUAGCACAAAAAACAAUCACAUAACACCUUAAAAUGUUUGAUCACUGUUGGACAGUUAACACACUCAUUUUAGUUUCUGUAAAUGUUUAUUUUUAAUGAUGCCUUAGGUGUUUUGCAAUUCAUAUGUAUUUUUUUUUUCAUUUUGGAAUUCAAAAAUAGAAGUUAGAUAACACUAUAAACACAGGAUAAUAGGUGAGCAUUGCGGGUAUUAGUCCAUUUAGACAUACACUGAUAUGGUAGAUUAUCUUAAAAUUAUUCCCAAUCCAUACAGAGUUCUCUUUAGGGGACAACAAAUUAGCUUAACAUGUAAGUCCACCCAUUGUACAGUGCUGCAGAAUUUGUUGGCUCUUUAGAAAUAAUAAUACUAUUUUAAAUCUAUAUUUCAACAAACCGUAAACAUAAUAUAAUUUACUAAAAAUAAAUCUAAGUAACACUAUACUGAUUGAUUUAGAAAAACACUUGCAGUUUAGGAUAUAAGAGAUGCUUCUGUGAGAUACCCUCUAAAUCCACUUAUGGAUCCUGGAUUUCAGGACACGAGUCUAUAACCUCUUGGGUUGCUCGUCAGCAUAUUUCUGUUCAUGGAAAAACCCUGUUCUAGCUUUAUUUUGACACGGCCACAUGUAUGUCUCUGUACUAUGUCCCAAGGUGAUACAUAAUGUGAAACGAGUAGUGCGAUUCCAAACAUUGGAAUGUGCAUACACACACACACACAUAAAAACGGGGUGUAUUGGCGUAGUGGCAGGCUUAUGCAAUGUAUAAUUAUAUACUGUAACUAAAUCCCCAUUAUUUUGGCCUAAGUCAGGUUUAAAAAAAAAUUAAAAAAAAAUACUAUUACAUGUUGUAAACGUAGAAGCUUGUGUUUACUCAGCAAGUGCGCUGGAUUCUGUGGGUUACACACACAUACAUAUAUGUAUAUAUCUGUUCUUAUUGAAGCUACAUUUAGGGCACCUGCAUUUAGGACAAAAGUUCUAAUAUUAGUAGUAGAUCAAUAUAUUGAUGUUACUGAAUCUAUAGCUCCCAAAUUAUACUGGGUUACCUUCUACAUUAUAGAAACCUCAACCAUGUCAGGGUUAUCAACCUAUCAAGCUUGUUUAAUGUGUGUAAAACAAGAAAAAAUGAACUUCGUAAUUUUAUGUUUUUACCAAACAUUUGCCAGUGAUAAUGCCAGCACAACAAGUAGAUUUACCCAGCCGCACAUUGUAUCUGAACAUUUUCAGGUCAAUUCAAUAUUCUCUUGAGCUGAAUCACUCACUUUACAGGGGGUGGUUAUACGAUAUUCUAAAUUGUUUAUAAAAUAUAACAUAUUGGUUAGAGCAUGUAAUCUAAUGAGCCUCUGGUUUCACCAAACUGAUAAAUAACACUAAAGAUAAUAAACAAAAUAGCAAUACCUCAAAGUGCUUCACGGUGAUUUUAUUGGUUGUAGGUAAAUCGCUGGUCAAAACAUUGACAGUUAAUCACUAAUAAAGUUACAAUUAAUUUACUACAUUGUCCUAUACCAGUCACUUUUAUCAUAUGCAAUUAUGAUUCCACUAUGUACAAACUAGCUUUGUGUGCCGAAUUCAGUUAAAGCAUUUGGCCAUAAGCUUUUGGCUUUUUAUGCUGUUUUGUUGUUGUUUUGUUUCAGUGUGUGGUUCCACGCAAGGUCACGGUAUGAAGUCAAAAUCCAAGAUGUCCAUCUAAACUGCCUUUCCUCUUAAAGGGUUAUUGUGUGGAUAUAAGUGUCUGUUGUGCUCUGAGCUUGUUCGUAAGAUUUAAAUGCAAGCUUUUGUCUAUAUUUAGUGAGGUUUUACUUAGUCAAUACUUAUGACAUUUGAAAAUGAAAAAGUUUCUGUAAAAAAUAAAUAAAAGGUUUCUGUAAAAGCUAUCUGAAUGUAACCUUCUAUUCUGUUAUUCUUUUGCAGGCAUUGGGCAACAGCCUUUAUAAAAGUGCAUCACCCUAUGGAUCUUUAAACAACAUAGUUGAUGGGUUGAGCUCUCUAACGGAACAUUUCUCAGAACUUUCACUUUCCUCUGAGAACAGGAAACCCAGCAAGAGGCCCCCUCCUAACUACCUGUGCCACCUCUGCUUCAACAAAGGUCACUACAUCAAGGACUGUCCACAGGUGGGAAUUUUAUCAUUUCUAAUUUGACCUUUGCCUCCUAAUGAACUGUACCAAAGGGGAUAAUGGGAAAAAAAUGAGGAUUAUUGGUGGGUUUUUGAGGAUUGUUCGCAACCACUGGCAUAGAGUGAAUUAUUUUCUGCUUUAAUUGAUAACUUGGAGGGGGUCUUUAUUUUAUAAUUUUUCCUUAAAUUAAAAAUCUGGUAACCCUAAGAAAUAUUUCAUGAACUCAUUUCCUGCAACCCAAGGUCAUCAAAUACAUUUAUUACCUACUAUUGUAUAUAUUCAUUUUCUAUUUUUAUUAUAAGGAAUGUAAACCUCUUUAAAGGACACUUCACAUCAAGGCAGGUUCUGGCUACAAGAUCUAAAACAAUUAAAAUAGGAUUCUUUCCUUGAAUAACCAGUUGUAAAAUUGCAUAUUGCAGCAAUGUUCCACUUUCCUUUUAUAAAAUUUAAACAAAAAGUAAAAUUAAAAUGAGGAGGAAGGGAAUGGGAUCACCAUUCAUAUAAUAUACCCCUGUUACUUAUAUACUGCCUGCUUAGUCUAUUAAUUAUGUCUUGUAUUGAUAUAUAUAAACAGUGUAUAAAGAUAAGAAUAGAGCAAAUAUAACUUUAUUGGGAUUGAUAUCUAUGGAAGGCACAAUCUAUUUCAGUACAUUAAUAGAUUAGUCAUAAUGAUCCAAUAUGUUUUCAGGGACACAUAUAAUUUUGGCAUAUUUAUGAAAAAGCAUGAAAAGAGUUUCCCUGCAGUACAUAUUAUGCAUAUUCUGCAGGAUUCCUAAUUGCCUAAUGUGGCAGAUCACCUGGUACCCUGCCUGAGUACCAUAAGCAUUGCACCGGACACCAUAAGCACUGAAGCCCCUUAGCCGCAACAGCUUGGCUGGGGUCUUGCCUUCUCCCUCCCACCCUGGACCCAAGUCCUGGAUCCAGCUCCCAUAGAGUAGACCUCUCCUCCAGAGAGUAUAGCAGGAUAUAGCCAGUAUGGCUGUUCCCCCCACACAUGAGCCGAGGCUUAAUGCUGGGAAGUCAUCUGUUUUAUUCAGAGCCACACACGGCCUUUAAUGCACAAGCCAAUGCAAGUUGGUUUUUUUACACAAAAUCACAGGUUAAUCCCUCCCCUGUGCCUGAGAGAUAAUUGGGUCAGGAACUGUACUAAUUCAAUUAUCUCCAGGUACAGAAAACACACAAUUUACAAACACACUAAAAGUGCCCCUAAAAUACAUGAAAACCCCACAAAAGUCAUAUCCUCGGAUAGCCACGAUUUGGGUGACCAACGUAUCCAAAACUCACCCAGAUUGGUUCAGGGGUUCAGGAUUUCCAUGGAAGUCUCUUUUUAACCGAUCGCACACGUGGCUCCUGCCCAAAAUUGUUCCAUGAGAAAAGUGGUAGCGGUCGGUAAACUUCUGUAGUUUAAAAAUGAAUAAACUACUGAACGCAGCUUUUAUUCGAACCGUGGAGCUUGUUCCCCUCAUCCAGACGAAUGCAGGUGAUAAUGGAAUGCUGCCUGCAUUCGUGCGAACAAGACGAACACUUAGAACACUGCGAUUAGUAUCGUUAAAAGUUGUUAUUAGGGUUUAACAAGCCUCCUGAGUGGUCGGUAGUUCGUGAGUUGCUUUGGUUCCCAAACAGUCCAGGGAAACCACCCGAACCCAGUCUUUUUACAUGGCCCAUAGUCUUUGGGCAGGAGGCUAGCCAGCAGGCUACAUACUACAGGGCAAAACUUUUCACAUGCUGCCUAUCCAUAUGUGUAUGUGAUACAUUGUCCUUAAAAUAUGGUGGAUUUGGUAACCCUAACUAUUGGCACCCAGACCACUUCAAUCAGAUGGGGCUGCAGUGCCCCUGUCCCCUUAUCCCUGCAAUGUACAAUUGAGACAUUUUCGAGAGACUGCAAUGUUUACAGCAUACUGCCUCUAGUGGCUGUCAACUAGACAGCCAAUAUAGGCAUUUCCUGCUGUUUCACAGAGUUUAACUCAAUAAAAUUACCCUGGACAUCCAUACGCUUUAUAUGAGGAUGACCAGCAUCUUCAAAAUUCCCACAGCAUUCAACACUUUCCUAUGGGGAAGGCCUAAUGCAUGCAGCGCUUACCACACAUACACAUUAGAUUCACCCCCGCAAUGACAUCAGAGGAGGUGGUACCUGGGUCCUGGAAUAAGGUUAGGUGAAAAAAGUUUUUGUUUUUUUAAAAACUCUUUAAUGGCUACAUGGGGAGCAGGGGCGCAAGGACAGAGGGACAACAAAAGUGUUAGGAAUAAAGCUUUGUAUUCCUAACCCUAUAAUGUUGCUUUUAAUAGAAUAAACACUCGAUAUGCAUAUUUAAAAGUCCAAGUACUUUUUAAAAAUGUUUUUAUUUCACUAUUAGUUUGGAAGGGGGUCUACUGGCACUCGCAAUUUAAAUCCAGCUCUGCUCCUUUUCUUUGCUUUUUAAUCUCCUCUGCUGAGUUGGCCUGGUGACUUUACCCAGGAUUUAAUAAUUUGGGAAAGCGGGUGAUGACAUCAUUAUGAAACUUUGUGUGCCACAUUCAUGACUCUCAAGAGCAAGUUUAUUAUUGAUGGCAUCUUCAAUUUUUUUUCUGCAAACUAAACACCUUCACAGUGCCAAAUACACCAAGCUGCUAAACGAGCCUCAAGGAGCUUAUCACUCUGGGAAGCCUUCUGUAAAUUCACCAUGAGAUGGUACCUGGUGCCAUACAAGUUAUCGCGAAUCUAUAAGGAGGCAUCGGAUGCUAUGCUGGAGAUGCAAAACACAGAUAGGCACUAUGCUACACACAUUUUGGGAUUGUCCGGCCCUGGGAGAAUACUGGGACUGGGUGGGGAAAUUUAUCUCUGAUACCACACUCUAUAGAAUACCAAAGAAGCCAACCAGCUACCUUCUGCAUAUCAUCCCUGGCUGAUACACCACCCUAACCACAAAGUAUUGCUCAUCAUUCUCACGGUAGCCAAGAUAAACUUGGCGUUCCACUGGAAGAGCACGACGAUUCCCUCGUUAGAUACUCUCAUACAGAGGUUGAAUAUGAUAAGUAUUUAUGAGAAAAUGGUUAGCAAAACAUAGGGUUGUGUAAGUAGGUAUGUGAGAGAUUGGGAAUGCUGGACCACAAAUAUUGGAAAGGCACAGGACAACAACGCUAACAAUGAGGAAACUGAUAGGAAUAAAUAGCUUAUAGGGCACCACUUUUGUGUGACUUGAAUGUCCGGCCAGGCUCUAGGGUUCUAAGGCCAGGGUAUGUGUCACAAGAACUGUUGCAUAAGCAAUAUCAAUGUGAACCUAACCCCCCCCUUUUUCCUUUCUGUAUUCCCCUCCCUCUAUGUUAUCUUUCUAUGGUAUUCUUAUGUUUUAAUGAAGCUAAUAAGGUUAAGCAUAAUACGUUUAAAGGACCACUAUAGUGCCAGGAAAACACUAGUACUAAUAAAAAUGAUAUAUGAAAAAAAACAAAAACAAACAAACACCGAGCUGCUUAGCAUGCCUCUGCUACCUGUUCCUCUAAUGUCUGUACGAGCACAAGUAAUGCCCCUGGCAGCUACCGGUUUGCCAUCCCCUGGAAAAACGAGUCUUAUUGCUCUCAAUUUUCUGAGGAGCAGAUGGGUUGUUUCUGCUGUCAGUCACUUAUCUAUUAUCUGCAAGACUGCAUUAUUUUGUAACAUGUCCAUGAAAUGAUUAUAUUUGGCUUAGUUUGGUUUUAUUUGGAUUAGAUCCAUUAGUUUUACCAGUCAUCAGGUUUCUAAAUUUCUCGAAGAACUGAGAAACAUUAAUCAUUCCCCCACACCCAUUCUCUUGGCUGAAACUAUAUGUGCAGUACAAAGCCAAACAUUACAUGUGGUUACAUUGUCCCAGGAUAGAAACAGUUAAACUUUCAAGAUACUGCAAAUAAAAUCCAUAUGUUCAUUACAUUCCCUGCCCCCAUCCCUCCUUCCUCUUACCUACCCAAAAUAAUAGCGAGUGCACCCCUCCCCUCUAUCAGCUAGAUUGGGUUACCACUAGUGAAAUGAGGAGGAAUUCCAAGAACAGCUGAAACCUUACCCUAACGUGUAUAAAGUAUUCUUACCGUAAGACCAGUGUGCUUUUCACAUGAAAUAAGUUUAAAUCACAAAUUUGAGAAACUAGAAAACUAUUGCAAACCAUAAGUUCUUAGAUUUACAAUCUGGGAGUUGGGACAUAUUUAAUGUUUUCCACGAUCAUCAUCUAAAUGCUACACAAGUAUAUGUGAACCAGUGAAACCAAUCUGCUGAUGUAUGCUCACUUUUAUUGUGUGCUGUUGCCAACUGCUGGGUUCUUGGAAGCCACUGCAUAAAACUACCCUUUAGCUGUUUACCGUGUUGUCAGUACUCUUAAGAGUCACCUUAAAAAUGACAACUCCUACAUUCGAUGACUACGCACAAUCCUGAAUUCUGGAUAUCCAUAUUAAAGGAUCAUUACAAACACAAACCAGAAUUUUUUUAAUUUUAUAGUUUUUGGCUUAGAUGAGCUGUUUUUAUAUAUAUAUAUAUAUAUAUAUAUAUAUAUAUAUAUACAUAUAUUAUUAUUUUAUUUUUUUUGCAUGAUCAUUAGUGUAUAGAUUGUGCAAAAUAAAAAAUUGUUUUUGCUGAAUUCUGUAUCUUGACCAUUCUUAUUUUGCAUGUUCAUUCCCUCUCCUCCAUUCUUAAAAUACUUCUUUCUUAUGGAUUACAUCACAGAGACACGUGAUGUCACAACUUACUUUCUCUUCCACCCUUCUAAACUGCAGUGUUUCCCCAAUAAGACAGUCCUUUAUGUCAUCACAAACACAGCACAUUUUUCUGGGAGUUCUAUUUCAGCUAACAGUUUUUCAUGAGUAAAAUCUUGUAGCUGAAGGUCCAGAUAUCCCCUUUCUACCCAUAAAGUUCUGCUAUGCAGGGAUUUAUAAGAGAAACUCAACAUCUUUAAAAGUGCCGCCAACGCGCUGGUUUCAUUGCAAGCAUGCCUGCGUCUGAAUGAAGUGAUGUCAGCACGUGUUAUGGGUGGAGAGCAGAAAGACCGCCUGCAGGAGUUUUUCCACUGAUCUCCAUUAUCAAUUGCGCAGCAUAGUCUCAAAUAAUUGAUUGACAGGUGGGAGAAAAACCUAUUUCCAAUCUAUACAUUUGCUGGCAAAACUGCUUGCACAAUGUACAGAUGAAAUCCACUGCUCUUUAAAAAGAGCAAAGUAGUUUGGAGCACGACAGGUGCCCUUUAAACUGUAAAUUAUGCACUUCUAGCAUUCUCGUAUAUAUAUAUAUAAAAUGUAUUGAUCAAUGGUUCUGGGUUUGGGCCUGGUUGAAUAUGAUGUGUCUGUUUUAACCAACGAGUACCUCUAUAAAGCCAUGUUGACACAUUUUUGGGACCCUACCAAGGAGUUAAGAAUCACUGGUGUAGACUAAACAUUAUCUUUUAAGUUCUAACACUUCAUAUGGUGCACUUUCAAUAAGUUCAGUAUAGUUUAAAGAGCCAGUAUGCUGUAUACUAUAAAUGUUAGUUCUUUUUAUAUACCGUAUUUUUCGCUUCAUAAGACACACCUCACCAUAAGACGCACCUAGUUUUUAGAGGAGGAAACCCAGACAAAAAAAUAUUCUGAACAAACUGUUCCAUAGUGUUUCUUACCUUGGGACAGUUUGUUCAGAAUAUUUUUUUUUCUCCCCUGUCCCAUAAUGAUCUUUAACCCCCCUUUCCUCUGUCCCAUAGUGAUUGUUAACCCCUCCUCCCCUGUCCCAUAGUGAUUGUUAACCCCUCCUACCCUGUCCAUUAGUGUUCUGAUCCCAUAGUGUCCCCCCCCAUUGUCCCAUAGUGCACUUUCCUUCCCAUAGUGUCCCCCCCUGCCCUUGUUCCAUAGUGUCUCCCCCCCCUCCCCUUGUCCCAUAGUGUCUCCCCCUCCCCUCCCCUCCCUUGUCCAUGGUGUCCCCUUCCCUUGUCCCAUGGUGUCUCCCCUCCCCUUGUCCCAUGGUGUCUCCCCCCUCCCUUGUCCCAUGAGUGUCUCCCCCUCCCCUUGCUGUCCCAUGGUGUCCCCCCUCUCCCACGCUUGUCCCCAUGGUGUCCCCCUCUCCCUUGUCCCAUGAGUGUCUCCCCUCCCCUUGUCCCCGCAGGUGUCUCCCCCUCCCUUUUCUCCCACAGUGUCUCCCCCCCCUCCUUGUCCCAUAGUGUCCCCCCCUGCCCUUGUCCCAUAGUGUCUCCCCCUCCCCUUGUCCCAUAGUGUCCCCCCUCCCCUUGUCCCAUAGUGUCUCCCCUCCCUUGUCCCAUAGUGUCUCCCCUCCCUUGUCCCAUAGUGUCUCCCCUCCCUUUCUCCCAUAGUGUAUCCCCCCUCCCCUUGUCCCAUAGUGUCUCCCCCCUCCCCUUGUCCCAUAAUGUCUCCCCCUCCCCUUGUCCCAUAAUUACUUACCUGUUUUGGAGCGUGGGCCGGCUUCACAGCGCGCUCCGCGGUCCAGGAACUUCUAUUUCAGGUUCCGGUUUCCGGCGGGACUGAAAGGAAGUGUGCACACUGAGUGUGCACUUCCUUUCAGUCCCGCCGGAAACCAGAACCUGAAAUAGAAGUUCCUGGACCGCAGAGCACUUUCCCUCCCAUAGUGUCCCUCCCUGCCCUUGUUCCAUAGUGUCUCCCCUCCCUUUCUCCCAUAGUGUCUCCCCCCCUCCCCUUGUCCCAUAGGGUCUCCCCUCCCUUUCUCCCAUAGUGUCUCCCCUCUCCUUGUCCAUGGUGUGCCCUCCUUGUCCCAUAGUGUCUCCCUCCUUUCUCCCCUGGUGUCUCCCCCUCCUUGUCCCAUAGUGUCUCCCCCCCUUCCCUUGUCCCAUAGUGUCUCCCCUCCCCUUGUCCCAUGUGUCUCCCCCUCCCCUUGUCCCGCAGGUGUCCCCCCCUCCCCUUGUCCCAUAGUGUCUCCUCCUUGUCCCAUGGUGUCCCCUCCCUUUCUCCCAAAGUGUCCCCCCUCCCCUUGUCCCAUAGUGUCCCCCUCCCUUGUCCCAUGGUGUCCCCCCCCUUUCUCCCAUAGUGUCUCCCCUCCCUUUCUCCCAUAGUGUCUCCCCCCCUCCCCUUGUCCCAUAGUGUCUCCCCCUCCCCUUGUCCGAUAAUUACUUACCUGUUUUGGAGCGUGGGCCGGCUUCACAGCGUGCUCCGCGGUCCAGGAACUUCUAUUUCAGGUUCCGGUUUCCGGCAGGACUGAAAGGAAGUGCACACUCAGUGAAGCCGGCCCAUGCUCCAAAACAGGUAAGUAAAUCUUCACAUUCGCUCCAUAAGACGCAGAGACAUUUCCCCUCACUUUUGAGGGGGAAAAAAGUGCGUCUUAUGGAGCGAAAAAUACGGUAUAUAUUUAUAUAUAGCAUAUAUUGCUUAGGUUAUGGUGCAACUACUGCUCUUCUCCCUACGGCCUUGAUUUAAUAUGCUUAGAUAAACUUUUCAAUUGAUUUAAUAUUUUUGGACAAAAUUUUAAAAUUAUAUUUUAAAAAUUUUAAAAUAUCAACAACAAUUAUAGAUAGAUAUAUAUAGUUUGUAUUAAAAAGAAGCAUAUAUUUGUUCUAGAGUCUCCUGAUUGGUGGAGCCCCUUCCUGCUUCUGAAAGUGUUGUUUGCUGUUCUAACUUACAUUAUUUUAUUUAUUUUUUUAAUUGGGAUUGGCACCAGCCCCGAUGUGUUCCAUUAAGAAUCUGUAAAUCAUUGGGAUUCAUAAUAGGAUAUAGUGAAAGACGUUUUUGAAGUCUGACACACGCAUUUUUUUUGUAAACAUGUAUAUUCAUUUCCUAUAACUAAACAUAACUAAUUUCUACACAUACAUAUGCUAUACAUGACUUGUUCCAAUAUAGAUAGGGUGAUCUCGCUUUUCAAUGGCUUUCAUACAGAUAGUAGUGCUGCAUUCUCUAUAUUCAUAUACCCUUUCCAUAUACAAAGGUGCUAUGUGCACAGUUUCCAAGCUUUUUGUGUGAUGUUAGCAGUAGAAGGAUAACUAGAUAGAGUCUUUUUACUGACCUCCCUUAACCCACAUAAUUAACAUUCAAUAGGAAAAUAUGUCACCAAUCAGCAUACAUAGUAACCAUCUCAUCUUAGUAACAUCACGCAUAGCACAGUUAAGUGACUUUAAAGGUUGCAAUUAUUCAUGCCACACUCAGUCCUGGACCUGCAGACAUAUCAGAUGCACAGAGAGAAGCUAAACCAUUAUGUACUUGAAUAAGGAAAAUAAACAGAAUAUUUAACGUAGUCCUGAGUUAGUACACAGUUCCUGCUGUCCUCUUAGGAGCCGGACCCCUGGGUCAGACCUGAAAUUGAGUCACAGUGCUAUUUUGGUGGGUUACCCUUAUGGAACAGGCAGAUCAUGUUCAUCUGGCCCUGGGAGAGUGAUGGGAUGCCGGCGGGAUGAACUAUAGGUCCACAUCAUAAUAUACAUUAUUAAUAAAUAAGCAAAAUCAACUAUACAUCUCCAAUAAAUAUUUAUGAGAUAUUCCAUCCACAAGCAUAGUCUGCAACAUUUUGAACUUAAAAUACAGAAUAUCCUACUUGUGUAUAGAAUAGAAUAUUUGUAUAAAUGAGUAAUUACCAGUGGUACAUACUGUAAGGACUACUAAUUAAUGUAUGUUAGAAAAAUAUGUGCCAGUUAUGAUUAUAUCGUCAGUUUCAAUUCAUUCUUUUAUUGAUGACUGGAAAUAUAGCUAGUUUUGAAAAGGAAUUGGCAUCUCUUGAGAUUAAAUGGAUAAAGUACAACAAGUCGGGGGGUCAACACCUCACCAAAUUUAAACGUCACCAGCCGCCACUGAUAAUUAGAUUUCAUUCUGUAUUCUCUUAGGAGUUAAGCUGGCAUUAUUACUAAGGGGCACCAUGCUUUGAGGAGUGCAGUAUUUUUACUUACUUUCUCAAUUAUUAUUAGUGUGGCUUAAAAGAUGGCAGGAUAUGGUUGCAGUGUUUGGCAAACUGCAUCAAAACAAUAUGACAAAAAUCAGAGGAUAGGGGCCCUGGACUCAUAGCACCAUAACCACAAUAGUAGUAGUGGUUAUAGAGCUCGCAGUGCCCAUAUAAGAUAUACAAGUGCCUCGCUGAUAAGACGGGUGAUCAUUUUGUGAUGCAUUCAUUGUUGUAUAAUAAUGUAUUUUUUAACAAUACUCAUUUGAGUUUAUCAAAGUUUUCCAAAGUUGUGAAUAAUCAAAUUAAUAUUAUUUGUCAUUGCUUUGGUAUUAUAGACGUUGGAAAUGUUUCAAUGAAAACAUUUUUCGCAUUCCCCAUAAUCCCUUUUAAGUAAUUAUAAUGAAGUAAAAUACAAACAAAUCUCCCACAUACUUUCUCUUCCGCUCUCGUGUUAAAUUACAUCAUGUAUUAGUAAACGAUCCAGGAAACAGGAGGAAAGGUCAUCCGAUGUCAUCAGCAGUGAGACAGGAAUUAUUCUUUUGGAGUUUCCUUUGAAAUAUAUUAAUAUUCGUUCAUCUCAUGACUACUUUGAGCUAUAUUACCAACCGUAGGGGGUUCACUAAUGUGCAAAUGUUUUUUUUUUCCACCCCAUCAGGAUAAUUUUCAUUCCUAAAAGCUGUCUGCCUUCUCUUUUCCAACGUAGGCCUCACUUUAAUUAGAAUUCCAAAUAAUUCAAUACUGUUAUAAAAACUUUCUAAAUGAUUUAUCUAGAAAAAUCCCCAUAGACUUCAGUGGUGACAAGUAGAUAAAUCAUCUGAUUAUUUUUUUCUACCAAUAUUGAAACAUUUGGAAAGCUUAUGAAGUUGAGAUAAUUAGUGGCUCCGCUCUUCUUCACUUCACUCUCUUACCUUCUAACUUUAUUGCUUUUCUACACACUCACCUGUUAAUCAUAGACCCCACAUUGCUCUUCCUCCAAUGUCUUUAUACCUCACCUCCUCUAGAUUGUAUACUUUUUUACUCACUCAGUUGGGGUCCUCAAUAUUUUCUUGAUUCCUGUUAACAUUUGUAACAAUUUGUCUUAUUUGCAGUUAUCUCCCCAUGUUAAAAUUCUUAACUGGUCUGGAAUAUGUUGGCAUGUUAUAAUUGCCAAUAAUAAUAAUAAUAAUAAUACUAUUUAGUAGUACAAGGCACUUUGCAAGAAGGCCUUCAAACUUACAGUACUAAAAAGACAGUAUUCACAGAGUCUGAGACAAAAGAAAGCAGAGGAGAAAAUCAAUUUUAUAACUUGGAAUAUGAGAGACAAAAUAGAUAUACUUUUUUAGGUGUGUGAACUUAAUGAUUUGGUAGAGAGAAAGAGCUGUACAGAACUAGUGAUCGACCGAUUAUCGGUUUUGCCAAUAUUAUCGGACGAUAUUCAGAUUUUUUGUAAAUAUCGGUAUCAGCUGAAAAUUACCGGAAAUACCGAUAAUAAGGUUGGCCGGCGAGUCCAUAAGGCGGCACAAGCGGCCGCCUUAGGGCGCACUGACCCGGGGGGCACUAGAUGGGAGUGACCGGCAGGAGGUGGGCGCACAGCGUGGCUGAGCGGAGCAGUGCGCACCGCGGUACAGGAACUUAUGUGCAAAUGUUUUUUUUUUCCACCCCAUCAGGAUAAUUUUCAUUCCUAAAAGCUGUCUGCCUUCUCUUUUCCAACGUAGGCCUCACUUUAAUUAGAAUUAGAGCACUUCCUGUCAGUCCCACCGGGUACAGGAGACUGAAUCUCCUGUACUGCAGGAGACAAGACAGGGGAAAGUUACUCUUUGGGAAAGGGGAGGGAGGGAGAGGGGGAGGAAAGAACACUAUGGGACUGGGGAGGGGGCAGGGAAAAAUGCUAUGGGACAGGGCAGGGGGGAGGAAAAAAAUGCUAUGGGACAGGGGAGGGGGAGGAAAAAACGCUAUGGGAUGGGGCAGGGAGGAGGAAAAAACGCUAUGGGAUAGGGGGAGGAAAGAACACUAAGGGACGGGGGGAGGAAAGAACAUUAUGGGGUAGGGAGAGAGAACACUAUGGGACAGGGGAGGGGGGAAGAAUACUAGGGGGGAGAGAGGGAAAUAUUAAGGGAGGGCACUAAAAGAUAAGGGAGAGGAACAUUAAGGGGAAUGGGGGGUGGAGGGGAGUUCCAACCACACAUAUUUACACACAAACACACUGCAUCCCCUACCCACACUGCAUCCACUACACAAACACACACACACAUAUAAAUAUUCUUGAAAACAUAAAAACAAAUCUGACUGGCAUGUAUAUUUUGUGCAUUUACAACUUAAUAAAAAAAGGAUUUGCAAAAAAAAAUGCUUUUCUCUCAAAUCGGUAAAUGUACAGAAUAUCGGUAAGCUAUUGGCCUGAAAGUUCACAGAUUAUCGAUAUCGGCUCUGAAAAAAAAUCGAUAUCAGUCGAUCCCAAUACAGAACUCCCAGAUUUUCGUACGUAAUCCCUUGUGCCACAGUCUUUUUUAAAAUGUAAAUGCUGGUGGACCGUCUAGGAUGUCUUAAUUUCUAAGAAUUAAUUACACUCAACGUAUCCCAACAAAUUAUAUCUAGCUAUUAAUAUAAUCCUAACUCCUAAAUUCUGUAUAAAACUGUCCAACUUCUUUCACAGGGUUUAUGGUCAUCUCAUUUCCAAAACAAAACAAAACUGGGUCAAAAGAUGGAUUUCUUCAGAAAAUAUAUUCUUGGAUACACUGUAUUGGAUGAUAUACUGCCAAUGGGUUUGAUCACAUGAACAUUUUUUUUUCUUUUUGGAUCCAGACCUUGAUUUGACUAAAUCUACUCCCAGUUUCCCAUCCUAGUCUAGUGUCUAUAUUAUGAAUCCACAGUCCUACAACAACUUAUUGUCCCCAAUGUGUGACUAAUUAGCCCUGUUGCUUGCUCAGGAAUGUGAGUCACAAAGAACCUUCUUCUUUGCCAGAAAUGCUCUUCUCUGCAGCCCGAAAAGUCUUUCUUCCCAGAAAACAGAGGACACUUGUGUGCAUUGUCCAUGUCUCAACAUUCAGUCUUAUGUCUUUCUUGAAGAACCCACUGUGACACUGUCCUCUAAGCAAAAUUUUUCAAUGGCGCGGGCUUAAUAAUAGAUCAUUAGAAGCUAUGUUUUGUGAAGGCUGGUAAAAAAAAAAUAUAUAUAUUUUUUAUGAAAUCAAUAUAUAAAUAUAUGCAACAUAUAAUAAUAAUAAUAAUAAUUUGUGAUUUUUAUAGCACUUUUCUCCCUUUGACACUCAAAGCACUUUAUAAACAUACAAAAAAGAAAUACAUAAAUGUUUGGAGUUUCUGAUAGUCAGAUGAUCGGACAGAAUGCCUAAUGGAAGAGGUGGGUCUUUAGCUUGUAUUUUUUAAGUCUGUUAUGAGGGUCCACUCUGAUUGAGCAUGGUAAAAAGUUCCAAAAGGUAGGGGAAGCGUGGUUGAAUGCCCUGGAAUUUGUCUUUAUUCUUGGCACUGACAAGAGGGAUUUGCUGGCUGACCAAAGUCAACGCGAUGGAAUUACAGUGUCAGGAGCUCUUUCAGAUACCUUGGGUUUUGAUUGUUUAAGGCUUUGAAGAGCAGCAUGCCAAUUUUAAAAUAAGUUCUCUACUCCCUGCAUUGGCUUCCGAUUAAAUGGCGAACAGGUGUUAUGUGGCAGGAGCAAGUUCGAUUGGUCAGUAGUCUGGCUUCUGCAGGUAAUAAUGGUUUAGUUCCAAAAAUCCAAAAAUAAUUGCAAUAUUGGGUAUCUCACAAAAGUGAGUACACUCCUCACAUUUUUGUAAAUAUUUUAUUAUAGCUUUUCAUGUGAAAACACUGAAGAAAUUACACUCUGUUACAAUGUAAAGUAGCAAGUGUACAGCCUGUAUAACAGUGUAAAUUUGCUGUCCCCUCAAAAUAACUCAACACACAGCCAUUAAUGUCUAUACAGUUGGCAACAAAAGUGAGUAAACCCCUAAGUGGAAAUGUCCAAAUUGGGCCCAAAGUGUCAUUAUUUUGUGUGGCCACCAUUAUUUUCCAGCACUGCCUUAACCCUCAGGGGCAUGGAGUUCUCCAGAGUUUCACAGGUUGCCACUGGAGUCCUCUUCCACUCCUCCAUGAUGACAUCACGGAGCUGGUGGAUGUUCGAGACCUUGCACUCCCCCACCUUCCGUUUGAAGAUGCCCCACAGAUGCUCAAUAGGGUUUAGGUCUGGAAACAUGAUUGGCCAGUCCAUCAACUUUACCUUCAGCUUCUUUAGUAAGGUCGUCUUGGAGGUGUGUUUGAGGUCAUCAUGUUGGAAUACUGCCCUGCGGACCAGUCUCGGAAGGGAGGGGAUCAUGCUCUGCUUCAGCAUGUCACAGUACAUGUUGGCAUUCAUGGUUCCCUCAAUGAACUGUAGCUCUUCAGUGCCGGCUGCAUUCAUCCAAGCCAAGACCAUGACACUCCCACCACCAUGCUUGACUGUGGGCAAAACACACUUGUCUUUGUACUCCUCACCUGGUUGCCACCACACAUGCUUGACACCAUCUGAACCAAAUAAGUUUAUCUUGGUCUCAUGGUUCCAGUAAUCCAUGUCCUUAGUCUGCUUGUCUUCAGAAUACUGUUUGCUGGCUUUCUUGUGCAUCAUCUUUAGAAGAGGCUUCCUUCUGGGACGACAGCCAUACAGACCAAUUUGAUGCAGAGGGCAGCGUAUGGUCUGAGCACUGAAAGUCUUACCCCCACCCUUUCAACCUCUGCAGCAAUGCUGGCAGCACUCAUACCUCUAUUUCCCAAAGACAACCUCUGGAUAUGACGCUGAGCACGUGCACUCAACUUCUUUGGUCGACCAUGGCAAGGCCUGUUCUGAGUGGAACCUGUCCUGUGAAACCGCUGCAACUCAGUUUCAGGGUCUUUGCAAUCUUCUUAUAGCCUAGGCCAUCUUUAUGUAGAGCAACAAUUCUUUUUUUCAGAUUGUCAGAGAGUUCUUUCUCAUGAGGUGCCAUGUUGAACUUCCAGUGACCAGUAUGAAAGAGUGUGAGAGCGAUAACACCAAAUUUAACAUACCUGCUCUCUAGUCAGACAUUAGACCUUGUAACACUAACAAGUAACAUGACACCAGGGAGGAAAAAUGGCUAGUUUGGGUUGUAGGAAAAAUUAUUUUAGACUAAAAAAGGAAAAAAGUUGAUAUUGCUAUAGCAGAAUGGCAACUUCUGCUUUACUUGUGUUUUAGCUGAAAAGAGACAUGUGUCCAUCAAGAUCAGCCUCAUAUUUGUUUUUGCGGUUGAUCCAAACGAAGGCAAAAAACCUUGUCUGAAGCACUUCCAAUUGUGCAACAAACUAGGGGAAAAAAUCCUCUUUGACCCUAGAAUGGCAGUCAGUUAUCUCCUUGUAUUAAAAAACUAUUAACCCACUAAUUAACAAAAAAUAUAUCCCUGUAUAUUAUGUAUUUGCAAGUAUUUAUCCAAUUGCUGUUUAAACAUCUGUAUCGACUCUUAAAAACAACACAUUUUCAGGCAGAGAAUUUCAUAUCUUUAUUGUUCUUACUGCCUUGGACUAAAUCUCCUUUCUUCCAGUUUAAAUGCUUGACCUCAUGUCCUAUUUAUAGUCCUAUUUCUGAAUAGAUUAGAGACAAUGGUUUGUAUUGCCAUAAUUUCCUUCUUUAGAACAGGUGUCCAAAAUUGCACAGCAUAUUUAAGGUGGGGUUAAAUUACCAGUUAUUUAUUAGGAGGCAAAAUUAUAUUUUUAUCCUGAGAAUAAAUGCCCUUUUUUAUACAUGACAAUACCUUUCUGGCCUUAGCAACUGCCAAUUGACAUUGCAUAUUGAUAGUGAUAACACAGAAUAUCAAAAGGAAUUCAUCUCAGCCAAUGAAUAAAAUCCUAAUAAGAAACAGAUCAUAGGAAUGCCUGUUUUAAUGAUAUCUGUGGGACAUGGGUAAGUAGCAAAUAUUUUAAAACAUUUUGACUCCUUUUGGUGACUCUAGGGGACUUCUGAUACCAUACCUACUACAUUGUGGUGUAGCGGUUAUAGCACUUAGACCAUCUCUUUAAACUCCAUGUUCAUCAGCAAGGGCAAUCCUUUUGCUCUGCUUUGCUAAUCAAUGACUGUUCUCUGUUCACACUGCCAGCAACUGCUCACAGAACUUCUCAAGGACUGGCCCAUUUUUUUGUGAAUUCCCUUUUCUCACUUUGUCAAAUUUCUCUUAACUUCCAGAUCAUUAUAGAAACACUAUACGGCCAGGAACACAAACAUGAAUACCUGACCCUAUAGCAGUGAUAGCAAACCUUUUUGAGCCCGAGUGCCCAAACCGCAAUACAUGCCAACUUUUGUUUCCUCAAUAUUUACCUAUAAAUAGUUUUUUAAGUGCCGUUUAUUCACUUAUUGUGCACUUCAUCACUAUGUACACUUGACUAAACCUUUUGUAUCUGUCUGCCCAAUUUGUUUUGCCACAAAUAUUUUGGCAUUUUUAUAAAUUAAGGUAGGUUUAUUGGAUGAAAAAUAUUUUUUAAUGUACACAAUUCUUAUUUAAAAGGAUAGUUGAGUGUCAUGACAAACUUUGUAUAACUUUUUAUAGGACUUUCUGUAAGUCUUGCUGUGUUAGGCAUAAUGUGUGGCUCUACCAGUCAAAUAAGAGUAUGUAUGUAGCUUAUUCACAAAAGCAGUAAAAGUGGACAACUGCCAAGGGAACUGCAAAUUUCAGGAUAAAAUAGCAGAAGUGAAAAAUAGUUGCAGCUUUUUACAAGCUCAGCUAUUUCGAUAUAUCAUUUACAGCUAAGUGAAUACACCACAUUCGGCUUUAAUCACUUCUAGUAUAACCAUUUAUUUAUUUGCCAGAGAAGCACUGUUAUAUUUCACAACUGGGGAAGUGAAAUGACGUGGGAAUUUAUGCUAUACUUGAAAACUUAAAAAGUGAGGAUUCAUUUAUACCAUACUUUAGAACGGGGAAGCACGGGUUAACCUAUGCAUUAUUUUUGCUUGUCUGAAACUCCUACACAUCAGAUUGCAGCUGUACAAAUCAUUAGAGAGACCUCUCAUACUGUGAAUGUUUUAGGAUGACAUGCCAAGUUGUCUCCUAAUCUCUCCUCCACCGCAAAGCUACUUUCAAUUACAUUCUAUAGGUUUUUUCAAAUAAAUAAAAGUAUUUAACCAUGCAUCGCAACGUCUUUAAGCUGUAUUGGUGUAAAUAAUGACUUUACAAUUCAGAAAGACACAUUUUCGUUACAUUAAUCAGAGUAAAUGAAGAUUAUGAUGAUGAGGAGCUGAGCAACCUCAGUGAGAUCUUGCAGAUAUCUGUUGAAGCCUUGAGGCUAAAUUAUACAAAACUGUCUCCAAAACCUAAGAAAUUAAAGCUGUGUGUGAUGAGCUAACAAAGCAUUUAUUGUAUUUAUUUGUAGAACAUGAUCUUAUUUCACUGUACUGGACAAAAUUAAUACAGUAGCUAAGUUUUCAGUUUGUAUAAACCAGUUAUGCUAAGCUCAUUUGCGAAAUGUCUUCAUCAGUAUCUCUUUUUUAAGUCUAGUUUCCAUCGCAAAUGCUUGAGAAUUGUACUACUGAAAAAAUAAUUAUCAUAAGAUAACAUGGACAGGGAUAUAAGUUCAUUACAUUAUAUUUUUUUUAUUGAUGUACUUGUGUAUCUCUACUUGUUAUUUAAUAUACAAACAAUACAUUACAAUAUUUAUUAAAAAAAAAGUAAAGUAGCAUAGCCUUUUAAAGGGACACUGUAGGCACCUAGACCACUUAUCCUAAUUUAUUUUAGCUAUGCUUUUCACGUUACCUCGUUUGAAUGCUUCUCAUGGAGAGCAUUCAAUUGGAGGAUCACAGCACUGGAAACACACACGUUUCUAAUCUCCAACACUCCUCUAGGAGGAGCAUUGGAUUGGACGAGAAGACAGAGAUUCAGCGUGACUUUGCGUGAUCAGGUUGCGGCACGGACUAGAUCUCGGCACUGGAAAAAAAAUGUAAUACCCUUUUUUGCAAUUAGAUUUAGGGUUGCCCUGUAUCUAAAUAUAAUGGUAAGUAGUACACUGUAGUGUUCACUACGGCACCCAAGGGGCUGUUACAAGUACUUUACAAUACAUGUAAUACUACUCACAAAACGUAUAGAGAGAAUAUUAGUGGAAUUAACACUGAGAGGCAUACUAAUAGGGUCUUCACAAGGUUAUAUAUUAAAUGGAUUUAUUCACUAAACAGUGACAUUUUGUGAAUUAGAAACCAAAUUGCAAAAUUCAGGCUAAAAUAUCAAAGUUGUGACUAUAGUUGUAGAUUUUUUAUUUGGCUAUUUUUGACUAAAUUUAGCAAUUUGCCUUUCAGUUUCCUACAAUUCAGUGUUUAAAGAAUAAACCCCAAAUGUGAAUUGAAAGUAACUCAAAGAGAGAUUCCUUUCAGUUCAUUUAUUGAGAACUAAAAUUUGAAAUUCCCUUUGAAUUCAUUUUGAUACUCCCUUAAGAAUAGGCUGCAGUAAUGGAUUUCUGUUUUAUAUCAAGGUUUUUGUUUUGGCUUUUUUUUUUUUUUAAAUCUGUACCUCUGUCUGUCUGCCAUUCCUCUGUUCCAAAGACUUUCUCAUGUCUUUCUUCUUGGGUAGACAGGAAGGAGUAAGGGGGAGGCUUUAUUACAUAAAGCAAAUCAUUAAAACCCCCCAUCCCUCUGAUCUGUCUGCUCUGUUGAACAGGGAGGAAAAUAUGAUCGUAAAGGGAUAGUUUACUAAAGUCGAACAUACAUGUCUGUGCAGUUAAUUCUUCUAAAAAAACGGUUAUAGGUUCUGAACCUACCAGUACAUUUUCACACUCCACAUUGACUGGGAAGUAGAAACCGGGAUGGAGAGACUGACCUAUGAGGGCAAUGCCAGUUAUACGAUUGUGUCAUUGGUGUAAACACAUGGAGACAAGCCUGCGUAUUAGCCUGACUUACAUUCAGUCACUGUGCUGGUUGGCCCCACCACAUGUGUAAAGUAGGUAAAGCACUCUGCCCAUGAACUGAAUCUGUGCAAUUUUUACAGCGAGAACCAGUCUAAUUACGAGCUAACGCUGUACCCCAUGGACAUACCAGAGAGCAAACCCAGAAAGGCAGGACGGGACCCAAAUUUGUGACCGUCCUUCCAAACAUGAGACUGUUGAUAAGUAAGCACUAAGCACCAAAAACCGGCAUUAGUUAUUGUAGUGGUUAUGAUGCAAGAUGUUUUUGCAUGUUGUUACUCCUUUUGUGUCAAAUCAUUUAGGAGACAAACAACAGGCAUCUUUAGGAACCCUUAACUGUGCAUGAGUUAGACAAAACCGAAUACUUUGAAAAACUAUUAUAGAUAAUCCUUAAACUAUCUGCAUGUUUAAUGUAAUAUUAAUUAAAAGCAUUCCUCAAAAUAGAUAAGAGCAUAACACGGAAGCCCUUAUACUCAAUUUAUCAGUGAAAUUCUGCAGAAAAACAGCUGCAUUUAAGUUAGAGAAGACUACCAGAUCUAUAACGCCUUAGUUUAAAAAUGUAGUGAAACAAUAAGCUCAGAUUUUUGCAUGAGAAUUUAUGAUAAAACAAUACAGGUUACAUCAUCUUUCGUGAAACUUAUAAUAAUUCUUGUGAAUCUCUAUAUAUCCAUCUUUACACGAUAACUUAUUGCUGCCAUGGUUUCUCUCAGUUUCGAUAGCAUAUUGUAUGCAUUUAAAAUGUGCCAUUGUUUAAGCAUAUGGAAUCCCUUUAAAUUAUGGUCUUUUGGUUGAUCCAUAAAGCUAUGGUUAUAUGAUCCCCCAGAAGAUGUAUCUGGUCCCAACUGAUGAUGCUUGUGGUUUCAAAAGAUGGGGCAGUAGAUCUUUUCUUGAUACAGUAUCUGUCGUUGUUUCUGUUAUCUGCUCUGAUGAUUGGAUUAGAACUUUGAUUUACUCAAAUGCCUUUCAUAAAAUCAAAAGCUGCUUAUAAAUGUUGUUGAAUCCUUGCUAUAAACACAGAUAACUACUUUUCAGAGGACCGCUGAGAUUUCUAAAAAUUACUGCUCAGUGCUGAACCGCAUAUCCCAUAAUCUCCUACUGGCCCGUAUAUAAGUAUAUAGACUAAGUAACAUUAGCAUCCUUAUGUGACUCAUACUCACAAUCUCAGAAUGUGAAAAACGUCAUUGCAUGUUUCAAUGACACCAAAGACAAUGGGGUUGCUCUCAUGCUUUUUAAAAAGUACCCAAUAAGUACUUUUAAUGCCUACAGCUGUCAACGAUUGUGGCAAUAUAUAUAUUUCCUUGGCCCUCCCUGUAUUGACCAUCCUCAAGCUACUUUUGUCCACCUCCCCUUAUACCAACCACCAUAUAGCAUUUACCAGUUUGCAAAGAAAAAAUCCAGUUUCAAAUUUAGUGCCAUAGCAGUUCCACCAAGACGCUAUAAAAUGUUCAAUAAGCAAAUGAUUACUUAAAAUGUGACCAUUUAAGCUAGCUUCCCUUAGUCUAUGCAUACACGUUACAAUUUCACAGCUAUCUAUUGAAAACUGCAUACCCUGUGCUUGCAUUUAGUAUUUUUUACAGUCUAGCAUAGAAACCAGGGGCUAUAUCAUUUUUAGUGACUUCCACUAACCUCUGAGCAGAUAGUAAUUACGAGUCACUAAAUCAUUAAUUCUCUAGCAUGGAAACAGUUCGCACUAAAAGCCAUUUUAACAAUUACCACCUUAUAGCUAAAUGAUUUACACAUGCAUUGGAAUGAGCCCAAAAUUGUUGGACUUUAUCGCGCCUUUAAAAUAUAUAUUAAAGGGACACUAAGCAACAUACGCACUACAUCAAGUUCUAAUUGGGGGUGCCCAAAUCAUGUCCAAAGUGACAAUCCUUCCACAUUACAGUGCCAUCUGUGUCCAAAAUGAAUGACAUUGUUUGACAGUGCUGUUGACGGGUAAACCUGGUGCUUUUAGCCAAUCAGUAUCAUGCAGACGAAAUGGACAAUGAGAUUUGGCAGUCCCUGGGCAAAGAUACUAUUUAUAUGAUAUUAAACUGGGUGACUGUGGCAGGACAUUCUAGGUAACAUAAUCACUAGUGGUUGUAUUGCUUAGAGUGACUGUUCAAUUACACUUUAAUUAAACGUUCUCCCUAAAUGGACCAUUUACAGGUUACGUUUAGACAACGAGAGGCUGCAGGGAGGUGUUGAAGCCGUGUGCAUAUUUAUGCUGUGUCAGUUUUAUCUCAAGAGUCAAAAAAAAAAAUAUUUUCUCUGUCUCUUUCCCUUGCCUUGAAACUGCCUGUAAACUUUCUCUCGGGUCAGUAGGGAGUAAUGUUUCCUGCAGAGGAUUUAUAUCCAGUUGGCUUCAAGCCAAGAAGAGAAACAUGGAAGAUCUAUAUUAAAGGACCAGUGUUUGCACUGAAUGGAAAGCUUAUAGCUGAAGGAAAAAUGCCUGAUGUAUGAAUUUUCAUAAAUUCACAAAUAAAUUCAAAAUAUAAAAAGAUUUUUAACUAGCAGCAUAGCAACUUGUCGAAGAUCAGUGUACUCCGGAAAUGUGAUUUGCAUCUAACAAGAUAGCAUAUAUUGAACACAGUUUUGUACAGGCAGAAUUACACAUUAUGCAUUAUACCAUGUGUAUACCACUCACCCCAUUAUUUUUAACACAUUGUGUAGAUUACACAUUUUUUUGUAAAUGUGCAUGGAACUAAUUUGAAAUAGAAAGUUAAAAAGGUACUGAGUUACUCAAUAUUUAUUGCAUAACUGCCAACUUUGGCCUGGUAGGAAUCGGGAUGGGACGUGGGUCUUCUGAGAGGACGUUACCAGUGACACAAAUUGUAUCACUCCUAAAUAGGCAUGCCUGUCCAGAAAAUAGACGGGUCCACCCACUAAAAGGAGGACGCCAUACUCGCAGUCAGCAUAUAGAGGAUCACACAGUGAGCGCUGGUAAAGGGGGUAUUUGGGGGUAUAUAUAUAUUAAGUUUUUUUUUUAAUGCAGUUUUUCUUUAAGAUGCAGAAUACUGGAAAAGUUUUUCUUCUUUAUUUGGGGGGGUGGGGGGGAGGGGUGAAACAUUGAACAUAAGAAAAUAUAGGUAAUUAUUUAAGCCAAAACUAGAAAUAGAAUUAAAGUUGUGUUGCAGUGUAUGAAAUGUCUCACAAGAAUCUGUGUAAAUCGCCGUAGACCAUGGCACAUAUUGAUCACAUCUGAAAUAGUUCUAUAAGCAUAAUCUUAAUUCUUUCACUUUAUAUAAAGUCAUACUGUUAUUCCACUUAGGAAGUCUUUUAUAAACCCGUGGAAUAUCAAAUGUUGCAGUCAGAGGCGUAACUAGAAAUCACUGGGCCCCAGUUGCGAAAAAUCCACCCGUCCCCUCCAUCCUCUCCCAUAGUCCCUCCAUGUGUCUCAUUCCCUCCCGAUAGGUCCUCCAUGAGUCCCAUUCCUUCCUAGCCCCUCCUUGCAUCUCAUUUCCCCCCCCCCCAGAUACUCCAUUCGUAUCAUUUCCCCCCCAUCCCCUCCACCUUCUCCUGUACCUGCUUCUCGCUUCGGUACCUGGUUUGACAGGAAGUGCUCUCCCUGCGAGCACUUCCUGUCAGACCACUUGGCCGCACUACACAGAGGCAGGAGGGGAGCAGCACAUCUCUCCUCUCCUGUCGGCAACCGGGGGCCCCCUGGGCCGGUGCGGUUGUGCACCAGCUCAGGUGUUAUGCAGAUGGGCCAUGGUCACAGGGGGUCCCAGCCACGACUCCUGCGACCAUGGUAGGCACGCAACUGGUGGCAGUGCUAAGUGGUACAGUAUUCUAGGAAAAUGCAUUUGUCAAAUGUAUGCUUCCUGAAGGGCUACUCAACUUUAAAAUAUAGUUAGGAAUGCAAACCUGUAUUCCUAAUGCUUAAGUGUCACUUUAGGGUGUCUCUAAUUAGAGCAGUGCAACCCCCUCUAUAUGUGCAAUAAAAAUUAAGAAAAUAAAGACAUAGGUCCCAACAGUCCCAGAUUUGGCUGGACAGUCCUCCAUUUUGGGGUGCAAUCUCAGAAAAUACAAGUCACGGGUACCUGUCACACAUCACUCAGUCAAUGGCAUUAGACCCUAAUGUUUAGGAUUUUAUUAAGAGGCGGGAAAGAGACCAUGUUUUUGAAGAGCAGCAUGUAUUGCAAGUAACUAAAAGGACAGGAUUUUGGUUUAUUUAAGUCCAAUGUUCAGUGGCAGGUGCAAAGGUCCUAGUGCAACACAACAACAAAGUCACAUAGAUUACUCCCAUGUUUAUGUAGUUAUGCUAGGCACCAAUAACAACAUACGACAUCUAGUGUAGAUACUGAAUAGAAAGCCACACCAUCAAAGAAUACUAAAGUUUUGUUUGGCAGAUACAGAGUUGUAAACUAGAUCCUUCAGAUUAGCAUACAGACUCCAAGAAAAAAAUACAGCAAAGCUAACAAAAACACAAAUCUGAAAACAUAGAGUUUUCAGUAGUACCUGGUUCAGGUGGUAAACAUCAAGGGUUUCGAUGUACAGGAUUCCAUCACUUUGCAAUAAUCCUAAAAUGUAGCUAAAGUUUAAAAUAAAAGGUCCUUACCCCGGACAGCCUGAUCAAACAUAACUUUUAGGGCAGGUCAGGAUGCACAAGAAAACAAACUGCCACUGAUGGCAUAGGCAGUCCUGAUCGAGAAUUUUAUAUGGUCUUUACUCUGUCUUGAUAGUCAUAUGCCAUCGGUGGUCAGGAUCAGAUGGGCUCUCUGGUCUGGAGGAUGUUGCAUAGCAAGUGGAGUGGAGGAAAUGAGUUCUCAUUGCAAGACCAAAAUCUUGGUUUGGAGCACAGAAAGACAUAUAAAGAGAAGGCUCAGUAAUCAGAAUGAAUUCCACCAGCAACAUAAAUCCCAUCGACUAGGCAAGAAACCACAAUGGCUGGCUGCAUGCAACGUCAGCUGAAAUAAUCCACAGGAGACACUGAAACAAAGCUUUGCAGAUAGAAAUCCGUCUGAACUCCCAUCCAUCGUUUAUAGGCAUUCUAUCUUGGAUUUGUGAGCGGCUAACAUAGAGGUUGGGAUAUAGAUACUUAUGCCUGCAUAGUGCUGGGGAACCACGGGAAAACCAGACAUGAUCUGAAAUAUAAGUGACAAAUCUGGUCUAAUUUGGCAGCAUACAAUAUGUUUAUUCUUAAAUAGAUUAUUUUAUAGAACACUUGACCAGGCAUUGCCCAGUAUUGCAUUCCUUUUCCAUAGGUAGGCAGUGACUGAUCAUGAUUAUUUGCAAAUUAUUACCAUUUAUUUUUAAUGUGCCAGACAAUUCCAUAAACGUGCAAUAGACGCUUAAAGAGACACUGUAGGCACCCAGACCACUUGAGCUCAUUCAAGUGGUCUGGGUGCAAACUCCGAUCACCCUUAAACCAGCAGUGGUAAUUAUUGCAGUUUUUAUAAACUGCAAUAAUUACCUCUGAGGGUUAACUCCUCCUCUAGUGGCUGUCUACCAGCCACUAGAGGGACUUCCAGAAUUGAAACUGACUUUUGGUCCGUUAUCUGAUGCUGGACGUCAUCACACUCUGCAUGAGGAACUGCAGCGUCAGAUUUUCCCCAUAGGAAAGCAUUGAAUAAUGCUUUUCUGUGGGGAGACCCUAACGCGAGUGCGGCCAUUUUGUUUCCCCCCCGCCAUGCGUGGGCAGAAUUGAGCCAGCUCUGAGGGACAUCGGUGCUGGAUUCAGGUAAGUGACUGAAGGGGUUAUUGACAGAGGGGAAAUCUGUUGUGCCAGGGAAAUUAGUUUGUUUUUCUGGCACUAUAGUAUCCCUUUAAGCACGAUUUUGUACUAUUGACAAAGAGAAAUAGUGCAACGAGCAUGAGGUUGUCAAUUCUGAAACUCUCAAUUUUACACAAUAAAUAAGUAAUACUAAAUAUAAUGGGGCCAAAUUGUCCAGAAAUAGGCCGCAGAUAGUGGCAUAUGUAUACAUUUAUUCACAAGUGUUAUUUUUGGUUUUCUGUUAUUUAUUUCUUAACCCUCCAUAUACUGAUUUGCUUUAUUCAUUUGAAUUUGUAACACAACUGUCUGAUUGUUUCACUGUACACCAUUAAAUGUAGUCCUAUGGCCCUAUAACAUAUUCAUCCUCAAGGCACCCCCACCAGUCCAGGAUUUAUGGAUUAGCCAGUUGUUGUAGUUUCUUUUUUUCUAAAAACACCUAGACACAACUGGGUAAUCCCUAAAUCCUGGACUGGCAGGGGUGCCUUGAGGACUGGUUUGGGGAACACUGCUUUAAAGGAUUUUCUUACUCCAACCAAUAAAAUAUUUUUAAUACCUUUUGGUUAGUUACUUUUUGGUUAGAGUAACCCUUACUAGCAUUAAAGAUAAAGUCAGCCUGAUUAUUUUCCAGUGACGUCACUCCUCCUUACUGAAUGUGAGGGACAUUCGGGAGGAUGGGCUGAGUGGAGGACUUGGGCGGCACUAAUGGGGUGGCCAUGCUGUCAUGGUUGUAUGCAAAUAUGCACAAAUUUAAUAUUAGCCUGACCAGAACUCUUGUUUUGGGUUUGCUAAUGUCGCUACUGGAAAUGGAGUUACACCUCUGGAAGUAAAGGGCUUUAACACUGAAUGUGCCUCACUUCAAACUGACAAUGCUGCCCAUAAAGACUCCCAUACUAAAGUGAUCAUGGUGUGUGGAAUAACCGUUAUAAUUAUUUUCAUAAACAAACAGAUGUAAAGAAAACCUAUAGCGUUAGAUUUACAAACUAUAGUGCCCUGUAAAAGGUUUACCCCCUCAUUCCCCCCCAGGUAAGAAGUAAAAAUGCAAUUUUACAUUCUUUUUCUCCCUCUCAGAGUUGGUCUCAGCCAAACACCGCACUGUGCCAAUGACAUGGGCUCUAUGAGAGGGGUUAAAAUGACACCCAGGCCACUUCAUUGAGAUUAAGUGGUCUGGAUGCCUGUAGUAUCACUUUAAGGCUUUAGGUUACCUUCUAUGUAUAAUCCCCCAAAAAUAUUUGGUCAACUCACUUCCUCUUUCGAUAAACUGAAUUUAUACAGCUUCAUGGGAUGCAGCUUUACCUAAAGCCAUCUGCUCUAUGUAAAUUAUUACUCAUGCCAUAAAGCUCAGGAUUAUUGAAAUGUUUUGAUAGGUGGCAAACAGAUACAAUGCUAGCUAACCCUCGACCUUUCGGAAGGGUUCCUGGCACUCAUUCACGAUGUCAUAAUCUUUUCUAGAAUUCUCAUGAUUGAACUAGUCGCAUUGCAUUUAUCAUGCGCCAGUCUGUCCAAAGUAGAUUAAUGGAGUUUUUUUUCAUAUUACAUAUUGAAGGAUUGAGUUUAUCACAUAUCGCUAUAUUGCAGAUUGGUUGUGAUAUCAAAGAACAACUACAUCUUGCAGUGGGAUUCUGUAAAUGCAAAUAGGCGGUUUAUCUUUUUGUCGAGCUUAGGGAGCAUGCCUUAAAAUGAGUUAUUUAAAAUUACAGAUAUAUGAAAUACAUAUCAUUAUUGUGCCUACCCACUGAGGAUAACUUUUUAGCUUGUUUAGCAAUGUAAGUAAAUCAAGUUUCAGCAAAUGUGAUAUGUCACUUGUGUCACUUGUGUUUUCUCCAAAACCUCAGAGACAGGUUCACAAUUAUCCUCAAGUCUAAAGACCCGUGGUAUGAUGAGAUACCUGUUUAAUAUCCAAUCCCUAUGGUUGAACAGUUGCCUAUUAAUGGCAAACUAUCACCUAACUCCUAUUUUUUAAAUGAUAUAUAUAUAGUAAAAUAGGCAAAAAAGAAUUGAAGAUUUUAACCAUUCCAGCUCCCUGUUGAAAUGGUGUACGGUAUGUAGAGCCAAACACCUCAUCAGAAAGAGACCUUUAAUCAGGGAAAUAAAUCACUAUUGCCAAUGCACUGCAUUUUUUAAAUUCCUUUUUUUAAUUCAUCACUCAGUUGUGGAUAUUAAAGUAAAUUAAACCUAUAGAUUCAACGUUUCAGUGGUAAAAAUUUAUAUGGCUUUAGAAAUGUAAAGGUUUAGAUAGUGUGCAUUAAUCUGAAGAUAUAGUCACAUCAUAAAGUAAUGCUCCCAGAGCACAGAGAAGGAUAACCCCUAGGCAGGUUAUCAGUUUGGGCCCUCCCUAUACAUAGGGGUGGUUAAUGGGGCCAAGCAAAUUCAUGAUUCCAGGGCCCAUACCUAACCUCUGGGCCCUAGCUGGCUGCCAAAGGUUGCCUUAUGGUUAAUCCUGCUCUGCCAAAGCAUGUUCCCCCAAAAACGUUUGCUUAAAACACAGUUAGUGUCAAUUUGACAAAUUUGAUUUAUCCAGUUUACAAUGCCCCAAAAUCUGCAUUACAAAUAAAUGAUUAACAUAUUACUAAAACUAGUUUCGUAACUGGUGCUUUCUAACAAUGACACUUUUUUUUCCAAAUUAGUUUGCCUACGUUUCUAAACUAGUUAAUCACAGUGACAUUGGGUUUCUGUGCCGUGUCUAAGCAGAGAAAUACAUUUUGUGCAUCUAACCAGUUGUAUGUCAGCAUUAGUGCUGCAAGAGCAAGCACUAAGGUAAACACGUAGAGACACUAUUGGCAGCCUGAUUUCACAGAGGACAAUAGGCUUUGUCUACAACCUUCCUUCGCUGCCAAAAUAUAUAUUACUGGAAUCAAAACUUUUUAAAAAGGCAUCUGCUGUGGGUAAUUUUACCCACAAGAAGGAUCCAGAAAAGGUGGAAAAAAAGAAAAACACUUAAAUAAUAUUAAUGAUAGAAGUAAAUUCGGGAUAGGGAAUGGUAUUGACAGAAAAGGCAGAUAGAGACUUGACAUAAGAGUGUACAUAAAAAAAACAAAAAAACGUGGACACCUCAGUAUUCAGUCAAACAUUGUUUACCAUCUUUUUAAGUUCUAUAUUAGAACAACAAAAUAAAAGUAUCAGUAACAGUACCAUCACACUCAAUGGGAUCUUCUUCAUUAUAAAUACCAAAGCAUGACGUAGCCAAAAAAAAGGGUCCACAGAGGUUCUGUCGAGAAGUAUGGAGUCUCUAGUUAUCUAACAGGAAACCAGUGUCAAAUUCCCAUUGACCAUUGUCCAUUACAUCAUAUGACAAGAGGGAGGAGGGAUAGUGAUGUGAUGCCCAACGUCAGCCCCCUUAUAAUCCCACUAUGCCACUCAGGUAAAGGCACAAAGUGUACAGAGUCCCAGAUGCUCUGGGGGAGGUUCCCAGUUUUAAUAGAAUCCCUGCCACAAGUAUUCUUACACCAGUGCGCCCGUAAGAGGAAGACAAACUAGUAUCACCAGUGUAUUAUUACUCAGUCCCGUUCUAUAUAAUACUAGAGUGACUGUAAAUAUUUCUUUACUCUCAGCUCAUCUGAUGAGGGAGUUGGGGCUAACUUACAACAUGCUGAUCAAAAUAUAUAUAUAUAUUUUUUUUGUUUAAUUUUUUUUAAAUCUCUUAUCCCAAAGUUAUCUUAAGUCUUUGGCAAACCCCCAGAGAUUUGGCUCUUGCUAUCCACAGCAUCUGGAAGCAAUCAGUAUAAACAAUAGAGCACCCCCCUAUCCAAACUCCAGUGAGACAGCAAGAGGGAACAUGAGAACUCCUAGCCUCCUGUGGACACCAUGUGGUCUAUUAUUUCAAACUCGCAAACCUGUGUGCCUUCCUCUCUCCUUGUUUUACUUGGCACCGAGCUACCCCCUUUCCACAAUAGAAUCCAGCUGUCAUUACGUUGUACAUUAAGCUCCAAGCUACCAAAGUUCUGCAAGGUAUGGCGGAGCGAAAAAUUCCAAUCCCAUUUAUCUUAUACUAUCUUGAUUCUAGGAUUCGUACCAAGUAGAAGUUUAUGUAAAAUACCAGAUUAGUGGAGAAAGAGCAGGACACUUGGCUAAAAAUAGAACUUAUUGUACUCAGUUUAAAGCAAGAAUUAUAUGAAAUUGUGUAGCAAGACCUUCUAUUGUAAUAUUUUAAUAUAUAUUAUAUUGUACGUCUGAUUAAACAUUAUUAUUUUUGUUAUUAUUAUUUAUAAAGCGCCAACAAAUUCCACAGCUCUACAAUGGCAGAACUAACAGACAUGUAUUUGUAACAAAAUGAAUUGGGUGGACGGGGGUGUUGGCGCCCUGCUAAAACGAGAUUUUAUUCUGCUUGCAUCCCAGAUUACGAAUUAAUCCAUUGUACAGCGCUACGGAAUCUGAUGGCACUAUAUAAAUAAUAAUAAUAAUCAUUAUUGAAUGCAGUGUUUUGACAAUUACUUUACCGUCCCUUAGCUUGUAUAUGGAAAAUUGCAAUGUUCUAGCAAAUCAACCAGUUUUCAUCCAAUUCAAAUUGCCUUUGGGAUAAUAUUAUAAUUAUAGCUAACUCUUUAAAUAACACCAUAGGAUUUAACAAAAUAAACCCAAUGCACGCAAAAAAACAUCUUGCUUAGCCAAAUUUGUGUAUAAGUACUAGAUGUUGCUUUUACCCAAUUUAAUGGUACUUACUGUAUAGUCCUUGCAAGGUUGAAUGGCUAAGCUGGCCCUUUGAGGUUUACUGCAAUAGGUAUUGCCUUUAGAACAUUUAGCUAACAUACUAUGUCUAGAUGUCCCAUAAGGAAAACCGAAAGCCAACAGGGUGACAAUGAAAAGAAUGAAACAUUAUAGUAGAUUUUGCACAAAAGUAACCUCAAAGGGGAUGUCUGGCCAGCAUAUUUAUCUACAUUUUAUGAUGAAGGUAGAUAAAUGGGAAGACUGGUAGCAUCACAGAAAUGCAUAAAUGUCUUUUAGUCUUUCAUGCCAGCUGCAUUCUAAGGAUAGGAUGACCGAGCAAUGUAUGCAAUGGCGGAGGAACAGCACUACACACAUGUAAUGUGCGUCUCAACUGCACGCUCAACGGGGAAAAGGCAGGGCAAGGACUAAUUUUACAAUAUUGACAUUAACAUUAUUUAGAACACAUCAGCAUAGUAGCUCAACAGUCUUUGUAUUGCAAGGAGGGGAGGGGUGACUUUAUUGUUUUGCCCCAAAGCCCUUGUGUUCAGAGCCAAAUACGUUUAUCCAAACCGUUGACUUGAACUAUAUUCACAUUUUCCAAAGGUGGCAUCCUGAGAUAUAAACAAGUUAGAUAAUGUCUAGGUCAGAAGUCAGCAACCUAUGGCAUGUCUGUUAUGCAUGACACUCAAGGUUCCUUUGCAUGGCACUUAAGGCUGCCAGAGUCAAACAGGCUCUUGCCUAUCUGGAGUGGGACUUCAGCUAUCUGCUAGUGCAAACUGAGCGGUGAUUGCAGGUUGUAAGGGACAAUCCUCAAUUUACGCAUUGCAGCCCUUAGAGGAAGUUUAGAUCAAUUCCUCUGAACUUUUGAACAGGACUCUGCACUGCAGCUAUCGCAGCUCCAGCCCUUGACCUGCACCUGGCCAGCUGGUCCCCACUGGACACCAGGGAAGCCACCCACACUGCUAGAUAAACACAGAGCUGCAGAAGAAUCCUCCCCCUUGUACAAAUAAUACAAAUAGCCCACAUACAAACACACACAGUACCCACAAACACAACACCACUGACAAUCCACAUACAAGCACAAAACUCCACAAACAGCCUCACAUGCAAUACCACAAGCAGCCCCACAAAUACACACACCACCAAACACACUCUGUGGCAUAUAAUCCACGCACCCAAUUCCACAAGCAGCCCCCAUUCAUAGGUAUCAUACAUAAUACCACAAACUACUCAUGAACAUAUAUAACAACACGUACGCACAAAUACAAUGCUACAAAGCAACUGCAGCACCCAUAAAUAACACAAGCCAAAUACAGCAACAUACACACCUCAAUUCAAAAAUCUUGAAGCACGCAAAUGGUCUUCAAGAUUUUGUUUAAGAUCAGUACUACUAAAAAGCUUAGUCCCGUUUAGGUUAUUGUUUCAAAUAUAGUGCUGGAUGGUGGAUACCCCAAAGGAAAUGUUAAUUAACGGCAGUAUUUCUAUUCUUUGGAAAUACUCAAUGAGUUUCAGCAAAGCAGAAACUAAAAAUCUACAGACAUUGCUCAAUAUCAGUAAUGCCACAAAAAAGUGUCAGGCAUACGUAAAACAUUGUUUAAACAUGGUGGUAAUUCACCAAUGCAUGAAGUAGAUUUUUUUUCAUCAAGUGAUAUUUAAGUGUUCUAUUUCUCUAAACACAAGGCAUGGUUACGGAAUAUAAGUGGUAUGCAGAUCACUUAUUUUAAAGAACAUACUCUGAUUUCUAAUAGGUUUCUAUCUUUAUGUACGAGGCAAGGAAGGGGAUCAUAGAAUUUGGAAGCCACAGAAGUUAUUUUAACCAAGAGAAACUCUAUCAAACUAUUAGAAUCUCUUUUAAGUGGCUUGGGGAUUACAAGGUCAUUAAAUGUAACUUCAAAGACUACCCAUGUAGGGCUAUUUUUUUAUAUUUAAUAUUAGUUAUUGAUGCAUUGCUGCAAAUGCGUUGUCAUUGAUGGUCUUAACCUUAACAAAAAGAAGACCAGAAAUACAAUCUGUGCAAAACAUUACCCUGACAUAUUUCCAGGUUUUCAUUCACAAGGACCAAUUCACAAACUCUGAAUCAUAAACUCGAAAUCUCUGUCCAUUCCAGAACAGCCUGGUACUUGCAGCAUGUACCACAUAUACGUAUUUUCCUUUCAUGAUGCCAUUUUGUCCACAUGAAGCACUAUGGUAUAUGAUAUUGUCCCAAAUAUUCAACAAAUGUUCUCCCUUGUUAGGUCAUCUGCAUUACAAAAACUGAAAACUCUCCUCACAAACACAAAAAAAACAAAGUAAAUUACAAAAUGUUAUCUUGGUAAUUUAUUGAGCCUAAAAUUAGACUUCACUUUAAAACACUUCACAUCACCAAGCAAGGUUAUUCACUAAAGUAUCGCUGUUCGGUGAAUUCAAAGUAUUUAGCUUAAAAUUUGAAAUGCACUUUGAAAACAGAAAAUUGACUGUAAAUAAUCUGGUAAACCUUAAAUUAUGAAGGGCUGCAGCAGGUUUUGAAAGGAAAAGAAAUACCAAUUUCUAGUUUGCCAGAGUUUGAUUUUUCCACCGUGGAGCUCACGGUUUAGACACAGCCCCAGGGUAUCAACCUUGACAAACCACACACCACAGUGAACUCUUUACCAGAGGAGAUCUAAGGCAAACCACACACACCCACACAUGGAGAUCAUAUCUGCUUCCAACCACAGCACUGAUUAAAAUAAGGCAAGCCUUCUGAUGCUGUGAGUCCUUUAACCAGAACUUUGAUAAGGACUUAUUAGAUCGUUGCACUGAACAGCAGUGAGUAUGCUAGAUUGCCAACUCCACAUGGGCAUUGAGCAAACAUGCAGAUCAUAUGUAACGUGUUUUUUUUUCACAGGCCUUCCAAUUUUCCCAAUUUUGUCAGGACAGUUCCAAUUUUCGGGUCAUGUCUCUCUGGUACCGACUUUGGAGUGUCCCCACCAAGCAUCAUUAGACAUGCUUGCACUAUUUUCAGGGUACAAGGACCCUGUAGAAUCUAAUUUUAGUUGACAGACAGCAUGGCAUGCAUUCACGUCUGGCUGGCCUGUCAAUUCUAUGGGCGAAACGAACCCUAUAGGCAGAACAUGUGAAUAUCACUGGCCCGCCUCCUUUUUCUUCCAUCGCUAUCCCGUGGGGCACGAUUUUACACAUUAUUACUAUUAUUAUUUAUAUAGCGCCAGCAAAUUCUGUAGCACUGUUUUCUUUUUUAGUAUCCUUUUUUUUUAACAAACAAACAAACAUAAGCAUUUCUCAAAGUCUCAAAACAUUCCAUCGGAAGUUGGCAAUAGGGAAAAAUAUUGUGAUUGUAGAAACUAUCCAAGGAGGGGUGUUUUAUAAUUGUCCCUAUCUAUCGGAAGACAAUUCUGUGCAUGAAUUUACUGUUUUGUGACCUUGGCUUUAUUGACCAUGCUUGAUUUCUGUUAUCCUGACCUUGGCUUGACUAUUGAUUCUGCGGAUCUCUGUGUACCCCAGCCUUUCUCUUGUUUACUCUGUUUGUAUUCAGUUUAUCUGUUUUCGGUACUAGCACAGCCAGUCUAAGGACUGUUAUAUGUUUCUUUACGGUUUCUUUUAGGUUUGUUUGUUAGGCUCUCUCUAUUUAUGACAAUGUCAUCGUCACUUAUGCCAGAAGGAAAAUGGAUGCAAAAUCAUUGAACUUUUUGUUGAACAGUUGUUUUGCUAAACUAAUCCAUAAUUUGUAUAAACUGACAGUAAUGAGGUGAAAUCUGUAUGACCAUCUUGACAUUCGCUGUUUAUGUGAAUUAUACUUGUGAUUGUAUUUUCUGGAAUUUAAAAAUUAAAUGCGUGAAUUUUGCAAGGAUUCUUCCUAUCUCGUUGCACAACUCGCCUUGUAUAAUUCUUUGUCAGAAGUAUGCAGGUAGCUCGUUUGGACAGACUCUUCUCAUACUACACAAUAAAUUCUUCUUUCCAAAACGUUGGCAUAUUUUGAGUACGUUUUGCUAAAACAAGGAUGUGGGAUCAUAAAUAUUCAUAGAUUGUAAAUUUGUUUGAGCGGGUCCUUUUUCACCUCUUGUUAUUAGUUUGUAUGUCAAUUACUUGUUUUCAAAUAUCCCCAUUCUAUAACUGUAAAAGUGCUACAGACUAUGUUGGUGCUAUGUAAAAUCUAAGCAGUUUCACCUUUGUGGACACCUACUGAUAAUGGCAAUUAUUAUUUUCUCUAAACCAAUCAAUCUUUGUGAUAUUUUUCACCUGAGUCCAGCCCCGGACAUCGGGCAUACCGGGCAAAUGCCCGGUGGGCCGUGAUGGCCAUGGGCCGAGGCCAGCAGGAGAGAUCACCAUUACACACACAGCACCCUAGAUCCCUAUAUACAGUCUGAAUCCUCUAUACACAUACAUACACACACAUGAUGGUCCUUUACAUACUAGAUCCCCUACACACACAUUGCACCAUCUACACACACUACAUUCCUGACAUACAAACUCUGGAUCCCCUAUGCACAUACUACAUUCCUUGUAAGCAAACACAUACUACAUUCUCUAAACACACACUCUCUACAACCCCUACACACACUAUGUCACCUAUACACACACACACACACACUACAGCCCGUAUACACACACUCACUACAUCUCCUAUACACACUAUGCCCCCUAUACACACACACUCUACAGCCCGUAUACACACAUAUUACACCACAAACACGAAUGAAAUCAACCUAUUUACACAAUACCACGCCACAAUCAGCUCACUCUAUACACACGCAAUCCCACAAGCAGACCCCAAACACAUGCACCAUACGCUUUCCUGGCCCUUUUGUCCUCUGGUAUCCCACUUAUGGAGACACCAGAGACAAGUUUUUCUCACGCUAGAGCUCUUCAGUGGGGCUCUGCGCAUUAAACUAACAUGCUCACUUUGAGAGGGGGCGUGCUUGUCAUUUGAGGGGGCUUCUGAGGGGGCUGCUGUGAUUGAAAAAUGCCCGAAUGUUUUUCCCAAUCCGGCCCUGCCUGAGUCUAAACAAGCCUGCAUUCUAUAAAACAUGUUAACUCUUUAACUGCCAGUUUAGCAUUUGCAGGGUUUAUUUGUCUUUAUUAGUACAAACUGCACAAGCUAACAUGUAUGCAGGACCAGUGGAUCACACCAAAAAAUGCACUGGAGAGAACAUGGUCACACAAAAAUGUUUUCUGGUCUGCAUUAAGCUCACAAGCUCAUUGUUAACCAAUCCUGUGCUAUUGUAAACAGAACGUUUAAAGUGCAAAUAUUUAAAAGAUAAUAUGGUCGAUUGACGAUUCUUGAUUCUCAGAAAGCCUGGAGAGUAUGGUCCUGCUACAGCUGGAGGUGAUGACUAAUUUUCAGUGGUAUUUCAAGCUACACGUAUAGGCUACAGCCUGCUUAUUGCAGUUUUGUACAGUUUCAGGCCCUUGUUGUCACUCCCUAGGGAACAUAACUGGCUUUAAUUUGCUAGGGGCUGGAAGCUUGCGUGAGUGUGUAUAUUAUGCAUUGGGAUUCUUUAUUUCCACGCCCUGACUUCUUUCACCACAGUGUACGUCAAUAUUGUUAGCACAUUUUUUUUGUUUGUUUAACUUUAAACAAAAGGGAUCCCGUGAACUUUUUUAUAACAUCUAGAAAGCUAGUCUACAAUCAUAAAUAGAAGGUUAUAUACAUUAUACAGCACUCUCUAUGGGUAGAUACAUGGAUCACGUACUCCUAAGAGACUCACAAAAGAUGUUGGUGUGUCCAUUUCCUCCCCGUGUGAAAACCUGUUUCCUUGUAGUUUGUCCUUUUAACUAUGAAUGUCCUAUAGAUGCAGCCCCAUGUUUAGUAUCUAAUUUAGUAUCUAAUACCAAGAUAUAGGAUUAAUAAAUGCAAAAAUAGAUAUGUAUGUAAGUAUUUUGCGGGUGUUCGGAUAGCACCUCACAAUACCCAAAACUUUUUUUUAUUUUUAUUUUUUUAUUCUUUAUUUUUAAGGUGCAGGAGUAAUAUGUAAGCUUAGGUAAGCACACAAAAUAAUAAGCAUAUUAAUACAGAAUAUGGCAUUGGUGGUUUCAGCACAUUUUAAGUAAUAAAAUAUAUGUCAAGCUAAGCAUACCUGUUUCGAUAGAGGACUGAAUCAAAUUAAUUAUAUAUGAUAAGAGGCUGCCUAAGACAGGGUAAGUGAGAACGGUAGCAAUAUAUUAGUUAAAGUAUUCAAGAAAACAAGUUUGAACAAAAAGGAAUUGUGCCACUGGUGCACACUGUUGUUGAAAGAUAUGAGGAGUAGAGGCAAGCCCCAGACCCACAGACUCCUGGCCUUAAUACAAAAAAUAUAGCAAUACACUAUAAGUCCACAUGGUCACUCAGUUUAUUCUUGGAAGUGAGGCAGGCGAUUCUCUGGUAAUUCAGUCCGCCGGACUGUGGAGUGGUACUUUGCCAGCCUCAAUUGUAGAUGUGGCACCGCACUGCACUGCCAGAUAUCCUGCCAAAUGCAACUUUUGGAACCAGGCCUCCAGACAGUCCCGCAGCACGUUGUAGACAAUGCUGAGCGAAGGCUUCCCAGCUGCAUGAAGUGCGCUAGUUAGUGUGGUCAGAGUAGAGUCGUGACGGUGGGACUUGGAAGGGGGUAGUCUAUUAGGUAGAGCCCGCUUUGACCUCUGUCCACGCUCUCCCACCAUCCGGUAGAGAUGUCAUGGAGACAUUGCUGGGUCUCUGCCGCCUGGAGCUUGAAUCUGUGCUGCCAUUCCUGGUCUUGUAGGCACAGCAGUCGCAGUUCGGGCAUUGAUUCUGACCUGAAAUGCUGUGCACAGGUUGUCAAACUCCUCCAGCAGAGAGUCUAGAUGAAUAGGCUUCUGCACGGUGAUGGCCAUCUAAGGGAGCAGGCCUCUGGCACCAAGUUCGCAGUUGACUGGUAAUUCUGUUUGCCAAGGACAAGGGGCACAUCAGUGGGGACCAGGUUAACUACUGCCAGCCAGAGCCAGACUGGGAACUAAAAGCAGCCCUGGAAAAAAUUUAUAUACCAGCCCCAUAAUGCAUCGCGCCAGCAUAGUGUGCUGAUACAGAGUUAGAAAAGAUAACUUAAAAUUAAAAAUUAUUACUCCAACGUGAAAAAAAAACACUCAUAGGCUUCAAAAUAAACAAAAGUGUAGAUUUAUUUUAAGCAGACGUGCCUUUGCAUGUAAUCAUUGUUUCAGGCCAACUACCUUGACAUAUUAAGGAAAGCUUGGUAACGGGACUGAAAUGGUGAAUGUAUGUAGGGCACAACUGUAACAAAUUGAUGUUAUCUUGUUUAUUUCCAAGUUCUGUGCGUGCGUUCUUCACUUUAAAUAUGUUAUUGUGCUGGAGUAUGCACCUAGCAACAAGACUGGGCAAAUAUCUGCUCAUUACAUAUGUUACAUAUUAAUUACAUUUCUCUGUGUAUUAUGCAUAUAUAAAUGUACAUUAAUAUAUGUGUAAAUAUUAUAGGCAUAAUUAUAUAAAUAACGAAUACACACAUUAAUAUACAUGUCGUAUAUAUAUAUAGCUGCUAUGUGUGUCUUUCUACCUCCAGCCCCUCUGUGUGCCUCUUUGUCUCCCCCCAGUUCCUCUGUAUGUUUCUUUCUCCCCCUCACUGCUCCUCUGUGUCCAUGUCUCCCUUCUUCUUCCCAGUCUCUCUCUUCCCCCUCUGUCAAAGGGGGCCGGCUGCGUUCCAUGCUGGUGGUGCCGGGCAGGGUGGUCGGAUAGCCGAUUCGGCGGCACACUCACUAAUGCGGACAGCAAUGAGCUAUAAGCAUAGGAGAACUGAAGGAGGGAGCAUGUCACUCUAUCUUGCUCCCUCGCCGACGCGGUUCCCACAAGUCCCAGCACAGCCACAUCAUGAUAGAGAGACAUGCUCCCUCCUUCAGUCCUCCUAUGCUGACAGCUCACUGCUGUCAGCAUUAGUGAGUGUGUCGCUGGACCGUCUAGGUUGCCACCCAGCCCGGUGGCACCAGCGUGGCCCCCUCAGAGUAUGCUACCGGACCGGCCACCCAGUGGCACCUACAUGCGCAGCCCCUAGGUGCCGCGGCCCACCGGGAAAUUUCCCAGUAUCCCGGUGGGCCAGUCCAGCCCAGCUGCUGGCCCAGAGGGUGGGGCGAGAGGCCCCUUAUGAGGCAGGAACAAAGCUUCAACAGAGGAUUGGCCGCCUGAGUGACUGACACUCGAAUUGUCCCUAGGCAGUAAUGUAAACACUGCAUUUUCUCUGAAAAGGCAGCAUUUACAUUAAAAAGCCUGUAGGGACAGACUGUAGGAACCAGAAUAACUACGCUAAACUGUAGUUAUUCUGGUGACUAUAGUGUCUCUUUAAAUAACUAUACCAAUACUUUAAUCCCACGUGUUGUUAAACUAUUUAAUUUCUCUCCUAAAUAGAGAGCAAGAAAUGAAAACUAGGAAAUUAUAUUUUGAAGAAAUUUCAGAAGUCAACAUUAUAUGUUCAUACUUGGAAAUUGCCUUGGGUUUUACAAAUGACCUCCAAGUCAAAAAUAAUUACACUUUUGCCUCUUUUGGGUAAUUUUGUUCUUAUCCAGGUAUAACAUUUCCCUCUCUUCUCUUGGGGAGGAAGAUGUAUAGAAUUUCAGAGGGCUUGAUCCUGGCAUGUUCCCAAGAAUAAAAUAAUCAUUCAUAAAGACUAUUCUUCGAGAGGCGUAGAAUAUGAAAAUGGUACAAAUAUCUGGAAGUACACCUUAGAAAGAGAGCCAAGUUGCAUACAGCAUAUGUAUGGUUUGAGGCUUACCUGAUAAUAACAAACAGCCCAGUUCACUAAACAGUAAACGGAGUUGUGUAUAUAUUGAUAGCUUUCAUCGUAUGAUUGCCAUCAGCCUAUUGAGCAGUUCAAAUCAUUCUAUGUGAUGAUUGGACAGCUCUAUGUGCAUAAACUACUUUGCUACUACUGCAGAACAGAGAAUAUGGAAUAAGAACGGCCUCGGAGGUGCUCUUGAGGGAACAGACCAUGAGGCAAUGCACCUAUAGAUACUUUAAAAGAUGAGUAACAUUAUUGGUUUGAAAUUUUUAUUAAGUUUUUGACAAUUUAUGUUAAUUCAUUAUUUAUAUAAUGCAUUAAAAAGUAUAUGGUCACAUUUUUGGUAGACAAUGUCAUUUUAAGGAUGCAUAAUUUACUGUUGCACUAUAGAAUAUUGCUAUUUAAUGUUGUUUGUGUAAUGCAUACAUGAAUUGGCUACUUGGUAGAGGUGAAAUGGCCAGUUUGAUGGUAAAUAAUAGUUGUCAGAAGGGGUUAAUUUAAAUUAUAUAGGAAUGUGAUAGAUGUCAGAAGGUUUACAAUUCUUUUAAAACUGUGACUCUAGAGCCCCUCUGCAUGGUGUGAAAAGUUACACGAGCUGCCUCUAAGUCUAGUUUCAAUGUAAACUAAUUCUCUAAUUUAUCAUAUGCCUGUAUCUCCUCUUUUAUUGUGGGUUCUUUUGAUAUGCUAAUGUCCAUUAGGGAUGUGCAUGGCCAAAAAAUUAGGUUCGGUACGGCAUUCUGAAAUUCGGAACUUCGGAAAUUCGGUUCGGUUUGGUACUUCCGAAAUUCGGCACUUUGGGACUUUGGCACUUCGGGAUUUAGGGUAAGUGUAGGUUUAGGGUUGGGUUAGGAGUAGGGUUAGGUUUAGGGUUAGGUUAGGUUAGGGGUAGGUUGGGUUAGGGGUAGAGGUACCCUAACCCUACUCCCAACCCUAACCCUAACCCUACCCCUAACCUAACCCUACCCUAGCCUACCCCAACCCCUGCCCCUAAUACUACCCCAAUCCUACCCGUUUUGCCACUUUUUUAGAAGUCCGAUGUCAGGAAUUUUAUUUGUUUAUUACUGGCCCUUUAAGACGGCAUGAAAGUACACACCCCUUGGUUAUAUAAACUCCAAUCUCCAAUACCUCAGUGCACAAGUAAUGUGUUAAGCUGACUGAUUGCAUCAAGUUCCUUCCUAAUCAUUAGAAUAACUCCUAGAGAGACCGUGUGUUCCAUCACCGGACCCCUUCUGAAUCUCCUCUUCAUACCCCUAUAUCUUUGAUUACCUGGUUAACUAAUUCGGACUGGCCUUGACUCUGCUUUUGGAAUUUCCUUCAAUACUGCUUGAUCUCCUAUUGAACGACCUCGGACUGGACUUUAACACUGCCUCUGGAUUACUCCCCUCUAACUUACUUAUUGCAUCUGUUACUGAAACCGGACUGGAUAAAGGACAUUGCUUAUGGACUAACCCUGUACACAUCAUCUAAACUUCUAUUUUCAAGGACUGUCAGUUUAUCUCUCUGCUUUGCUGCCACAUAAGUUUGCCGUGCUGAAACUGCCUCAAAAUAAAAUGGGAGAGGUUCUUAUUUUUUUUUUUUGUUUGGCAUUUGUUAAAGAAAAAAAACAUGACAUCCGAAGCACUUCGGCACUUCCAAAAUUCAGUUCGGUUUGGACUUUCUAAAGUCGGCACUUCGGCCAUUCGGAAGCAUCCAAAGGAAUAGACAAGCAGUUUGGUCUGCUUUUCCACAUCUUCCUUUCCCUGAGCCUAUUAUCUAUAUGCAUCAUAUACAUGAGAAAGUCAUUCAACCCCUUAGGUAAGUCUUUAUCGGCAGUUUCGUAAAAUAAGGUCUCAGACAGACCCUCAGCAAAUGCUGUAACCAAGCCACUAUUGGUCCAGUCGACAUCAUGAGCCAACGUAUGAAAUUCUAUUGCAUAAUCAGAUACCGAAUGAUAACCCUGUUUUAUACGCAUCAAGGCUGAUUUCUCCUUCCCUAGUGGUUCAAAGGAUAACUUAAACUCAGUAACAAAUUACUUGUAGUUAUAAGUUAUAGAAUGCUCACUUUCCCAUAAGGGUUAACCCAUGCCAAUCAACUUGUUCAUGAAAUAACCUAUUUUGGCCCGAAAAAGAAGAAAAAGAUCUAGGCAAAGCACUAUGUGGUUCAAGAAUCACCGACAUUCUUGGGGGUCACUACUAAAUCUAGGAGGAGGCGACAGGUUUAUAGAAGGACUUUUGUAGUAGGAGGCCUCAGAAUCCGGAAGGCUGUUGAAUCAUAACAGUCUGAAGUGCCUGAGCGAGUUCUUCUACUUUGGUCUUAUAAGUAGUCAUUUGCUGGCUAAUAUUUGCAGGAUCCAUGAUGGCCCUGUCGUAAUGUCACGGAUAGACUGGAUCCAACAGGCACAUAUAAGGAAAGCAAAUACUAAUAUAAGGGUAUUACUGGACUUUAGAAUGGACGGAUUAAACGCACCAAGAAUAGUACAAGACAAGCUGAGGUCAGGGUUACAGAAUAGAGAUGAAAUGUAAGGAAAAGGCCAAAGGUCAAGAUAAAUCAGAAGGGAGAAUAGUCAAAGAUGAGCCAAGGUCAAAAUGCCAGACAAUAGAAGAAAUAAACGCGUUCUCGGAUAAACCACAAAAUGGAAACAGGGCAUCAAACAAUAGGCAAGGUGAGUUCAAAAAGGCUAAGAAGAGUUCCAUUUGGUUGCUGGGACCUGGUGAUGCCAAAAUGUGCGUGCAUGUUGAUGACGUAACAACAUCCGGUCCGGCUGUGUGACAGGGACAAAUUGAGGAAGGUCCCUGGCUUAGUCAUCUAAACCUUAUGUAAAAUCCAAUGCAAAUAAUUUUACAUAUUUGAGAAUGAAAACUAUAAAAAUUACUUUCUCAGAUUAAAAGGCAUGUAACUCUUGUGCCUAGAGCUUCCGGACUUUAAGACUUGAAGUAGUUUUAAGUAGUUAGUAUCAUGUACAUGUUAUUUUUGAUUGAGUAAAAUAAGACUAUUAUAAAGAAACAAAUAUUUAGUUCAAAAGGGUAUAGACCACACUUUUAAAGUGCCACAUGAUCAUUUAAAACGUUAAGAUUCAAAUUAUUUACAACUAUCCAAGCGUAAUUUUACAAUUCUGUUUAUUUACAGUCCACUUGGAGAGACAUCUGGCAGUGCAUUAAAUCCAUGUUUUGUUAAUAGCGCUAGUGUUAUGCAAUGUCACAUGUCAUCCACAAAACAGUCAUUCAACAGGUGAACAGCAUACCACUGACCUAUGUAAGUUUUCGAAAAGAAAAAAAAGUAUUAUUCUACAGACUAUACUUAGAAUUUGUAAAGUUAUUUUGGGGUCUGUUAUUUCACUGAUCUGCAUUUGACUAUCAACUGAUGUUUAGAGCUUGUAUUCGUUUCAUUGAUUGUCCUGGAAGAAUGAUCCUAAACCAAAACGAAAUUGUGGUGGAACUCCUGUACUCUUAAUGAGUAGCUCCGCCAAAUCUGCUUCAUGGUUGCUAUCAGGGAUCCUGCGUUCGCUGAGAAUUUCUUCCAUCCUAGACCAAGCUACACCACUCUCCUUCCAGGGAGGUAUUUUCCCAUCUGCCUCUUCAGCUUCUCUCCCAGCCAGGUAUCAUUAGCCUCUGCCUACACUGUGACCAGCUACUGACUUUAGAAAGGCACUUGUGGCACUCAAAUCUAGCUUAUUUACCUUGUCCCGAGAAUCAGACACCAAAUCAGCCAGCCAAAAGGUCCAAAGACUCUCUUACUGGGAUCCCUAAAAAAACCAACCAGGACACCCAGUUCCCAAUGGAACUAACACACAAAGCUUUAUUUUCUCUCAGGACUAGCCCGUAAUCGCAUUCCAUUAACCCUAGUGACCAGACCACUUUUAAAUUUUCUUACCGUUUUGGACCAGGGCUGUUUUUACAUUUCUGCUGUGUUUAUGGUUAGCUGUUAUUUUCCUCUUAUUCAUUUACUGUACCCACACAUAUUAUAUACCGUAUUUCUCGCCAUUAAAUGGUCUUUCUAAAGAUACCAUUAUUUUCAUCAUAUCAUAAUUUACUAUUACAAAAAUUCCAAAAUAUGAUUAAGAAAUUAAAAAAUAAGAAGCACAUGGAGAGACAAAACACAUAAAAAAGCUAGGUGCAAACCAUAUAAACACUCCCUCGGGUGUUCAAGGUAUCUAAACAUCCAUGAACUACAGAAUGCACACUAUAAUCACUUACGAGUAAAAAAAUUUAAUUUAUUAUGUACAUAAAUAGUACCUCACAAAUAAUACAAAAAUCAGAAAACAAAAUGACAGUAGCAAGGGCAAAUACAAUAGCAAAUAGAACAAUACCAACAAAGCUCCACACAGCCCUAGGACAGAAGCACGAGGCACAAGACCGCCAACGUUUCGGCAACCAACUGCUGCCUUUAUCAAGGGUAACUGAAACUGAUAAAGGCAGCAGUUGGCUGCCGAAACGUUGGAGUCAUUAAGGGGAUAUACAUAGAUAUAUAUAAUUUCAUUCUAAGUGUAUUUUGAUAUAAAUAUAUAUAUACAUAUAAUGUACAAACACAUAUAUAUAUUAUUUUUAUUUUUUUUAAAUGUAUUACCUUUAUUUUUAUUUAUUUUUUACUUUUUUCACCAGCAGGGGACUGCAUGUCAGUUCAGGCAGUCCCCCUGCUGGCAGCACUGUGGACACCUAUUGCGGCCAUGUAACCACUCUUUUAGACCUGGGGGUCCUAAAUUACAGAAUAUGACAGAUUGCCGGCGGGGGAACGGCGGUGAUAGGUAAGUACAUGGGGAGGAGAGGGAAGGAGGGUAGGGGUUAAUUUUUUUAAGUUUUCCUGAGUGCCUCAACCCCUGCCUGAUGGCUUCCAAUGCUCUGCUCUACACUGCCAGGUGCCACUUGCGGCAAACCAGAAGUGAUCAGCUGCAAGGGGGAGUGAUCACUCGGGUGCCUGGCAGUGAGGGGGGAUAUUGUACGAUGCCUUCACAUCGUACAAUACCCAUAGAGCGGCUGGAAGUGAUCACGAUCGCUUCCAGCACUCAAAUUAGCAGUUUUUUGUUGGACGUACCUCAUACGUCCACGGUCCUUAAGGGGUUCAACCUAUGGUGACAGACUCAAUCUAAUACAAAUAAUCAAAUCAUAUGGGCAUCACACAGGAACUCAUAAUAAAACAAUAACAGAUUGAUAACGAGGUGGGGGAAGACCAUAAAUAAUAAGAAAUAUCUCCUGUGCCUGCAGAAUUCAUAAUAUGCAAAUCUUUUACAUUUGAACCUUUUGUGAAAUGCACAGUGUCUUUAAUGACAAUAUUAAAGAAACACUAUAGUUUCAGGAAUACAAACAUUCCUGAGACUAUCGACCUGAAUGGAAGCUUAGGUGACUGGCCCCCCUCCGAUCGGAAUAAAAUCUUUAUUUUACUCACCUUUUCUCCUAUUCCACGCCGUUCAUGUCGCUGCUGGCCAAUCGUUGCUCCACCUCGCCAUGGUGGAGAUCAUCAAUCCUGAUGAUUUCAGCCAAUCCAAUGCUUUCCCCAGCAGCCAAUGCAUCUCUUUGGGGAACAUUCAGCGCCUUCAUGCAGAGCGGUGAGACUGAGAAAAUUAAUUUUAAUUAAUCUAUUUUGCGGAACUCAUUUUGAUUCUUGAAUAUCCUCUGUCCCAUAUAGAAAUCAGUUGGAAUUGAGACACAUCUAACUUUGUGCCUAAAACUAAGCGUAAACUCGAGCUGGUACUAUCACAACCUCUAACUUAUUAAUAAUGUUUAGGUUUUUCUGUUACAAACAUUACUAUGCUUUUACUCCAUCCCCCUCUUUUAUGACAUUUCCCUUCUCUGACAUAUUUUUAUAGUUAGAACUUAUGAUAAUUGUGCAGAAUCCAACUUCACAUGGUACAUGCAAUAAAUAGCCAAUUACCACCCAUCAAUGGGACAACAUAUGACGCCUAAAAAAUAAUAUGAUGGCUUUAGAAGAAGUAAAUUGUAGUGAAUAAAUCAAUGCAAAAUAUGCAAAGCCUGUUGUUUUCACUCUAUUUCAGGACAUAAACCUUUAACUACUAUCGAUUACUCUGGUUCUUGUAGAAGGAAAAUUGUCAAUCCUGGAUUCAUUUAUUAAUGUUAUGUUUCUUAGAAUUUUAACAUGACACCGCAAGAAAAAUUAAUAACUUUAUAUUACCAAAUAUCUUCCAUUUUUGGAUAUCUACCAAACCCCUAACAUAUUUGGCAUAACGGACCUGAGAAUAUGCACUGUAAACGAGCCACAAAGGAAAAAUGAAAAACAAUGGUAUGCUAUUUUAUUAUCCAUGUUAAAUCAAGUCACUCAACACUCACGGAGACAUGGAAUGCUAUGUACAGUAGUCAGUGGGUUAAAUGUGACAUUUGCUGUUUAGCCUCUCUUGAAUAAAAGAGGUUGAACACUCCAUUGUUUAUGUAGCACACAAAACUAAAAUAUAUUAGAGUGUUUGGAAAAUGGAAACUGAAAUAAAAUAAAUAUUUAUAUAUGUUAUAUAUAAUUUCCAUAGGGUGCACAAAACAGGAGAAAAAUAUUAAGUAUAUAGGCCUGGAAAAAAUAUUUUUAGAGCUAGGGCACUCAUAUAAGAGAGGUCUACUAGUUUUGUUUUAUUAACAUCACAGUGCAACCUUUGAAAUUGGGCUUCUAGUGAAUUACGAUACAUUACGAUAUAUUCCUAAAUGCUAAUCAUAAAUGUGUAUCUUUUGACAAACAGGCUCGUCCAAAGGGUGAAGGACUAACCCCAUACCAAGGGAAGAAGCGAUGUUUCGGGGAAUACAAGUGCCCAAAGUGCAAAAGAAAAUGGAUGAGUGGAAAUUCUUGGGCUAAUAUGGGUCAAGAAUGCAUAAAGUGUCACAUCAACGUAUACCCUCACAAACAGGUAGGUCAAAGGCAAUACAGACUUAGUCGAGUGGCUCAACUCAUCUAACUCUGGUUCUUUUGAUUCAAUUAAAGGAAACUUGGUGUUGAUAUUAUGAUGACUAUAUUCUUGGUAGAAAAUCAGGUGUUUAUUGUACUUUUUGUUUGUUUUUAAAAUAAUGUUCUUAGCCCUCUCAAUAGUCCCAAUUUCAGAGUUGGGAGAGUAUCUGUCAGUUAAAUGUUUUUUUCUUUAUAGUAUCCUAUUUGGCACUAUUUGGUAGGGCUUCCAAUUAAUUGUUACCAAAAAAAACCAAUAAAAAUUAGGUUAAAACUUACCUGGAAUCUAGUGUUAGACGAGGAUCUUCCACUCCCCAUCCUGAAGUUGCAUUGCAUCCUUGACUUAACCUCUUAGGUCAACCACUCCCUUCCAGGUGUAUAUGGGGCCCUGUUCUCUCCAUAAUAUGAAAUAUUCCUUUUUCAAUCCUUAAGUGUUUUACUGUUGGUUGUUACUAGGCUACUUACUACUGUACUACUGUAUUUACAAGUACUGCUAGGCUGGUAGCAAUGUGGGUAGUUAUAGAUCCCUUGGGUUCUCUUGGGUCGGAGAAGGAAACAUGUCAUAUGUUGGGUCAGAGGCCCCAAGCUGGGACUGACACCCCUGGAUUUCCAUUACAUACUCACAUAUUAUUAUGUGAUUACCCUGUUGUGUCUAAAGUGGUAGUCCCUAAAUCCUGGACUGUUAGGGGGUAUGUGAGGACUGGGUUGGGAGCCCCUGAUCAAGAGGAUACACAUUGUAACAAAACCAUGCUUUUAUAAACACACACCUUCCACUUAAUCCUUCAAUACUAUUUGAGUAACACUUUCAAUUGCUAAUGUCAGUUGAGGAGAAACAAAUUCUUAAUUUGUGAAGACUCUGGAUUGUGAAAUCACUGCUUGGUGUGCAGUGGCUCAGGGGUGCAGUGCUUUCUUCAGCUCCUGAUGCUUCAUCCGCCCUCCUAUGUCACUGCUAUAAUUUGCGCAUGUGCGAGAGUACAACAGUGAUGUCUAUAGUGGAUCUCUUAAUAGCCUCCAUAGUUAUUGUCUUACAAUCAGAGACAAUGUAUUUCCCCACAGCUGUUAAUAUUGAUAGUUGUGGAACUUGACAAAGGCUGGUGGCAGUAACUCGAUCUAUUGUCAAUCAGAGGGCAAAGUAGUCUCUCUCUUUUGAGUGCAUCUUUAUCUUUUGGCUGGGUUAGAAUUUCAGUGAAAUUCUAACAUAGUCACUGUGAGUAUUUCAGAAAUGCUUUGUAUCUAUGAAAUACUCAGUGGGUUUUUGGAGAUGGGAGGUUGACAGAGUCUUGAAUGUUAAAAAAAACAAAACCGUUGUAUGUCUUUCAGAUGCAAUAGUUCUUUCUUAUUAUAAUCAAUAUAAAAGUAAUUCAUGCAAUUUACAUGUUUGGAUACUAAAAACAUUUCUUUUAAAACAAACAAAAACUAGAAGAGAAUGAAUUUUUAUUAACCAUAUAUGCUUUCCAAACUGCAUCUCAUGUACUUCACAGUGAGUGACCCUCGUUAUUAGUAACCCAGUAACAAGUACAUAAGCAGACUUUUACAGACUGACCUUUAGACCUUUAAACCCAUGGUCUUUUACCUUAUCAGACCGUUCAGAAUAGGUGUUAUGUCAAGGCAAGGCUUAUCUUUGACAGAUUGCUUGUUCUCCGAGUUAUCCUCUAGUUCUAGGUCACAUUGCCAUAAACAAGCAAAAGUAAAUAACUACAAAAUAAAAUAAAUAAAUAAGUAAAACAAAAAGAGAAAUAGUUAAAAAUGAACAAGCUAACUUACGGUAAUAAAAGAAAUAUAGAAAAUAGAAUAUUGGAAGAAACCAAGAGUCCAGAACCCAUCCUUCCCUCAAGACCAUCCAUGCUACAGAAUUCUUUUGAAACAAACACCCUAGAGUAAUUUAGCCUAAGUAUGCAUUACAGAUAUGGGGUAAAUUCUUCAUACAUAGCACGUUCUCACUUGCAUAUUUCCUUCUGAUCUUUAUUUAUAAGGUGAAAGAGCUGGAGAUAAGCCUGAUGGUUAAUGAGUUACUAUAAUCCUACUGAUUGGGGAGACCUUUCUGGUAUAACAUGCCCUACUAAGCAUUAUGGGGAAGGUCCCCCUCUCUAUGUGUAUUAAAACCUGAAAUAAAAAAGAAGGUUUUACUCACCUUGAAUUCAGCACCAGGUAAAGCGAUCGGCGCUUGGAGAUCACCUUAAAUUUGAAAUAGAUCUUGAAGGAAUAAAAUAUAGUAGACUGGCAAGAAGAGAAGGUGUGUUUAGUAAGGAAGAUAAAUAUGGCAGUACUAUUUAUUACAUGUAGACGUGGGCGUCCGUGGAAUUUUUCCAGGGGGGUGGGCAUAAUUAUAAUGACAUCCAUACUUGGUACCUUUUUUAACAGUGUCAUGAAAGGGAAGGGACAUAGUCAUUAUCACAUAAACCCAGGGUGAAUAGCAUUUUCACAACUAUGGUGUUCCUUUAAGCAAAUAAAAUGAAUAUUCUGGUCACCAUAACAACUUCAUCUAAAUGAAAAUGCUAUGAUGCCAGGAAGCCCCUGUGUGCUCUCUUUCCUUUAAGGGGUUAAACUGCUCUCAAAAUGGUUUAAGCCCAAAGGCUUCCUCCAGCUCCAGAUCUCCAGGUUGCUCAGUGGUAUUCAGCUUCUGAAACGGAGUGUCAGGAAGUGCAGAUUGACGUCAGGCAUGGGUGCCGCUGAUUGGCUAGAGUGGUCAGUUGACGCUCUAAGCCAAUCGCUAGUUCCCGGUUCAUAAAAAUGUUUUAUUUUUUUAUGAAUGGGGAGCUACUGCUUGGCUUAGAGUGCCAGCUGACCGCUCUAGCCAAUCAGCAACACCCCUACCCAGCGGCCCUCUGUGCUUCCUGACACUCAGUAAAUAAAAGUGAAUACAUUAACACUGAUAUUGUUUUUCUGUGUUUGUUAUCUGUGUUUCUGUAUGUCAUUUAUUUCUGUAUUUUUGUACUCAGCACUGUGAAUCCUUUUUGUCAGAUUAAAUGUUUACUUAAUCAGCUUGUGUCUUUGUUCUCUAUGAGCUCACUCUUCUGAGGAAAACUCAGGUAAACACAUUACCAAAAGGGUUAAUUAUAUAUGUCUGAUCAGUAAAGUAAGGUUGUGAUACUAUAAUCAUCUGUGUAUAGGGUAACCUAAGACGCUGCAUAUAAAGUCUUGGUGGUAGCAGUAAAGUGUGUACUAGGGUGUUAGUGUAGAAGGGAUUGCAGGGGUUAAUGUAGUGGUUGCUGGGACUAGCAACAGGUAACCAGGGGUCUGGUGUCAUUAACCCUUUCACUUUCACACUCUCCCAACUGUCUUGGCUGGGCCAAUAGCCCUUUGAAAUGACCUUUAAUGGUGACCUCUGUAGAUAAAUAAUUUGGAAGGUUUUUCUAACAGUAUUAAAUAAUUUAUUGGAAAGCUUAUAAAAUCGAGGCAUUUAAAAUGAACACAGGUGGACUCUGUACAUCAAUCGAUAUGGCAGCUAAAGGCUAUAAUUUUUUGUGGUUGUGUUGUUUUUGUUUACUUAUCUUUAGUGUAACAAUUAAAAUGAGUUUGCGCGUUCAAAAUGUUAGGUUUGUUGUGAAAAUUAAAUGGCAAAAAUCCCUAUGAAAUAAUUUCUAGUUACACAUUGUAGCACAACAACAUGUUAGGUAAUGACUAGUUAUGCAAGGCACUGUAGUUCUGAAUCAGUGGCGAAAAUGAAAGUUGAACGGAUAUUGGAUGAAUUGUAGAUUGUUCGUUUUUUUUUCCUGUUUUUUUUCUUUGUGAAUAACAGAACAGGAAAAGCUUAGUGCAAAACAGUCACAUAUGUUAAGCAUGAUGAGCAUGUUUCUGUCUUUUUUAUUAUUAUUAUUAUCAUCAUCAUCAUCAGCAGCAUUAUAUAGCUCCAAGAUAUUCUGAAGCGUUUUACAAUAUUAUAAAGCGGGAAAUUUAACAAUAGAUGAGACUAUUACAAAUGGUUACAGAAACAAUAGGUUGAUGAGGACCUGGCUUGAAAAAGCUUACAUUCUAGAAGAGAUGAGGUAUAAAAACACAAAAGGAAGGGUGGGAGGUAGCAACCAACCAAGUAACAGGUUUAAUACAAACAAUAUGUAUUAGAAUACUAAGCAAAAAUAAAAAGAGAACGUUUUAAAAUAUGUCUCCCUUUUUAGAAUUUCAAAUGUAGUUUUGAUUUGAGCAGAUUUUACUCUGUAAAAAGAAAGUCUUGUUUAACCAGCUAAUAUAACUUUAAAACAAAGAGAUAGUUAAACAAAAGUUUAUUUUUGUCAUUUUUAUUUUAAUUAAUUUAUAAGCCUGUCUUUGGCACAGAAAUGAUUCUUCAUUUUUGGACUUGUACAAAUAGAUGGCACAACAGCAGGAAACCCUCACAAGUCACUCCCUGAACACAUCCUAGUUCACCCACGUUUAAUGAUUUCCAUAAGGCAUAAGUUGAGCCUGAACAGUCUACUAGCUGUACAACAACGUGCUGAUCAAUUGUUACCUUCAUCCCUGGUUUUGGCCCAAAUCUUAUUUAGCAACACUAGCUUUUGCUAUAUACAUUAUUAUACAAAGUAGAACAGACAAAACGCUUUUAGAAACAUUAGAAUUGUUUAAAAUAUAAACCAAAAAUGUUGGUGGUAAUGUCCUAUUAAAAUGGAGUUUAGAUGCAAUUUAUGUUCAAGGAACAAUGUGAUUUUUUUACAGUGAUGAAAUGGCUGUUUAGAUAAAUAUAGCACAGACUAUAUACCACCUGAAAAAUGGUUGUCCAACACAAAUAUAAUUUAUUAUAGAUCCUUCCUCUAAUCUGUAUCGAGAGCAAUAGAAAUUUGUUUUUUUCACCAAAGAUGUAAGAUGGUUAGGACUACGUUAAAAGCAUCUGAUAAUAUUUUGAAGAUUUUUUUAUAUAUAUACAUUUGUGUCACUUUGAGUUGUGUGCUGCCUGUAUGAAUAUUGAAAAUGGUUUUUGGUUUUACUUUUUUUUUUUUUUUAAAGACCUAGCCAAUCUGUAACCUCCUUUGUGGAAGAUAUAUUUUCUGAUUAAAUAAAUGUCUCAAUAUGCAACAUAGUGGAAUGUGGUAUCACGCUAUAGAAAAUAAUGUAUGAAGUCAUGAUUUGUUAUUAACACUUAUAUUUUCUUUUCUUUUUUUCCCAACAGAGACCUUUAGAAAAACCAGAUGGCCUUGAUGUGUCUGAUCAGAGUAAAGAACAUCCACAGCAUCUUUGUGAGAAGUGUAAGGUCUUGGGAUACUACUGCCGUCGUGUCCAGUAAACCAGCCAAGCAUCACCAGCAAUCAAGCAGGCGCAAAAGAGAACGGAAACAUAAAGAGAAACAUGUUGACUUGCGUAUAAAAUAAUAUACCUUUUUGAAUAUUAGAAUGUAACAUUCUUCCUGUGUAAGUGUACAAAAUGUAUUUAUGGAAAGUAUUAGAGAGUGUGUUUAAACAGAGUUAGCAUGGUUGCUAUCUAACUCCAGAUUUUUCAUGUUUGGGAUUGUAAAAGUAGGGCCCUUGCAGGAGAAUCACUUCUGAUGCAGAAAAAGCAUAGAAACAGCUUUUGGUGAUUCAUUUCUAAUGAGCAAUGAUUUACACAUUGUCAUCUAAAUAUCUUUAAAAAAAGUUACCACUCAAACAGUAUUUUUUGUUUGGAGUUUUUGUUUUUGGACUUAAAAUCACAGAUCAUUUUCCAGCUACAUUUAUAAGAAAAAUGCUCUGGAACAACAAGUAAGAUACCCUAUCAACUACUGCCAACAUGUGUUUGCCAUUGUGCAGCUUGUUGUGGGAAGGAGAAUUGAAAGUUUAACAAAUUUUCCUUCUAUAUAUCGUAUACUAAACUAUUCAAAAGUCUUUUUAGGCCAAUAAGUAAAAACCAAACAAUCCUUGAGUAAAUCUGGUUUGUGAAAUCCCAAAACAAUAAAAUAAUAAAAUGAUUUAUAAAAUCAAAUCUGGAAGCGAAUGGCAACCUUUAGUUACAGAAAAUGUAAAACCUGCCUCCAUUUUUAGGGAGGCAAUGGGAAUUUGUUUACAUAGAAUGCCUAUUUUGUGCUGAUGGAAAAGUUCAUAAUAUAGUUGACAACUCCAGAGCGUUGAAAUUUUUCAGAAAAAAAAGUGUUAAAAAAAAAAAUAAGUAAAAAGAAAAAUUGGCCUGUGCAUGAAACGAUAAAACAAUAUGCAUAACACAACAAAUAAUGGCCAUGUGGUGUUUAAUAGAAGCAGUGUUCCAUGUUGCGUUCUGAAAAUGAUUUUUCAGCCAAAAGCACACAAUUUUUUUUAACUGUGAAUAUGGGGUCAUCCAUGGAUGAAAAUUGUCCCAAGUCUUUGAGCUAGAGUUUUGCAAGAAUAACUAUUUAUAAUAUAUGUUUUAGAAGCCACUUCUGGAAUAUAUGUCUGUCGUUUUAGGAUUGCCUGUCUGUUUGUGUGUGCGUGUGCAUGUGCCUUCGUCUCUAACAGUGUGCUAUAUUGUUUACUCUACGUUUAGUAGUUAGUUAGAUUAAAGGUGGUAAAACUUAAAGUACAAUAUCUCCUAUAUGAAUACUUUUCGAUAAACAAAGCAAACCAUAUGACCCUUCUCAACAUUAAAAGGGGUAUUUGUAGAGGCCGAGUUUCAAUGCAGCAAAUGAGGCCAAAUGACAAAUACAGCAUAAGUUGUCUAAGUUUAUGGUUGGUUAAUUAUACUCUGCAUGCUCUAUAGCAACUUGCCAAGUAUGGUAUUCCACAAUUUUGUAAUAGAUGCCAGGAGCUAAAGGUAACCUUAAUACAGCCAGCCACCUUUGCAUGAAUUUAAAUAUUAUCUACUAGCAGCAAAGGAUGACAUUAAAAAUGUUUAGAUGUCCUGAGUCAGCUUCCACCUCUAUGACCCAUAGAAUCUGCCCAUUCGCUCAGAUUUAAGGACAUCAAAACUUACUGAACUCUCAGUAAAGCUAUGUAUCCUGACAAAUACCACUAAAAUGCCUUCUAGAAUCAGUAUGCUCUGGGUCAUUGCCCAUUGCCUUAAUUCUUCUUUGUCCUCGCAAUUAAAGGAACACUCUAAGCUGCAUACACACUACAGGUUUACUGUAGUGGUUAUGGUGCCUGGGGAGCUCUGGAACCCCUGCCAUUGUAAGGAGUCGAACUGUUAUAAAAUGUUCGGAACCCUUAGAAUGCGCAGACGCAAGGGCAUUCCUUUGACCAUAAUCACUACAGCUUGCUGUAUUGUGUAUGGUGCUUGGAUUGUUGCUUUAACAUACCAGUCACAUUCACACUACUGGACAUGGCAUUUUUUUUUAUUAUUUCUAAAAGCUGUUGGUUACUGGCAAAAAUGAUAUUAAUAAUUCAGAGAACAGUAACCAAAGUAACAAUGGGAUUAAUCAUCUGCGUCAUGUGCUUGCCUCAUUCUGCACUAAGACACCUAAAUUCUUGUUCUUAGAUCAGAAAUAUUUCUGGUGAACUGUGUUUUUCGGUUGCACUUAUUUCUCAGUUUGUAAAUUGCAUUCUUCCGAUAUGUGUUUAUCUUUCAAAGUGAAAGUGAAAUUUCUCCAGCGUUUCACUCUGCUUCUAGUCUUUAUUGCAGGGUUAUUCAUUAAACUAUGAACGAUCGGGAUUUCAUCGAGCAAUUGCAAAUUUUAGGCAAGAGUAGUUGGACUGGAACAGUUCUUCAACCAACCCAUAUUUCCAUCUCAGCUAUAUUGGCCUUAAAGGGUUAGUCCAAUAAAAAAAAAAAAUGCACAGAAUUGACAUUAGCCAGCCUGGACCUUUGAGACAGAGAUACAGCUCCGGCAGAUAAGGGAUUAGUCUCUGUAUGUGCGAAACGCUGCACAUACAGACUCUAGGCACCAUCACCAUUUCAAAUCAAUGAAGUGGUUAUGGUGCUCAGAGUAACUCAUUAAACUUGGGAUUCCUAGGUGAUUUUAAAACAUCUCACAGUUUGCUUAAUACGCCUGUCAGGUCUUUUCAUGUGGCUACUGCGGUUGAGCUGCUUUAGACCUUUACAAUACAUAAAGAACUAGCUGUUCAACUGAGAAUGCCGUUAAUACAGAUUUUAGUUAGCCUCACAGGACGUUAAAAAUUAUCACCUGUACAGGUUUUUAAGUGGUGAAAGGAAUUCUUGUGCUCGUGCAUGCCCAAGGAUUUUCUGCUGUGUUGAAAGUUGGAAUGUUCAUAUGUGAUCAAAGGGCAGUGGUAAGAAUAUAUUAUUUACUGGUAAGCAGUCAUGUAGGUGUUAUUGAUGAAAGUGACAAAGGAGUUAUUGAUGAAACGUGUUCGCAUGUAAAAUGUGUAGGAUACAAUGUAAAAGGUUACUGUGGUGCAUUAGUUGGACUGAACAGUAUCUCGGAGAUAUUGGUGCAUAGCAGUGGAAUGAUUUUCAGUUCUAUGCACUAGGUUUAGCUUACUGAGCUGAUCUUACAUGUUUAUAGAAGGGAAUGUUUAUAUGCAGUAAUAGGUUCACAUUAUCAUGCUAUCAUUGUUAGCCCUUUCAGGGUUUUCAAAUGUUCCUAUACUGGAGUAAUUACAGUUUAACAGUGUCAUUAACACUAGACACAAGUUACUGACAAAAGACAUAUAUAUGUAUACAUACACACACACAUAUGUACAGACAUUCCUCACCUACCGACCGGGUUCCGUUCCUAUGACCGGGUUGCAGAACGAAUUGGUCGGUAAGUGAGGAGUUAAGGGAAUCCCUGCUCUGGUGCGUUCAUCUAUGUUCGGGGAAAUUUCCCGAACAUAAACGAACGCACCAGAGCAGGGAACCCCUCUAAUCUACGUUUGGGGAAAUUUACCCGAACAUAGAUUAGAGGGAUUCCCUGCACUCAUGCGUUUGUCUAUGUUCAGGGAAGUUUCCCCGAACAUAGACUUGCGCACCAGGGCAGGGAAUCCCCAUGACGGCCGUCAUAAAACAGGUAGGGUGCUAAAUCGGGACCACCUGUAUUCAAUUUAUAUAAAUAUAACUUUAUGGACAGCAUGUUAAAGAUUUUCCAGUUGGUUUUUCUGUUUACAAUAUUGUUACAUACCUUCCAAGUGUCCCAAUUUAGGAGUGACAGUACCUACUUUGGACCCACAUCCUUCUGUCUGUCUUUUCUAUCUUAAUGUCCCUGUUUUCUGCGAGCUCUAUAUUGUUGGUGUGUCUAAGUGUAUAACAGAGCUCCACAGCAAUAAUACUCACCGUAAAACUACAAUAAAUGUGUUUAGAAAUCGGUCUAAUAAGAUAAAUUGUUCUUAAAGUGUCCCUAAUUGUCUAUUUUAAUAGACACAUCCAUUGCAGGCUUAUGAACCUACCAUCAAAACAAUAAAAUGUAUAUAAAUGUUAUAUAAGUUACGUUAAGUCUCUUAAGAAAAGUUAAAUAAUACAAAAUAACUUUGGGUUAAAAAAUUUUUUUUUUGUUCUUAUUAGUGAUAAACAUCAGGCACUGGUCAUAUACAAACAAUUAAAAUACAAUAUUGCUGGGGAGCACACCAACUUACCUAAAAAAAAAAAAAAAAUGUACUCACCUUUUCUCCCCCAGAUCAUCUAUCUCCGUGCCACUACACCCACCUACUUGGCUGAGAUAAUGAAGAUCGAUGAUCUCAGCCAAUCCAAUGCUUUCACACAGAAAAGCAUUGGGAGGCUAGUGCAAAUGUGGGUCAAAAUUACUCACUGCACUAAUCAGAUGGUCUCUAUGAGAUUAUCUGAUUCCAAUAGCAGUGUUUUACUCUGAGUGGUCUAGGUGAGAUUAAGUGGUCUGGGUACCUAUAGUGUCCCUUUAAUUUGUUUAGCAUUGACACUUGUAGGGAAGUAAAAAAACAAAACAAAAAAUACUAGCUUUUAAAUACUGUAGUGAAUCCAACAUAUAAUCUAUAUAACUGACUGUGACUUCAGGGUUAAUAUUGGUAUUUAAACAAAAACAAAAUAUAAAACAUUGUUUACCUUUUAAUGCUGAUCAUUUUCAGUAUACACACACAAAUAGCUAGACAUACAGUGUAAGAGGUUUUAAAGGUAACUCACUACCUUAAAGCUGAAUUGUUAAGUACUGGAAUGGAAUGUGAAGGAAAUAGCAGGUCAAAAGGAGAGGUUGAUGGAGGUUAGUUUUUUUCUUUGCUCAAUUUUGAGUUUGAGAUGGUGUUGACUUGAGUUAAGAUGCUUAUUUGACCCCUUUUACCCCCUUUGGGUACUGUUGGAAUUUGAUUUGGUUUGAAAACAAAGCAGCAGACUACACAAUAUAUGAAUUUAAAAAAUACCUUAUGAAAGAGUAUUUUUAAUUGAGAAGAUCUGUCUCUGAUCUAGGGUUUAGGUUAAAGUAACUUCAGACACACCUUUUAAUGUUCUCCUGGCUUUAUCUCACAAGCAUCACAAUAUGGUGGUGGUGGUGGGAUUACAAUUUCAACUAGCAAAGUUUUUAAAAAUCUGCUGUCUUUUGUACAGAAAGAACUAUCUGCUAAUGAAUAUGAUUUUAAAAAAUAAGCUUAAGUCUUUGCUUUAAAACAUGCGUUGUUUGUGGCCACUAAGGACAAUUUAUCCACCAUGCCUUGGCAGUUUGGAAUGUGUCAUUUUCUACUGUCUGUGUGAGUGUGUGUUGUGUGAAAGUAUUGUUGUUUAUUUAUAUAGCAAAGUUUAAGGGAGCUACUGGAGGGCAAAUUAUUUGAGUAUAUUCAUAUCACAAUUGAGUCACUGUAGCUUAAGCCUUAAUCUGUGCCUGUCAUCUUGCUAUGUUUUAGAAGGACAUGUUCUCCAUUGCACACCAAUCUAUGUAUAUUGGAUGAUCUUAUAAAGGGACAAUCGUAUAAUUAUUGUUUACCCAUAUUUUCAGUCUAGAACCAUUUUGCUUGCAGAUAAUUAUUUAUAACGAGUUUUACUUGACAUAGCGUUUCUUUUUUUUUUUUAAUACUAUUUGUGUAUUUUGGGGAUGGGGAAUCUUUUAGAUGUUACAUUUUAUUUGGAAGUAGAGACAGUGAAGUUGUCAUUAUUUGGAAAGUUUGGUAGAAGAACAUUUUGCAAUAAUGUCGUAUUCUGUAUAUAUUUUGAGGCCUUCUGGUUUAUUAGUAAAUGUUCAUCUUUGAUGUUUCAUUUUUCUUAAACGGUUUUUAAAGUUCUUAAGUAUUAUUAUUAUUAUUAUUUUUUUUUUUUUUUUAAGGGCCAUAUUCCUGCUUUCCAAACACUAAUGAAAGUGAAUUGUUUUCAUAUUUCUUUUACGAGUUAAGGAUGUAUCCUAUAGGAAAUAUUUAUGGAAGAUGUUUGUUUGUGACAAUGCUUAUGUCUGUAUAAAAUAUGUAACCAUAUACCAUCAAGAUGAACAUAUUAUCUACAUAAAAGUAUUAUAUAAAAGGUUGGUACAUAAUGUCUAAAAAACAAAACAAAAAACCUUUACACAUAUAUGUAAACAAUGUAUUUUUAUUGUGUUGUUAAUGCAUAGUACUUUAAUGGAUAAAAAUAAUAUAGCAGGUUAGCUUUGUGCUAUCAAAACAAUAUUUUGACAAUUCUGUUAAUUUCAUAAUCAUAGUUUUAACUUCUGCACUUGAAAAAAGUGCUUGAGGUGUUUUUUUUGUUUUUGUUUUUUAAUCACAGAGCACCCUUGCCUCAAAGGGUAAACAUUACAUUAAUAUACUUGCGUAUGAUCAAGUGUAUUUUAUAUUUUACAGAAAUGUCUUUAACUCUUAAAAAGGGAAAUUGCGCACUGUAUGUAAGCAGCAAGCUUGUUUUUGUUGUUUUGUUUUUUUAAAAAUUCUCAAUCUUUAUUGAUAUGAUUAGUCUGUAGUACAUAGGAGAUAAGAAUCACAUGAGUUGCUUGGUUUCUAAUGCCUUAAAGAAAUGUAUUUAGUCAUUAGUUGGUAAAAUUGCUCUUUUUUGUUUUUGUUUUUUUAAACUUAACUGGUCUAAAUCAAAAUGGUAAUGUUUCUGACAUUUCAAAGUAUAGGACUAAAUCUCACAAAUAAUUAGUUUUUGCUAUAUAUUAGAUACACUAAACAUAAUGUACACUACUAUAUUGAAUAAUAGUGUAGUACAUUGGGCCUAUAGUGUGAUGAAUGUACAUACAUAUAAAUCGCUGUUUCAGUCAGAGGACACUAUUGAUAACCUUAUCAAUAGAGAUGUCGCGAACCGUCCGCGAACUUCUGGAUGCUGUCCAGGAAGUAGGAGGGUCUGCUGGAGAUUGGCCGGGACGUGUCAGCUGACCGUAGUUCGCCGACCGUUCGCGAGAAGUUCGCGGACGGUUCGCAACAUCUCUACUUAUCAACCUUGAGAACCCUAUAAACUGCAUGGCAUUUAUACUGAUCAGGUUUAAAACCUGGUUUGACGCGUAAAAGAUAUUUUAAUGUACAUAUGGAAAUUUACAGACAAUGGCAUUUGUUACAUCGUCAGAUCUAUAUAUCUAGAUGUUCAAAAUCAAGUCAUUUCCGCAGGCUUACGUAGGUAUAAAAAGCUCAGAAUUUCAAGUGAACUUGAGAAUAGAGUUAUGUACACAUUAGUCCCUAUAUGCCACAGUGGUCACACCAAUUUAAGCAGUGUUUACAUGUAAAUAUAAUGAAAAAGGAUUUUUGAUUGAUUUAUUUUACUAAAAAGCCAAGAUUAAAAUUAAGAGGUGCAUUUAAUAAUUCUAAGGAGGUUUAGUUAAUAACUGACCUACUUUGUGCAGUUGUUUAUACUAUACUAUGCACCUCUAUAGUCUACGUUAAAUAUUCUACAUUGAAAUGCUACCUCUGUAUCAACUGGUAACUUUUUAACCAAGUCUGAGAAGUACAAAUGAGAGUUUUGCUUCUUUUUUUAUAUAGAGAUUUAUUUGAAAUUAAUUCAAAACAAGUUGUUAUUUACAAAUGUUGACCAUUUUGUAGGUUUAAUUUCUUUUAACAUUAGUCUUUCCAGCAAAAGCUCCGAUAAGAACAGUGGUAAACCUAUGGUAUCUGCUAAAUGAUGGUUAAGGGGGCAGUUUAGGCAUGCUGCAAUCCAGUCUCUGGAAAAUAAGGAAGUAUUAGCAGCAUGAAUUUAAUUUAUAUCUUAUAACCAUGCAUUGGCUGAGCACACUCAUUUAAUGAAUGGUUUUAAAAUAUGGACUACACCUUUAAAAAAAAUUAUUUGCAUUUAGACAACAGCUGAUGUAGCUUGUGUGCUGUUAUUUAAAGUAACACUAUACAACAUCUCCACGGCUAGGACCUUGGAGAAUUCUAGAAUUUUUGAAUUUUCAUUUAGACAUCAGCUGAUGUAUCUUGUGUGCUGUUAUUUAAAGUAACACUAUACAACAUCUCCACGGCUAGGACCUUAGAGAAUUCCAACAUAACAAAGAUGAAUUAAAACUUGUGAAAUAUAAAAAUCUAAUACACAAAUAACCUUUUCCUUCCUUAAAUAAGUACCUGCCUAAUAAUUAGCGAUUUAUAUUAAGAAAUAACAAUGAUACAAAUAGUAGUCAAGUUGCCUAAAUAUAUUCGUUAGACUGCUACAGUGCAACUCAGAAAUAAACAUGGUAGGGGAUACAGUAUAGUUUAAGGUUAUACUUAAAGGAAUGCCCUGAAAUUAAAAGUAAAUAUUUAAAUGAGAAGCGUUAGCCACAUUUGGCAUUUUCAUGCUGCAUGUGAUGUCACCAAACGUGAAGACCUUUUAUUGGGACUGUCAUUCUGACAGCCAAUUGAGGCAUGUUCUCAACCAAAUGUAAGCAUUGCCAUUUCUCGGAAACAGCAAUGUUUUACAUUUUCUGAGAAAAGGGGCCGGGUCUUUAUACCAACUUCUUUACAGAUGUUAAGAAAACUGGGGGGUUUUUUUGGUGCUUAAAGUGUCCUUUUUAGAUAAAAUGUAGAUAUAUUAUACCUCUACAACAUACACAAAGGUACAGUACACAUCAUCCAAAAAUACAAUUCUCUAAGUUUACAGAAAAUGAAAAGUACAACUGUGUUUUAUGUUACAGGAAUAUAUGAUCAUGAAAUAUUACUAUCCUACUAAACGUUAGGCACUGACUAUAUAAUUGUAAAAUAGAUUAUAGAUAAACUGGCUAAAUAUUAUCUCUCUACAAACAAUAGAAAGCCAUGAUCUAAUUUUCAAUAUCUCGGUUGAGGUGUGCAUUAGGUGUAGAAUUGCAUUGGAAGCAAAGCCAUCAUAGGUCAUAUCAAGCGGUAGUUUUUGGGAAGACACUAGUUUCAUAAACAGGUUAGGACAUAGGCAAUAAAUACAUAACUGCAGAUAAAGCAACAUAUGUAGGUAAGACGUUAUUGAUACAUUUUCUACAAUGCUAAACUCAACUGUUUUACCAUUCAUUCUUUCUUCAUGAGGUGUCCCUUUAAUAAAACAUACCAUUAUUCCAUAUGUGUUUACAACAGGAAUCUGGUAUGCAGAAUCAAAGUUUGAUUCAAACUUGUAAUGUAACCAAAAGGGCAAACUGUGACUAUUGUUUGUUUUGUGCAGAGAUAAUAUUCCAAGUUUGGUGGAACAGGGAGACAUUAUGCUGUACUAAAAGAAACUCGUCUAUAUUGUAGUAGAGUAAUUAGUUAAUUUGUACUCUGUUAUGUUAUGAUCUAAACAAGGCCUAUUAGUUUAUUCUUUAAAUGAUUCUAGCCUGUAAAUACUAGGCAAAUUUCCUGUGUAUUUUCUUAUUUUUUUUUUCUGCUGACCUUGUAAACAUUUUUAUGUAUAGAUUGAAUUAAAAUGUUAAUGGGUAACCAUACAUAGAGCUACAAAUGAUGGGAAGACCCCAAUAUCCAGAAACCACAAAGUGGAAAUCUGGAAGAGGGUGCGUUUCCCAUAUUGGCAUUCCGACUUGUGCCUUAAAUGCUUUGCCUUCAGUGUAGUGUUGUAGUAUUUUAACAACCAAUUAAAAAUUUGCAAACCAAG